GGCUAUAUGGUCGCCACUUUAGGCCAAGUGAAACCCAGGAAAACUACAUUUUGUAAUUUCUUUUUGGUAAUAUGGAUUUCAUUCUUUACUCAAGACUUGGCGUUUUCAUUCUUUUACCGGGAGCCGAGCAAGCCACCAUGUCAACCCAAGCACCGACUUUCACUCAACCGCUGCAGAGCGUUGUGGCACUUGAGGGUAGUGCCGCCACGUUCCAGGCGCAAGUGAGCGGUUCUCCAGUUCCCGAGGUGUCCUGGUUUCGCGAUGGCCAGGUCCUCUCAUCCGCUGCGUUCCCUGGCGUUCAGAUCUCAUUCAGCGAUGGCCGCGCUGUUCUGAGCAUCGACGGCGUCACGGCUGCGCACAGCGGGAGAUUUUCUGUCCGGGCCACCAAUGGAGCUGGGCAAGCCACCAGCACCGCAGAACUCCUCGUAACAGCGGAGACGGCGCCCCCCAACUUCCUUCAAAGACUUCAGAGCACAACGGUGCGCCAGGGUAGCCAAGUGCGCCUCAGCGUACAGGUGACCGGCAUUCCACCACCUGCCAUCAAGUUCUACCGUGAAGGAGCCGAGAUCCAGAGCUCGGCCGACUUCAAAAUCGUCCAAGAUGGCGACCGCUACAGUCUGCUGAUCGCCGAGGCCUUCCCAGAGGACUCUGGGACGUACUCAGUGACGGCCAGCAACAGCAGCGGCCGAGCCACGUCCACCGCUGAGCUUCUGGUUCAGGGAGAAGAAGCCGUUCCUGCCAAGAAAACCAAGACCGUUGUCUCCGCAUCCCAGACUGGAGUGCGGAAGAUGGAGACCAGCUUCCAGAGCACCAUGAUGGAAAUGCACAUGGAAGGUGGAAUGAUGACCCAGCAUUUAGCUCACAGAACCCCGCCGAGGGUCCCCCCGAAACCCACCUCCAGAUCGCCACCCUCCUAUUUGACAAAGGUGACCGGCGGACGUCAGCAGUCCCCGUCGCCUGUCCGACACGUUAAAGGACCGUCACCUGCACCCGUCAGAUCCGUGUCACCCUCCACCCGACUGUCUGUCUCACCCAUCCGACCCGUCAAGUCGCCCAUCUUCACACGCAAACAGGUCUCUAUGUCAUCUGAGGUCCUGCCACCCUGGAAGCGCGACUAUGCGGCUGAAGCCAGCUACACCAGUGUCACCAGCAUCAGUGGCUCCACCACCAGGAUGCAGGUGGACAAACAGUGGGAGCAGCAGGUCACCUCUGUCAGAGAGGGCGAGCAAGCUUCCCAGGCUGGUCGCAGUGUUGCCGUGGCGACCGUUGUGGCCGCCGUAGAUCAUGCCCGAGUCCGCCGUGGGCCGCCCGAUGCCGCUGCUGCUGCUGCCGUGUCGGCUGAACAGGGUGGCGAGCAAUUACAAAUGGCUGCAAAAGAGGUGGUUCACAUAGUAGAAGCACCCAAGCGGGACGCUGUUGUGGUGGAGGUGAAGAAGAAAGUGGCUAUGGAGAAACAUUUGAAAAUGACACAACCCGACAUUGUCCCCACUGCAACCACGGCUGCAGCCAUAAGUGCCGUUGCUGCAGCCGCCACCGUUACCUCUGCCACUGCAGUAGCUGCUGCUACUGCAGUCACAGAGACCACAAAGAUUUCGAGGGCAGUCGCCUCGUCCCGAUUAGAUUUUGGCGCCCCCUCCACCCCACUUCCACAUUUCACUGUGGCAAAAGUUUCUGUUCCCAAAGCUGAGGCCAUUCAAGAGGUGUCCGUCGCAGGCACGGCCAUGGCCACCCUGCACAAAGAGCUGUCAUCCCCCUCCACCCCCAGAAAGGUCAUCAAGCCUGUCCAUUCCCCGAGUCCUGUCCGCAGGACGGUAGUGGUGGCGGCACCGGAGGCCCGUGUGGCGCCACCCUUUAAGGUGUCGACGUAUCAAAGUCAGGUUGAGUCGCAGGUGGUCGGGCUUUAUGCCAAGGAGGAGUUUGAGGACUGGGAGGCUCAGGAGGUGGUUGCAGUGACCACUAGUGCCCAGGAGACCCUCAUGCCACCUACAAUUGUUGCAGGCCUGAAGAACUUGACUGUGACCGAAGGCGAGUCAGUAACCUUGGAGUGUCAGAUCAGCGGCCACCCUGCCCCCGUGGUCAUGUGGUUCAGAGAAGACUACAAGAUGGAGAGCUCCAUUGACUUUCAGUUCAGCUACGAGGAUGGCCACGCCCGACUUCUGAUCCGUGAGGCCUUCGCCGAGGACAGCGGCCGUUUCACAUGUACCGCCACCAGCAAGGCCGGAACCGUCAGCACUUCCUGUUACCUUCUUGUUAAAGUUUCAGAAGAUGUGGAUAGCAGAGAGGAGACAAUGGCUGUCACGCACGUAGAAAUGACCCAAGACAAAACUGUUACCAUGGAGACGAAAGAGUUGGUGUCGGUGGAGGUGACUCCAGAAGAGCCUUCUGCCCCGUUCUUCAUCUCUAAGCCGACAGUCCAGAAGCUGGUGGAGGGCGCCAGUGUGACCUUCGAAUGCAAAGUGGGAGGAAGCCCCAAACCUCACGUUGUGUGGAAGAAGAACGGCGUCAUUCUCACCACUGGAUACAGAUAUAAAGUGACCUACAAGAAAGAGACUGGAGAAUCCAAAUUGGAGAUAUCCAUGACAUUCGCCGAUGAUGCUGGAGAAUAUUCAGUAUUUGCCAAGAAUUCACACGGAGAAGCCUCGGCCUCCAUCUGCUUGUUGGAGGAAGAGGAAUACGAAGCCUACAUGAAGGUGCAUGGUUUGAUGUAUAAAACAGAAGUGACAGCUACAACUAUGACGACGACAACGGUCGAGGAGCCAUCUGUGCUUGUGAGCGGGUACCAAGCGCAAGUUGCACAACACAAGAGGAUAACAACCCCAAUGAGCUUUGUCUCAGAAACGGAAUUCCUCAUUUCAGCCUUUGAAGAGCGGAUCAUCCAGGAAAUUGAGAUCCGCAUCCUGAGGAUUAGUUAUGCCGAACUGAUGGCGGAGGAUGGGGAGCAAAUGGUGAGCGCAGCAGACAACGAAGCUAUGGCGCCCACCUUUGACACACUGGUGAAAAACUACCGCAUCAUGGAAGGGAUGGGCGUCACGUUCCACUGCAAGCUGGCUGGAGUGCCACUGCCCAAGAUUGCUUGGUACAAAGACGGUCAACGUAUCAGGGCUGGUGGACACUACCAGGUGGAGGUUCUUCGGGACGGACAUGCCAGCCUGCGACUGCCUGUAGUUCUGCCUGAGGACGAGGGCGUGUACAGCGCCUUGGGCAGCAACAUGAAGGGCAACGCCGUGAGCUCUGGGAAGCUCUACGUGGAAUCUUCUGAAAGUGUGUCGCCUCAGAGAUACAUACCGCAGCCAGCCAUGCAGAGAAUCCAGUCUGAAUCCCCUCGCUCACUGAGCCGCUCACCAGGCCGUUCUUCCAGUCGUUCUCCCAGUCGUUCUCCUGGACGUUCUCCUGCACGAAGGCUUGAUGAGACAGAUGAGGCUCAGUUGGAGAGACUUUACAAGCCCGUCUUUGUAAUGAAGCCCACUUCACUCAAAUGCUCCGAAGGGCAAACCGCAAGAUUUGACCUGAAAGUGGUCGGCAGACCCAUGCCGGACACAUACUGGUUCCACAAUGGACAACAAGUAAUCAAUGACUAUACCCACAAGAUAGUAGUUAAGGAGGAUGGCGUUCAGUCCAUGAUUAUCGUCCCUGCGAUGCCCCAGGACUCUGGAGAGUGGACGGUUGUUGCUCACAACCGAGCUGGGCGCACCACCAUCACAGUGACUCUGACUGUUGAAGCACGAGAAAGCCUGACACGUCCAUAUUUUGUGGAGAAGCUGAAGAACAUGACAGUCAAACAGGGAACUCUGGUGGAGUUGGCUGUUAAAGCUAUUGGAAACCCGGUGCCUGACAUUGUGUGGCUAAAGAACAGUGACAUCAUCAGCCCGCACAAGCACCCACAAAUCAAGAUUGAGGGGACGAAGGGAGAGGCCAAAUUUCAGAUCCCAUCUGCUUCGGGUUCAGACAGCGCAUGGUACACAGCCACAGCCAUUAACAGAGCUGGCAGGGACACCACUCGCUGCAGAGUCAAUGUAGAAAUGGACUUUGCUGCUCCACAAAUUGAGAGGAAGCUCAUCAUCACCAAAGGAAUCUAUAAGGCCAAAGAGAUAGCUGCCCCAGAGCUGGAACCACUGCAUCUCCGCUAUGGCCAAGAGCAGUGGGAGGAGGGAGACCUUUAUGACAAAGAGAAACAGCAGAAACCACAAUUUAAAAAGAAGCUUACCUCCAUUAGAAUGAAAAAGUUUGGUCCCGCUCACUUUGAGUGUAGACUGACCCCUAUUGGUGACCCUACCAUGGUAGUUGAGUGGCUCCAUGAUGGCAAACCCCUGGAGGCUGCUAACCGUCUGCGCAUGGUCAAUGAAUUUGGCUACUGCAGUCUGGACUACGAGGUAGCGUACGCUCGAGACAGUGGUGUCAUCACUUGCAGAGCCACCAACAAGUUUGGAGUCGAUCAGAACUCAGCCACUUUGAUUGUUAAGGAUGAGAAGGGUCUGGUUGAAGAGUCCCAGCUGCCCGAGGGAAGAAAAGGAGUGCACAGGAUCGAGGAGAUGGAACGCUUGGCUCAUGAGGGAGCACCUGCAGGAGUGAGCACUGACGAGGAGACCGAAAAGACCAAACCCGAAAUUGUCCUGCUUCCUGAGCCGGCUCAUGUGUUGGAAGGUGACAUUGCUCGAUUCCGCUGCAGAGUGACCGGUUAUCCCGCACCCAAGGUCAACUGGUACCUCAAUGGACAACUUAUCCGCAAAAGCAAGCGAUACAGACUACGUUACGAUGGGAUUUACUACCUGGAGAUUGUUGACAUCAAGUCUUACGACACGGGUGAAGUCAAAUUGGUAGCAGAUAAUCCUCUGGGUACAACAGAGCAUGUUGUCAAGCUGGAAGUCACACAGAGAGAAGACUUCAGGUCUGUCCUACGCCGUGCUCCAGAACCAAAGGUGACAGAGCCCCCACAUGAUUCUGGGAGAGUGGGAUUCGGUGUUGUGAAGGUGGACCAACCUGCGGAGGGUGUUCAAGACAAAGAGAUUGUCAAACUCAGGAAAACUCAGAGAAUCGUUCAUGAGAAAACUUCAGAGGAGUCAGAAGAGCUGAAGAGCAAGUUCAAGCGUCGGACGGAAGAAGGCUUUUAUGAGUCCAUCUCUGCGGUGGAAUUCAAGUCUCACAAGAGGGAUGAUUCCUAUGAGGAUUUGUUGAAGAAGACCAAGGAUGAGCUGCUCCAUCACCUGAAAGAGAAAGAGGAGGCUGAGAGGAAGAAGCUGGAAGAGCAAGGAAAAAUCACCAUCCCUACAAUCAAACCUGAGAGGGUCCAGUUAUCCCCCAGCAUGGAAGCACCCAAGAUCUUGGAACGUAUCAGAAGCAAGACGGUGGCCCCGAUGGACGAGGUUCACUUCCGUCUCCGAGUUGUGGGCCGACCUGAGCCCGAGUGCCAGUGGUUCAAGAAUGGCAUUGAACUGGAGAAGUCUGAUCGCAUCUACUGGUACUGGCCUGAAGACAAUUUAUGUGAGCUUGUGAUCCGAGAUGUUACCCCGGAAGAUUCGGCCAGCAUCAUGGUCAAGGCAGUUAACAUCGCUGGGGAGGCCUCUAGCCAUGCCUUCUUGCUGGUGCAAGCUAAAGCCACCAUUAGCUUUACCCAAAAUCUGGAAGAUGCUACUGCCCAAGAGAAGGAUACCAUGGUGACCUUCGAGUGUGAAACCAGUGAACCUUUUGUCAAAGUCAAAUGGCUGAAGGAUAACAUGGAGAUCUCCUCUGGAGACAAAUACAGAAUGCACUCAGAUAGGAAGGUUCACUUCCUCUCUGUACUAAUGAUCGACUUGAGAGACGAAGCAGAGUACACUUGCAUUAUCGCAGAAGACGACAGCAUCCGGACAAGUGCAAGACUUCAUGUCGAAGGGGCUGCGCUGGAGCUCAUCAAACAUCUGGAAAACAUUGAGGUUCCCGAGACCUACUCCGGAGAGUUUGAGGUGGAAUUGUCUCAUGAGGACAUCGAGGGCAGCUGGUUCUUUGGUGAAAAGCAGCUGUCUCCCAGUAGUAAGCAUGUCCUGUCUUCCCGACGGGGAAGACACACGUUGACCGUGAGGGAUGUCACUAAGGAGGACCAGGGGAAGUACACCUUUGUAUGUGGAGACCUAAAGACCAGUGCCUCACUGAGGAUGAAACUGCGUCCGGUGACCUUGAUUCAUCCUCUGGCCGAUCUGACCGUCUGUGAGGGUGAUAUAGCUCAGUUGGAGGUCAGGUUCUCUCAGGAGAAUGUGGAGGGGACCUGGAUGAAGGGUGGCCAGGCCGUCUCCGCCUCGGACCGCAUCCACAUGGUUAUCGAUAAAGCUGUCCACAAGCUCCUGGUGGAAAACGCUGGCCCUGAAGACACUGGCUCAUAUUCCUUCGAAGUUCCCAGCCACUAUAUCACCACUUCCUGCAAACUCAAUGUUCAAACCAUUGAGAUCGUGGCCCCCCUGAAAGACGUGACCUCCGUUGAAGGCACUAAGGCGGUUCUGGAAGCCAAGAUUUCUGCUCAGAAUGUGGGCUCGGUCAAAUGGUACCAUGACGACAAGGCUGUGACAGCCAGUGAGCGGGUCCAGAUUGUGGCCAAAGGAGCCAAACAGCGACUUGUCUUCAACCGAACCUUCGCCUCUGAUCAAGGAAGCUACAAGCUGGUGGUGGGGAAGGUCUCUACCAGCUGCACCCUAACCGUGGAACCUGUUGAUAUUGUCAAACACUUGGAGGACAAAGUGUGCUCCGAGUCCCAAAACGUCACCUUCCAAGUUAAAGUCUCUCACGCUGGUAUCGACCCGGUCUGGACCUUCAAGAACCAGCAUCUUCAACCUGGACCCAAGUACAAGAUGGAAUCAAAGGACAAGACUCACUCUCUGAUUGUCAUCGACACCAUGAAGGACGAGGAGGGACAGUACGGUUUCCAUGCCGGACAGAAGACGUCCAGUGCAAAGCUCACCGUCUCUGGUGGCGCCAUCAUCCGUCCUCUGAUGGACGUAACAGUGGUCGAGUCUCAGACAGCUGAACUGGAGUGCCAAGUAGCCAAUGCCGAGACCGAGGGCAAGUGGCUGAAGGACGGCAAACCUCUGGACUUCAACGACAACGUGAAGAGCGUGACAAAGGGAGCCGUCCGACGCCUCGUCAUUGUCAUCACUCGCCCACAUGACGUGGCUGAGUACACAUACCAAGUGGCCAACUCCAAAACUUCCGCCAACCUCCGGGUGGAGGCGGUGAAGAUUAAAAAGACUCUGCGAAAUCAGACCGUGACUGAGACCCAGGAGGCGUGCUUCAUGCUGGAGUUGACACACGAGGAUGUCAAAGGCGCUCAGUGGGUCCGAAACGGCGUGGAACUGCAUGAUGGAGACAAGUACUGCAUUACGUCUGAUGGCGUAGUCCACACGCUCAAGAUCAAAAACUGCAGCACGACGGAUGAGAAUAUUUAUUCCUUUAAACUGGGAAAACUGACAGCCAGCGCUCGGCUCAAUGUGGAGACCAUCAAGAUCGUAAAGAAGAUGAAGGAUGUGACAUCUCUGGUGGGUGGCACAGUAUCUUUCGAGAUGAGCCUGUCUCACGACAACAUCCCGGUCCGUUGGAUGUUCAAUGGUACUGAGCUGAGGCCCAGCGACUCAUGCAAGAUCCUGGCGGAGCGCAAAGCCCACAAACUGGUUCUGCAGAACGUGGAGAGUGGCAGUCAAGGAGAGUACACGGCUGUGGUGGGACACCUCCAGUGCAGCGCCAACCUCACCGUACAAGCUCUUCGUGUGACCAAACCCCUGAAGAGCAUGACCGUGGCCGAAACCCAGUCGGCCACCUUCGAGUGUGAAGUGUCCCACUUUAACGUGCCGUCCACCUGGCUGAAAAACGGUGUGGAGAUUGAAAUGAGCGAGAAGUUCCGCAUCGUGGUGCAGGGCAAACUCCACCAGCUGAAGAUUAUGAACACCAGCAGGGCCGACUCAGCCGAGUACACUUUUGUGUGCGGGAACGACCGUGUGUCCGCCACGCUCACUGUCAGCCCCGUCCUCGUCACCUCCAUGCUGAAAGACCUGAAUGCUCAGGAGCGGGACACCAUCACUUUCGAGGUCACUGUCAACUACGAGGGCAUCACCUACAAGUGGCUAAAGAAUGGUGUGGAAAUCAAGUCUUCUGAGAGAUGCCAGGUCCGAAGCCGGCAGCUGACUCAUUCUCUCACCAUCCGGAACGUUCACUUUGGAGAUGGAGGAGAGUAUCAAUUUGUGGCUGGAUCAGCAGCCAGUGCCGCAAACCUGUUUGUGGAAGCUCGUGUCAUCGAAUUCACCAAGAAAAUCAAAGACAUCAAAAUUAUUGAGAAGAAGAAGGCCAUAUUUGAAUGUGAGGUGUCCGAGCCCAACACCCAGGUCAUGUGGAUGAAGGACGGCCUGGAGCUCGACAUGUCCGAGGAGAGGUUUGUGGUGACGGCUGACAAGUAUGUCCACCGCCUCAUGAUCCAGACAGUGCACAUGUCUGACACCGGAGAGUUUUCGGUGGUGGCCGGCUCCAGUGUAUCCAAGGCCCGACUCACUGUGGAAGGACGGGACAUCCGCAUCUCAGAACCGGUUGAGCGACACAUCACGGUUCUGGAAAAACACCGGGCAACUUUCGAGUUUGAGGUUAACGAGGACGACGUAGAAGGUCGUUGGUUGAGGAAUGGCGUGGAGCUGCAGCUCCCGGUGGAGGAGCGCUUCAGCUAUGCAAUUAUUAGGAGGCUCCACCGGCUCACCAUCUCAGAAACAUUCAGGAGCGAUGCCGGCGAGUACACCUUCAUUGCUGGAAAGAACAGAAGCACCAUGACCCUGAGAGUUAACAUCCCAGAACCCCCACAAAUCCUGCAACACAUGGAGGCUCAGUCUGUGGAGGCGGGCAAGCCUGCUCGCUUUUCAGUGGUCGUGAGUGGCAUCCCUCAACCUAAGGUCUAUUGGUACAAGGACUCUCAGGCUCUGUCACCGGGCUUCAAGUGCAAGUUCCUGCAUGAUGGCCAAGAGCACACCCUGCUGCUCAUUGAGGUUUUCCCAGAGGAUGCCGCUAUCUACAGUUGUCAGGCCAAAAACGACUUUGGCAUUGCCACCAGCACCACGACGCUCAAUGUGGAAGUGUUGGAGGUGGCUUCUCCAGAAUUGCCUCCUUUUGUUGCCCCGCCGACUGUCAUUUCACCCAUGGCCAGCACCUCUACCUUUGAAGGAGAGCCAGCUCGUUUCCAGUGCAGAAUUCGUGGAGAUGAUGUGAAGAUCAACUGGUUCCACAAGAACAAGGAGAUCAAGCAGUCAGAAUUCUUCAGGAUGUCUCAGUUUGAUGACAACUGUCAGUUAGAGGUCUCCAAAGUUUAUCCGGAGGACGAGGGCGAGUACACUUGUGUGGCCAACAACACCGGAGGAACUGCAUCCUGCUCCGCCACACUAACACUGGAUGGUCAAAAACAAUCAAUAGACACACCCGCCGAGUGGCACGUCUCCACCACUUUGAGCAGUCGAAAGAAAGCCACCCGUAGCCAGAAACCUGUUUUCCUGCGACCCAUCACAAGCUGCUCUGUGCCGCAUGGGGAGGUCGCCCGCUUUCAUGCAUGUGUUUCUGGCAUCCCCAAGCCGGAGAUAAGCUGGUUCCACAACCAGCAGCUGGUGCAGCCCAAUAAGAACGUGGUAUUCCAUUAUGACGAAGUGACGAGCACCGCCACUCUCAUAAUAGUUGACGCCUUCUUGGAGCAUACAGGCCAGUACACCUGCCGGGCAAACAAUCCAGCAGGAGAGGCCAACUGCUCGGCGAUGCUCAGUAUCACCAAAGUGUUCCAGGAAGAAGAAGUGACUCAAGAGCAAGAGGAGAUCGAGGCCACCAUUGAGGAGGAGGUGAAAGUGACUCAAGAACAAGAGCAAAUCGUGGCCACCAUUGAGGAGGAGGUGAAAGUGACUCAAGAGCAAGAGGCGAUUGAGGCCACCAUUGAGGAGGAAGUGAAAGAACAUUCUAGCACCACUGUCACAACUGUGGAGGAGCAAGAGGAGACCUACUACACUGGCGUCCAGUUGCCCCACAAAACAAAAACACUUGAACUCAUGCCAGAGUCCAAACGUUACUCUUCCACAAUAGAGAAGAAAAAGGAAAAACCAGUGUUUCUCAGCCAGCUUUUUCCGGUGUCUGUGACCUCUGGAGAGAGAGCCACCUUUACUGUUAAGGUGUCAGGCACACCAAAACCCACUGUUCAGUGGUCUCGUGAUGGGAAAGUGAUCAAAAGCUCUUCCAUGUACAAGCUGAUAGAAGAGAAGGAAGAGUUUACUUUGAUUAUCAACAGUGUCACGUCCAAGUACGAGGGCGAGUACUCCUGCACUGCCUCCAACAGGUUUGGCCAGACCACAUGUACUACAUACCUUGAAGUGAAAAAGGCAGAUCUUAGCCCAGCAGAGAGGUGGGUUGAGAAAAUGUUUAAGUACACAGGUAAACCUCCAACGUUCGUAGAGCAGAUUCAACCUGUGAGUUGUUGCCAAGGGGCAGAUAUUAAUUUUAAUUACAAAGUCAUUGGGGACCCUAUCCCCAAAGUCCAGUGGUUCAAGGGUACAUUUGAGAUACAGUCUAGUCUCAAGUAUAUCAUUACAUCUAAUCCAGAUGGGUCCGGCUUUAUCACCAUCAAGGGCGUUGUACAGGAGGACAGUGGCAUGUACACAUGCAAAGCUUCAAACCAGUUUGGAGAGGCGUCUAGUGGUGCAGAGCUAGUUGUGCUCAGGGAAUCACCUUCUGUGUCUCACAAACAGAAAAUGGUGGCCCAGAAAAAAGGUUAUAAAAUUUCAAAGACAGAACAGGCUACAGAGUCUCGCUUAUACCAGGUCAGCCUCCCUGGCCAGGACAGGACUAGGUCAGAUCAAAUGGUUUACACCAUAGGUACCGAAGACCGGCGAGUUAUCCCUAGUGAGCAAGUGGGCUCCAUUACGGAGCUGGAGAUCUCUUCCGCCACAAUUCAUCGUGAGAAGAUGACACAUCAAGCAGCAGUGCUUCAGCGUCACGAAGUAGAGGAGAGAGUUUCAGAGGCGCCCACUCGCCCGACGCAGGUUUCGGCUCUUUAUCAAAAGCAGCUUCACAUGGCUGCAUUCACAUCAUCUGUUGAGGAGAGUCAGGACUUCAAGGAGCAGCACUGUGACCGCAUUCAAAGUCCCGAGGUAAUUGAGCUGCGGGCAAGUAGGGAGGAGAAGUCACAUGUAAUGUCUGCUGUAGCUGAGGAGCUAACCCCGCUUUCUACAGCCAGCACUGAACCGCUGGCCGACAGAACAUCUGCGUCAAUAAUGCCGAGCUCAGAGCCCAAGCAUCUAGUUAGUGGGCAUCAGGUGGAGUCACCGAUGUCAGUCAUAAAAGAACAAUCCCAAGAACUCCCCGGGGCACAAGAGGAGAAGGGUUACAAGGUAAAAGAGGGAGUGAAAAUCUUGUAUUCUGCCCAGUCUACAGAGAAAUAUGCACUUCCAGAGGGGCACACUGCUGAGCUAGCAACAGCUGACUCAGCUGUGAAGACUUCUUUCAAACAAGAGCAACCUCGUUUGAUUCUGGCCUCUGUCAGCGAUUCCAAACAUACUCUGGCCAAGGAGACUGACAUUUCCAUGCAGAGACCAGCAGAAGAGACAGCUCUCCUCUGCAAGGACCACCUCACGAGUACAAGUCUAACAGCAGAGGAAAGGUAUCCGCUAAAGGCCGAGUCCUCUCAGCAGUUGCCCUCUCUGGAAAAGGCCACAAACAUUCAAUCCCAGUUAGAAGGGGAGCAGGUAUUGCACUUGCAGGUGAUAACUGACCAAGACCUUCUCCCCUCUGAAGCCAGUUUCUCUUCCAAGAAACCUGACUCUGACCAGGCAGGUACCAGGAAGAGUCCUACUGUGUUACACUCAGUCAGCCAGGAUGAGCAGAGGACAGUCUUAUGCGAGGAUACAUCCGCUUUUGAGGCGAGGGAGAGCACCUUUACUGUUCAACCAAGUAAGGAGUGUCCUUCUCCGCUCCAACUCCAGUCAAGCCAGGCUGUUGAGGUGCUCUCCAAAGAAGGUAUUCUUGUAACUAAGAAGCCUGAACAGCAGACAGCAACCCAGAAAGCCGAAAAGGCUCGUAUUCACGCUGCUAUGUCUGAGGAGAAACUACAGCUGACCGCAGAUCAGCACUCAGAGCUUAAUUUGUCUGUGACUGGAGUUCAAUCUCAGCUUCGGACUGAGCCCAGACCUCAGAACAUCCUUCAGCUGUCAUUCCAGCCUAUGCAACUUCCGAAAGAGACGCCAGUUACUUGUGAUGUUAAGGAGCAGCGAGCCUUGGUGCAGAAGGAGGAUCGCUGGAAUGUGAUGCACCUCACAAGUGUGGCUGAGAGUCAGGUGUUAGAGGCGGGACACAGUGAGCGUCUGGCAGAUGUGGACAAAAUUACCUGCAAGACCACCGUAGAGCCAAAGGUUCCCACAGAGCCAGUUCAGGUUGAGGAGAAGGAGAUCUGCACUGAGAGUAGUGAAGUUCUCAAGGCUGCAGAGCAGGACUUUGCAGUCCAGAUCCAGGAAGGUCAAUCAGUCAGGCAAUCAAUAGUAAUGGAUGAGAAGCAAGUACUGACAGGAGAGCUCUCUCAGGAGAUCACUAAGUCAGAUUCCACUGAAGUCACUGCUACUAAGCAACCCCAGCUGUCUCUGGUCGCAUCGGAAUCCAAAGAUAGCGUAAGUCUUCCCAAAGAAAUGAUGUUUGUCCUUCAAAUGCCAAAAGCAUCCAGUGUGAGUGUACGUCGACAGCUGAGAAAUACUCUUCAGUCUGCGGUAGCAAGUGAGCAGCCCUUGUUGUUGGCAGAUGUUGUAGGAGGGCUUCAGACCGCACAUAUACAGGAAGUCAAAGUCAAGAGGGAACCCAGACAGACAAUGUUUACAUACCUGAUCACAUCAACAGGCACACCUUUGGAAAUCACGCUGGCUUUCCAAGGUGAAUAUCCUCGCAUGGCUGACCUCAGAAGUGAACUUCAGGCAGCUUUUCACUCCAUUGUACACCAGGAGGCUAAUGUUUUAACUUUAGAUCAGCCAGGCACAAUGCAGCUAGACAAACCUCAGAGGGCACAGGUCUCUUCAGCCCGCUCAAAGCAAGUCAGUUCCUCCGUUGUGCAGACAGUGACUGUGGCAGAGAGCUCAGUAGAUUUCAGUGGUGUUGAAUCUCAAGCAGCAGCCCUCAGAACUGAGUCUAAAAUGGCAGUAGUGUGCGCCUCAGCUGAGCAGCAGGUUGUAGUCCAGGAAUCAAAGGAAUCGAGGGUAGCACAGUCAGUCUCGUCACAGCUCCAAGUUUCCACCAAGGCCCAAAUGGCCUUUGAGGAGUCAGUGGUGGUGUCCAAACAAGAGGUGAGGUCCAAAAUAAAGGGCCAGAGCAAGCCUGAAGGGACUGGCCUGCUUACCUCACACCUGCCUCCCACCACCACCCCCUCAGAACAGGGUCUGGGUGUAAGCAUCUUGGAGGAAAGCAUGGAUAAGGUUUUCAAAGAGAAGAUAUCGGUCUCCAGGCCAGAACAGAGAGAAUUUCCUGUCGUAGUCAUCUCUUUGGAAGACAUCACUGUUGAGGAAAACACUGACAUAACAUUUAGGACCAGCAUUAAAUAUGCCACCCAGGUAAAUUGGUUUUUCAAUGGCAAAUUGAUGCAAUCUGGGAAUGAGUUCAAGUGUUUCACGGAGCUCGACACACACACGCUGGUUAUCAGAAAAGUUGUCAAGGAGAAACAUGAAGGAGAAUAUGUUUGUGAGGCUGAGAAUGAAGCUGGCAAAACAACCACAUCUUCCAGACUCACAGUGGUCUCAAGAGUGCCACCAAUCUUUAGGCAGAGAAUCGAGCCACUGGAGAUAAACGUCGGCAGCCAUGCCAAGUUCAAGUGCGAGAUUGAGGAGGCCCCAAGCGUGACCUUCAAGUGGUACAAGUCCGGUAUGGAGAUAAAGCAAGGCGAGAAGUACUGCAUCGUCAGCGGACACACUGAGUCCUUCCUGGAGGUCUUGAACGCUGUGAAAGCAGACAGUGGCGAAUACAGCUGCAAGGCCACAAACCAGUACGGUGCUGCCAGCUGUGGUGCCUCUCUUGCCGUCACUGAAAUGUACCCACCACUAUUUGUAUCAAAACCAGAGCCAUUGAUGUCCUAUGUGGGAAAAACUGCCGUGUUCCAGUGCUCGCUCACUGGAUCGGCGCCCAUAGAGGUAGACUGGCACAAAGACAACAUAGCUAUCUCACCCUCAGACCACUAUGCCAUGAAGUGUGACAAGAACAAGUACUCCCUGCACAUCUCCAAUCUUGAGCCCAGCGAUCAGGGAGUGUACUUGUGCAAAGCUUCCAACAGUGUUGGUGCCUCUACUUUUAGCACAGACCUCAAAGUUAUCAAUAAGCCCAACUUCAUUAGGAGGUUUGAGCCAAUGUCCACUGCUGUCAACCAGAUUCUGAGGCUGGAGUCCCAAGUAGAUGAGGACACUUGUGUGACAGUCACCUGGACCCGAGAUGGUAAGAAGGUGCACCAGAGCCUUGAGUGCAAGCAUUCUUUUGAGGACAAGGUAGCAAUUCUGGAAAUCGCAAAGUCCAAAGUGAAGGACUCUGGCUUGUAUGUCUGUACUGCCUCCAACGAGGCUGGGAGCUCCUCCUGCGAGGCUCUGGUGACAGUUCAAGAACCUCCUACCUUUGUCAAGAAAAUGGAUCCAAGCAUCACGUGGAAGCAAGGAAUAGCCGCUCGCUUGCAUUGCACCAUUAAAGGUUCCCCAGAGCUCCACAUCCAGUGGUUCUGGAAUGAGCGACAGCUGAGCUCAGGAGACAAACAUAAAAUGUCUUUCGCAAAUGGCACGGCCACUUUGGAGAUCAUGAACCUUCUUGUGAUGGACAGUGGCCGCUACACUUGUGAGGUGUCAAACAAUGCCGGCAGUGAAAGCUGCAGUGUGGUGGUGGCUGUCAAAGAGCCACCAUCCAUUAAGAGAGAGCUGCAGAUGGUGGAAGCAGUGAAGGGCACCAGCGCCCAGCUAGAAUGUGAAGUUGCAGGAAGUGCUCCCUUUGAGGUCACUUGGUCCAAAAAUAAAAGGACCAUCAAUAGCGAUCACAAAUACAAAAUUAUUUCCCAAGAGCCCAUGUUGAGGCUGGAGAUAAAGCCCUUUGAAAGUGCAGAUGUAGGAGAUUAUCAAUGUGUCAUAACCAAUGAUGUGGGCAAAGUCACUACCACGGGCUUAGCUAAACUCAAAGAUCCCCCUACUUUCACAAAGAGGGUUGAAAGUGGGAUGGCAGUGUUGGGUAAUGCAUUGAAGCUUCAGGGAACCGUGAAGGGUUCUACCCCCAUCACUGUCAAGUGGAUGAAAGACUCUGAAAUACUGAGAGACGAUGAUCCAAACAUCACCAUGGCAUUUGAGAACAAUGUGGCAAGCUUGUCCAUUGCAGUUGUGGCCAGCAGCCACGCCGGUAAAUACUUGUGCCACGCCGAGAAUGAAGCCGGCCAACAAAAAUGUGAAGCCGCCCUGACAGUCCAGGAACCUGCAAGAAUUGUAGAACCUGCAGAGUCCAUCAGUGUGACGGCAGGUGAUCCGGCCACGCUUGAGUGUACCAUCUCCGGAAGCCCCGACCUUAAAAUCAAGUGGUUCAGGGAUGGCAAAGAGAUGAUCAGUGGGCGCAAAUAUAAGAUGAGCCAGAAGGAUAAUGUGGUCUCGCUGAAGAUUCUUAAAGCAGAAAAAGCAGACUCUUCUGUGUACAAGAUGGAGGUUUCCAAUAAAGUCGGGAAAGACCAGUGCACAGGCUCCGUGACAGUUCUAGACCGCAUAAUGCCGCCAGCUUUCACCAAGUUCCUAAAAAGGGUUGACGGUAACAUUGGCAGCAACAUUUCGCUGGAGUGUAAGGUGUCCGGGUCCCAACCCAUCACCAUUGCUUGGUUCAAAGAUGAACAGGAAAUUGAGCCUGGAGCCAAACUACAUCUAGACUAUAAGGAGAGCUCUGCCACACUGACCAUCAGCCAGCUGGAGAAAAAUGAUUCUGGAGUUUAUAAAUGCACAGCCACCAACUCAGCCGGUGUAAAAGAAACCAGCGGCAUACUUUAUGUCAAAGAGCCACCAGUAUUCACAGUGACACCCCACGACCAAGAUGUUAUACCCGGAACUACUGUUUGCCUUCAGGCCACAUUCACUGGAACUUUUCCUCUCUCUGUGAAAUGGUUCAGAGAAGACAGGGAAAUGAUUAGUGGAGGAUCUUGUUUUAUCAAAAAAGAAGCUUCAAAGAGCUCUCUAGAGCUUCCCUCUGUCAAGCCUGGUGACUCCGCUAAAUAUACAUGUCAGGUGUCCAAUGACGCCGGCAAGGUGGACUGCACGGCAAUCCUUUUUGUAAAAGAACCUCCCAUCUUUGUGAUGAAGCCUGAGGCCACCAGGCUGGGGGUCAGUGGCAAUCCAGUAAAGUUGCAGUGCAAAGUGACAGGCAGUCCUGUCAUAGGUUUCAGGUGGCUGAAGGAUGGCAUGGAGAUUAGUCACGGUCCACAGUAUUCAAUGACGUCAGUGGACUCUGUAGCCUCUCUGGAAAUAGUCAAGAGCACUGUUGCGGACAGUGGAGAUUACACGUGCGUAGCUUCCAGUGAGGCCGGCAGUGACUCUUGCAGCAGUACGAUCACAAUCAAAGAACCCCCACUGUUUUCUCGUUUCUUGGAGCCCAAAGAUGUAGUGAAGGGUUCUGAGAUGAUACUGGAGGCCCAAGUGUCUGGUUCGGCCCCGUUCACUGUGUCAUUUUACAAAAAUACAAAGCUGGUGAGGAACGAUAGGAGACACAGAAUCACGGUGAAAGAGGAUCUGGUGGCGCUUCAAGUGCUAGCGGUGGAGGUUGGAGACGUGGGCUUGUACCAGUGCACAGUAGAGAAUGAAGUGGGGAGGGCCACUUGUGAAUGUCGAGUCACUCUUAAAGAACCUCCAUCAUUUGUGCGGAAGUUGGAUACCGUAAGUGCCUUGGUAGGCAGUGAGGUGUCCUUGCAGUGCACCCUCAAGGGCUCGGAGCCCAUGACCAUCAACUGGCUCAAAGACAACUAUGAACUCAAGGAGGCUGAAAACAUUCGGAUUACAUAUGAGGACCAGACAGCCCUUCUGCACAUCACCAAGCUUCACAGCAAUUAUGGCGGCAAAUACUCUUGUCACGCCCAGAAUCAGGCGGGAAGUCAGACCUGCUCUGCCAUUAUGACUGUCAAAGAACCUGCUAUGGUCACAGAGGAAACAAAGUCCAUAAGUGUGACACAGGGGGAUCUGGCUACCUUAGCAGCCAGGUUCUCGGGCACCAAGCCGCUGAAGGUACACUGGCUUAAGGCUGGCAAGGAGCUGGUCUCUGGCCAGAGGUACAAAGUACAAACCACAGACUCCAGCUCUGUGCUCAAAAUCAAUAAAACAGAUAAAAGUGAUGGCGGGGAGUACACCUUUGAGGUUUCAAAUGAUGUUGGUAGCAGUUCAUGCAUGGCGACACUCACCAUUUUGGAUCAAAUCAUUGCGCCAGCAUUCACCAGGAAGCUCAAGCAAAGCGAAGGUAUCAAAGGUUCCUUUGCUCAUCUGGAGUGUGUUGUGUCGGGCUCGCUCCCACUCACUGUCCAAUGGUACAAGGAUGAGAACCAAAUCCAAACGGGGAACAAAUACAAAUGCACCUUUUUUGAGAAUGUAGCUUUCCUGGAAAUCUCCAAUCUGGACAGCAAAGACAGCGGAAGCUACACUUGCAUCGCUAAGAACAAGGCGGGAAGUGCUCAGUGCUCUGGCACUUUGUUUGUCAAAGAGCCUCCCUGCAUAAUUGAACCCCCAGAAUCAAUGAGAGUCCUGCCUGGCUCAAAGGUCCAUUUCAGUGCUUUGAUCUUGGGCACACCGCCACUUACCAUUAAAUGGUUUAAGAACCAAAAAGAGAUAUUAUCCAGCGCCGACUGCCUGGUAAUAAAGGACAACACAUCCACUUCUCUGGAGCUGUUCUUUGUCAAAACCUCCGAUUCCGGCGACUAUGUCUGUGAGGUUCUCAAUGAUGUCGGCACCAUCUCCUGCCAGGCCACACUCUUUGUCAAAGAACCGCCGAAGUUUGCACGAACACCGGCACGCUUGUCUGUGCUCCGACCGGGUCAGAGUCAAAUAUUUGAGUGCCAAGUGAGUGGCACACCAGAGAUAGACAUAUACUGGUUCAGGGAGGGUUCCGAGAUCAGUCCCGACAGUCGUCACAAGAUGACCUUCAUCAACUCUAUGGCCACCCUAGAACUGUGUAGGGCUGACAUCAAAGACAGUGGGAUGUACUUCUGUGAAGCUCGCAAUGAAGCGGGGAGCGAGAGCUGCAGCAUGGAACUCAAAGUCAAAGAGCCGCCUGUAUUUUUACAAGAGGUGAUGCCAGCGAGCAUUGUUAUGGGGUGCAGUGCCUGGCUGAACUGUCAACUGGCCGGCACUGGUCCUUUUGAAAUCACUUGGCACAAAGACGGCAAAGAGCUGAAAGCCAGUGCUAAACACAGCUUCUCCCAGAUCAAUGACAUGGUAGGCCUGGAGGUUAACAGAUGUGACAAAGGUGACGUUGGUGAAUACCAGUGUACUGUUACCAAUGAAGUGGGAAGCUGUAGUUGUAAGACCACAUUGAGCCUCAAAGAACCGCCAACAUUUACCAAGAGAACGCAAAAUGCCGUCUCUGUUCUGGGUAAGAAGGUUAUCUUUGAGUGUGUGGUGGAUGGCUCGCCAACCCUUUCUGCGCAAUGGCAAAAGGAUGGGAACUGGAUUUUGGAAGAUCCAAAGAUUGAGAGAACAUUUGAGAACAAUGUGGCCAUGCUCAAGAUUCCCGCUUGUGAAUCAUGUCAUAGCGGGUCUUACACUUGCCAGGUCAUGAAUGAUGCUGGCCAAAACAAGUGUGUUGCCACCCUGGUGGUCCAAGAACCUCCUCAGAUCUCUGAGAAACCCGAGUUAGUAAAUGUUACGGCUGGAGAUCCAGUCAGUCUGGACUGUAAGGUAACGGGCUCGCCAGAGCUCAAAGUGCAUUGGUUGAAAGACGGAAAGGAGUUGCAGUCCAUCAGGCAGCACAAGCUUAGCUUUGAAAAUAACAUCAGCAGUCUGAAGAUUCAGUCAGCGCAGAGAGAGGACGAAGGGGAUUACAUCUUUGAGGUGUCCAACCACAUCAGUAGCUGUAGCUGCACCGUCAAAUUAGUUGUGUCAGAGCAAGUCAUCCCACCGAGCUUCAUUAAACCCCUCGGAGACAUGCAAAAGAUUCUAGGCUCUUUUGUUCAGAUCGUUUGCAUGAUAUCGGGGUCCAUUCCCAUCUCAGCAGAAUGGCUAAAAGAUGGUGGCAAGCUCUCCAGUGGUGUUAAACACAAAUUGAUUCAGCAGGACAACUCAGUGUGUGUGGAGAUUGAGCACUUAGAGAUGUCAGAUGCAGGGUCCUACUCCUGCAAACUCAGCAAUGUAGCAGGAAGCUGCGAAUGCACUGGAACCCUGAAAGUUAAAGAACCUCCCAGCUUUGUCACCUUGCCCGAGUCCCAGGCCACUGUACCCAAUGCGACAGUGCGCUUCAAAGGAACAUUUAAAGGAACACCACCUUUCAGUGUUAAAUGGUUCAAGGAUGACACGGAGCUAAUGACAGGACCCACGUGUCUCAUGGGGCUGGAGGGGCUCACCUGCCUGUUGGAGCUCUACUCAGUGGGCAUCCCCCAGAGUGGUGUUUAUUCCUGCCAAAUCAACAACGAUGCUGGUUCUGUGCGCUCCAGUGCAGACUUGACAGUAAAAGAACCACCCGAGUUUGUGCUGAAGCUCCCUGCCACUAAAUGUGUGAAGCGGAGUGAGCCGCUCCACCUAGAGUGCAGGAUCACGGGUACCGGACCCAUCAUGGUGACCUGGUACAAGCAGGACACCAUGCUGAUGGAUGGCGGCAACUGUAACACAUCGUUUGAUGGCUCAGUGGCCAUCCUCGAGCUGCACACAGCUGACUUUGACGAUGAUGGAGUUUAUACAUGUGAAGCUCACAGUGACGCCGGCAUUGUCAGCUGUAGCACUACGCUUACUGUGAAAGAACCACCGUCAUUCAGUAGAGUACCUGAACCAGUAGAAGGUCUGAAGGGGAAGGAUGUGAGUCUCUACUGCGAGAUGAACGGCACUGCCCCCUUCCAGACCACUUGGUGCAAGGAGGGCAAGCCACUGAUGGAGAGCAGGAAGUACAAGAUGUUGAGCGAGGGGAGCUCAACCACACUGCACAUAAUGGGGAUCGAAGCCGCUGACGCUGGCUGCUAUGAGUGCAAGGCAUUAAACCCUGUAGGCAGUGACACCUGCCAGGCGUCAGUUAAACUCAGAGAGCCUGCGUCCUUUGUGGAGAAACUGUCCAAUGCCAGAGUGGUUGUGGGACAGGAGGUGAGUCUCGUGGCCACUGUCAGAGGCUCCGAGCCCAUCGUUGUGUCCUGGGUUAAGGACAAGGACCACAUUCUCAGGGAUGGCGACAACAGAAAAAUCACCUUUGAAAACCAGCGGGUGUCUCUCAAAGUGUUUGAGGCCGAUGCAGCGGCAGCAGGGCGUUACACCUGCCAACUGCACAAUGAUGCUGGAAGUACUGAAUGUUUCGCAAAUUUGACUGUACUAGAACCUGCCAAGAUUGUGGAUAAGCCUGACGCUCUGAGUGUGACGGCUGGCGAUAUUGCCGCUCUGGAAGUCAAAGUGUGCGGCACCCCAGACCUGGUCCCCAAGUGGUUCAAGGAUGGCGUGGAGCUGGCCUCCGGCAGGAAAUACAAGAUCUCCUUCUCUCGGAUGAUCUCCAGCCUGAACGUGUUGGCAGCAGAGAAACUGGACUCCGGAGAAUACACCUUUCAGGUCAUGAACGACGUUGGGAAGGACCUGAGCAAAAUUAAUCUCACCGUUUUAGACAAAAUCAUCCCGCCAUCAUUCACGAGGAAACUGAAGGAUUGUAACAAAGUGGUUGGCCAAGCAGGCGAGAUGGAGUGUAAGGUGUCUGGCUCACCACCCUUUACCAUUUCCUGGUACCAUGACGGCGAAGAAUUGCACAGCGGGCCCACCUAUGACAUCUCGUUCAGUGACAAUGGCUGUACCCUUAGAGUACCCACCCUCAAACUAUCUGACUCAGGCCACUACAGGUGUAAGGCGGUCAAUGAGGCAGGAUCCAGUGAGACAAGCGCCACCUUAGAUGUCAAAGACCCACCAUCCUUCGCAGUUCCACCGCUGCCGGCUGAGGCCACACCGGGGUCGGAUGUCAGCUUCUCGGCCAUCGUGAAAGGCAGCGCCCCUCUCAAACUGAAGUGGUUCAGGGGAGCCAAGGAGCUAGAGGCUGGGCAGGGCUGUGACUUCUCCCUGAAGGACAACCAGGUCCUCCUGCAGCUCUACAGGGUGGAUAGGAGUCACGCUGGAGAGUACACUUGCCAAGUCAUCAACGAUGUGGGCAAGGAAAGCUGCUCUGUCAACCUUAUGCUCAAAGAGCCAGCUUUGUUUGUGAAAAAGCUGAAGGACGUGUCUGUGGAGAAAGGCCAACCACUGAGGAUGGAGUGUUCAUACUCUGGAACGCCCAAAAUCUCCGUGAGCUGGUUCAAGGAGGGGCAACCGGUGUUUGCAUCAUACAAAUACAACCUGAGUACCACGGAGAGCACCUGCAUUCUGGAAUGUCUUAGCACAGAGGAUAAGGAGGCCGUUGGAAAGUACUCGUGCUGUGUGGCCAAUGACGCUGGCAAGGAUGAAUGCGAGGCUACUGUCACCAUCUUGGAGCCACCAUACUUCCUUGAGCCCCUAGAACCAAUGGAGGUGACAUCUGGAGAUGCUGUCUGCCUCAAGUGUAUAUUGGCAGGGACCCCUGAGAUCAAAGUGUCUUGGUUUAAAGGGGACGGAAAGGUGCGCUCCAGCCCCACUUGUAGGCUGGAGUAUGGCAAAGGUUUGGCCUGCCUCAAACUCAGCAAGGCAACCAAGGCUGAUGUGGGCGAGUACACCUGCAAGGCCGAGAACAAGAUCGGAAUGGCCACCUCCACUUGUCGCCUCAAUGUGCAAGAGGCCAAGACUCCGCCAAGCUUUCCAAAGAAGAUCACGAGUCAUGAGCAGACAUUGGGCUCCGUCGUCCGCUUUGAGUGCCGUGUGGCCGGCUCUUCUCCCCUGGAUGUGUCCUGGCUGAAGGACGGAGAGACAGUGGAGGACGGGGAUGAAUUCUCUGUGCUCUACCGUGACAAUACAGCCACGCUGACAAUUAACUGCAGCGAGAGGAGGCACGCCGGGGAGUACGCCUGUGUUGCCACCAACAGCGUCGGCUCCGCAUCGUGCAGAGCCAAACUCACCCUGCUAGAGCCCCGCUACCCACCAGUCUUUGACAGGAAGUUGUUACCAGCAAAUGCAGUGACACUUGGUGAGAGCUUGGAGCUGGAGUGUCACUUGGCUGGUUCGGCCCCGAUGAAGGUAACCUGGUCCAAGGACCGCAAGGCUAUCCGGACCGGCGGGAACUACAAGAUUCGCUUUGAGGACAACACGGCCCAGCUCAGUGUUUUCAAGGCAGACAAAGGCGACACGGGAAUAUACUACUGCCAUGUCACUAACGAUGUUGGGAAGGACUCCUGCUCCUGUGAUGUCACAGUUAAAGAGCGGAAGAAUCCCCCUAUAUUCACCAGAAAGCCAUCUGAGCAGUUGGAGGAUGUCGAAGGCCGCCUGGUAAAGAUCGAAGCCCGAGUAUCCGGAUCCCAGCCUAUGUCCGUUUUCUGGCUGAAGGAUGGUGCUGACAUUUCAAGCUCUGAAGAUUAUGACCAAAGCUUUAAGAGUAACUUGGCCGUGCUUUGCAUCAAGAGCAGCCGAUGUGAGCACAGUGGACAAUACACCUGCCGAGUGACCAAUGAGGCAGGAACGGCUGAGUGUGACGUCACCAUCAAAAUUUCCGAGGCCAAGACUCCGCCGAGCUUUCUUACAAAGAUCACGAGCUUUCAGCAGACAUUGGGUUCUGCUGUCCGCUUUGAGUGCCGUGUGGCCGGGUCGUCUCCCCUGGACGUUUCCUGGCUGAAGGACGGCGAGCCAGUGCAGGACGGGGAUGAAUUCUCAGUGCUCUACCGUGACAAUGCAGCCACGCUGACAAUUAACCGCAGCGAGAUGAGGCACGCCGGGGAGUAUGCCUGUGUUGCCACCAACAGCGUCGGCUCCACAUCGUGCAAAGCCAAGCUCACCCUGCUAGAGCCUCGGUACCCACCAAUCUUUGAAAGGAAGUUGUUGGCAGCACAUGCAGUGAUGGUGGGUGAGGGUUUGGAGCUGGAGUGUCACUUGACUGGUUCAGCCCCAAUGAAGGUGACCUGGUCCAAGGACCACAAGGAUAUCCGGAGUGGCGGGAACUACAAAAUCCAUUUGGAGAACAACACGGCCCAGCUCAGCAUUUUCAAGGCAGACAAAGCGGACACGGGAACAUACUUCUGUGAGGUCACUAACGAUGUUGGGAAGGACUCCUGCUCCUGUGAUGUCACAGUCAACGAGCGCAAGAAUCCUCCGAUAUUCACCAGAAAGCCAUCUGCGCAGUUGGAGGACGUCGUUGGCCACCUGGUAAAGAUCGAGGCCCGGGUAGCCGGAUCCCAGCCCAUGUCCGUUGUCUGGCUGAAGGACGCUGCUGACAUCUCGAGCUCUGACGAUUUUGACCAAAGCUUCAAGAGUAACUUGGCUGUGCUUUUUAUAAAGAGCAGCCGGUGUGAGCACAGUGGAAAGUAUAUCUGCCGAGCGACCAAUGAGGCAGGAACGGCUGAGUGUGACGUCACCAUCAAAAUUUCCGAGGCUAAGACUGCGCCAAGCUUUAUGACAAAGAUCACAAGCCUUCAGCAGACGUUGGGCUCUGCCGUCCGCUUUGAGUGCCGUGUGGUCGGCUCGUCUCCCCUGGACAUUUCGUGGCUGAAGGACAGCGAGCCAUUGCAGGACCGGGAUGAAUUCUUAGCACUUUACCGUGACAAUACAGCCACGCUGACAAUUAACUGCAGCGAGAUGAGGCACGCCGGGGAGUACGCCUGUGUUGCCACCAACAGCGUCGGCUCCGCAUCAUGUAGAGCCAAGCUCACCCUGCUCGAACCCCGGUACCCACCAGUCUUUGACAGGAAGUUGUUGGUCGCACAUGCAGUGACAGUGGGUGAGAGCUUGGAGCUGGAUUGUCACCUGACUGGUUCGGCUCCGAUGAAGGUGACCUGGUCCAAGGACCACAAGGAUAUCCGGAGCGGCGGGAACUACAAGAUCCGCUUGGAGGACAACACGGCCCAGCUCAGCAUUUUCAAGGCAGACAAAGCAGACACUGGAAUAUACUCCUGCCAGGUCACUAACGAUGUUGGGAAGGACUCCUGCUCUUGUGACGUCACAGUCAAAGAGCGCAAGAAUCCUCCAAUAUUCACCAAAAAGCCAUCUGAGGAGUUGGAGGACGUCGAGGGCCACCUGGUAAAGAUUGAGGCCCGGGUGUCUGGGUCCCAGCCCAUGUCCAUUCUCUGGUUGAAGGACGGCACUGACAUCUCAAACUCUGAUGAUUAUGACCUAAGCUUCAAGAAUAACUUGGCCGUGCUUUGUAUCAAGAGCAGCCGGCAAGAGCACAGCGGACAAUAUACCUGCCGAGCCACCAAUGAGGCAGGAAAGUCUGAGUGUGAUGUCACCCUCAAACUCUCCGAAGCUAAGUUGUCUCCGGUGUUCGACGUCCCUCUGAAAGCAACAUCUGUGUUCGAGGGCGAGCAUCUUAGUCUACGCUGCCAUGUCCGUGGCUCACCUCCUCUCCGGAUCCAGUGGAUGAAAGAUCGAAAAGAGCUGAUGCCAUCCCCAACCUCCACCAUCAGCUUCUCUGAUGGGACAGCCUGCCUGGAGAUUGCUGGGGUGACCCGUCACGAUGCCGGCGACUACAUCUGCAAGGUGACCAAUGAUGCUGGCAGCGAGCUGUGUCACGCUAAAGUCACAGUCAAAGAAAAAGAAGGUGCACCUUCUGAUGUUGCCGCAGAGACCGUUUCAACCAAGAAGCUGGACCAACUUUUCUUUAUUGACGAGCCCAAGAGCAUGCACGUCACUGAAAAGACUGCUGCCACCUUCAUUGCCAAGGUGGGUGGUGAGCCCAUCCCCAGUGUCAAGUGGAUGAAGGGCAAGUGGAGGCAGCUGACCCAGGGUGGACGCAUCUCUAUCGAGCAGAAAGGCCAGGAAUCCAAACUGGAGAUCAGGGAGGUGACCAAGUCGGACUCGGGCCAGUACCGGUGUGUGGCCUUCAACAAGCAUGGCGAGAUUGAGUGCGCUGCAGAACUUCAUGUAGAUGAGAAAAAGGCAGCUGCCCAGCUUGAAGGAGACCUAAGAGCCAAGCUCAAGAAGACACCAUCCAAGCAGAAGAGUCCCGAGGCAGAAAAGGAUAUUGACAUUGUUGAGCUGCUGAGAAACGUGGACCCCAAGGAGUAUGAGAAGUAUGCCCGCAUGUAUGGCAUCACUGACUACCGGGGUCUCCUGCAAGCCAUUGAGCAGCUCAAGCAGGAGAAGGGGGAAGAAAUUGGAAGACAAGAACUGGAACGUACUCCCAGAGAGGCUGACGAGGACAUGGCGAGGCUGGUGGCUGACCUGCAGAAGAGGAUGGAGCGGACAGAGCCUGUAACUGUAAUAAGGGACAUAUGCGACCAGUCCGUACUGGUUGAUGAGGAGGCUUUGUUUGAGUGCGAGGUGAAGAUCAACUACCCCGAGAUCAUGCUGUCCUGGUAUAAAGGCACACAGAAACUGGACACUGGCUCCAAGUAUCACAUCAGUGUUAGUGGAGAGCGCCACCUACUGAAAGUUAAGGGGUGCCAACUCACAGACCAAGGCAACUACCGGGUGGUAUGCGGACCUCACAUCUCCAGUGCCAAGCUCACCGUCACUGAGCUUGUGGUGGAGACACACCUUCAGGACACAUUGGGUAAGGAAGGACAGUCCUGUACUUUGACUUGUCAGUUGUCCAUCCCCAAUGCGGAAGCACAGUGGUUUAAAAAUAGUCAGCUGUUAGACACUGUGGGGGGCAGGUUCAAGUCUGAGGUCAAACACAAGCUCCAGAAGCUUCAUAUCAAGAAACUGAAGCCUGAAGACAAGGGCCGCUAUACCUGCAAAUACCUGCACAUACAGUCCUCGGCGGAUCUCUGGGUGGAAGCCGAGCAAAUUCAUUUCACCAAGCGCAUCCACAAUGUGGAGGUCAACGAACGUCAGGCUGCCACCUUUGAGUGUGAAGUUUCCUUCGACAACGCAGUGGUGUCUUGGUACAAGGAUACAUGGGAGCUGAGGGAAAGCCCCAAAUACAACUUCCGCAGCGAGGGCCGGAGACAUUUCAUGGUCAUCCAAAACGUGAGCGUGGAGGAUGAAGGGGUGUACUCGGUGAUUGUGAGGUUGGAGCCCCGGGGAGAAGCUAAGAGCAGUGCUGAGCUAUAUUUGUCUGGCAAAGAGAUCCAAUUAGCAACGGUUCCUUUUGAUGUAAAAGACGCUCCUGUGGAGAGGCCUGAAGCCCCUUCAUCAGUGGACAUUCAAGUUACUGUUGAGGAGACAAUGGAAAGACAAGAAGUGGAAGUGAGGGAGGAAGUGAUUUCCAUAGUGGCCAAAACCCAGGAAGAACAUAAAGUGGAGCCAAAAGCAGAGGAGAAACAAGCGGUGCACCCAAAAAUGACCAAAGUAGCAGAGAAGGGUCCCGUCGAGAAGAAGAAAGUUUUCCUGGUUAAAGAACCCGAAGGUGCUGCACAGCUGAUGCCUCAACAGGAGCUGAAAAAAGACGAGCCCAAGUCUCCACUACUAGCAGAGCCCAUAAAACCUCCACCUGAAGAGAAGCUGGUGCUGAAGCCUGAGCCAGAGCCCGAAGUUAAACCGGUGCUGACCCCUGAGCUGGAGCCCAAAGUUAAACCAGUGGAGAAGCCAGAGCCUGAGAAGCCACCCAAAGUCAAGCCGGUGGCGAAACCAAAGCCAGUGCCUGAGGCGGUGCCUGAGCCAGUGCCCAAACUCAAGCCAUUGACAAAACCCAAACUAGAGCCUGUGCAGGCACCUGAGUCAAUGCCCAAACUCAAGCCGGUCACAAAGCCCAAGCAAGAGCCCAAGCCAGAGCCAGAGCCAGCUCCCAAACUCAAACCAGUGACUAAGCCCGACCCAGAGCCCAAAGUCAAGCCGGUGGCGAAGCCCAAGCCGGAACUUGAAGCUAAGACAGUGCCAAUGAAGAAGCCAACUGCACAGCUCAAAGUCUCAGAAGAAAUAAAUCCAGAACCUGUUAAGGUCAAGCCCAAACCUGAAGCGCCAAAAGCAGAGCCUGUUGUGGCACCCAAACCUGAACCUGUGGUGGUACCCAAAUUGGAGUCUGUGGAGGCACCCAAACAAGAGCCUGUGGAAGCACCCAAACCAAAACCUAUAGAUGCAUUGGAGCAUGUGGUGGAACCCAAACCACCUAAACCAGAGCCUGCGGAAGUACCCACACCACCUAAACCAGAGCCUGUAGAGGUACCCAAACCAGAGCCUGUGGAAGCAUCCAAACCUGAGUCUGUGGUGAAAAAAGCUGAAGUAGCAGAGCCCAAGCUGCCAAAAGUAGAACCACCAAAGGCCGAAGAACCAAAGGAACCUACCCCGAAAGUGCCAGAGAAACCAGUCAAGAACGAGGCUGCUGGAGAACUGCAGAAGCCGCACAGAGAAGAAACACUAUUGAAGAAACCAGUGGUCACCAAAGUUCCUGCAGCAGAGGAGAUAGCAGAAACGGAACCUGUUCUUCUUUCUACUAAACAACAGCCAGAAGAACCACAAAGAGGUUUCGAAACUCAAAAGAUUGUCCAGAUGCCACCAUCAGAGGUAAAACAAAAGAAGAAAGUCUCUUCUCCAGAAAAAGUGAGGCCAAUCAAACUCCAACAGCUGCAGAAAAUACAUCAGGUGGCAGAGAUGCAGUCUUUUACCAAGGAAGCUUGGUCUUAUGAGGCCGAGCCAGAAGAUCAAGCCCAGGUUUUGUAUGAGAAAGCCUUAUCCCCGGUGGAACAUGUGAAUGUUUCAUUCCCUGAGACCCACGUGAAACAAUCUAAACCCAGAGGCAAAAUCUCUGUGACUGACAGGAAAGAGACUGCAAUAAUAAUUGAAAAAAUAGAAGAUCUUAAAGAGGAGCAGGACACUACUAAAAAAGAUACAAAUGAGAGAAAAGACAAGAAGCAGGUAGUGACAGUCAAGAAAGAAAGCAGGGCAAUGAUCCAAAAAGAAACUAAGGACACUAGAGUAAGAGUCUCUACGGUGAAACAAGAAGUAGAAGUCAAGGUACCCCACGAAGACCAUAUUGAAAUCACUGCAUGUCCUGCACCAGACAAACAAAGCCACAGACCAGAAGACAAGGUGCUGGAGGCUGACAAAGUCGUAGUGAAAGAUGAACGUUCAGCGUUGAGGGAGGUAGCUGAGAAAAAGAUUGAAUUGAUUGAAGACAAACGCAAGGCAGAAAUAGAGGUCUCUGUAUCAGAUAUCCCAUCUCAGCAAAUCCUUUUCAAGGUUUCUCGAGAUAAAAGCCCAGAAGAAGACUCAAGUGUUGGGACUCAAACUUUAAGAAAAACCCAAAAGAAAGAAGACAAACCGGCUGACAGAGAAGCUGACAAGUUUCCUGCUGUUGUGGAGAUGCUGGAGAAAGAAGUUGAAAGAGCUUCAGUGGAGGAGGCGCGGCCACCAGUCAAGGAACCGGCAGCCAAGCUUGCUGUUCCUCCAGAAGUAUUUGAAGAGCACCAAUCACCUGCACCAGCUGAAGUAAAAAUGUCAGAUGAUGGUGAGCAGCUGGAAAAAACAAUGCCCAAGCAAGCAAUCAAGCUUGUUGCAAAGGCUGAAGAGCCAACCAAGAUCAUUGUGGAAGACGAAAAACCUUUGAAAGUGGCUUCAGUGACAGAUGAAACCAAAGGACCAGUUCAAGCACCAGCAGGAGUCCAGAAAGAACCAGCUAUGCUCAAAAAAGGUAAAGUUCCAACAGAAGAUGCCGGGACCUUUGAACUUCCAACUCUGAGGCAAACCACUCCGAUCAUGAGGGAAGAAAUGGAACAAGAGCUGGAAAAGGUCAAGCUCAAGAAGAUUCCAUCAAUAUCACCUAAAGAGGCUGAGAAUGAGGAGAAACUUUGGGAGGCCACCACUACCAUGCAAGUUGAUAUUAUCGAGAUGGUGCCUGAAGAACAUACAAAUGAGAUGAUGGUUGCAACCAAGAGGUCGGUAGAGGAGAGGACGCCAAGAGAAAAAGUAAUUGUAGAGAAAAAGCAGGACCUCCCCAAACCGAAAGAAGAGGAAGAAAAAGCAGAUACUAAGCCUAAAUGGACCCGUCAGAAAGAAAUUCCAAAAGAUGAAAUAGAGGAAACCAUUUCAUUCAAGAGAACUCCCAAAACUCCAAAGGAGGAGGUACCAGCUCCUCCUGCCACCUUGAAAAAAGUUAAAAAAGUGCCUUCCGAUAAAAAAGAACUGGAAGCUGUCAAACUAAAACCCUUUGAAAAGCCCGUUAAAGCUAUGGAGGAGCCAGAGAAAGUUAAAGAUGAUGUACCAGACAGAGACAUUGUAACUCUGCAGAAGGAAGAGAAGAUCCCCAGAGAAACAGAGGUCAUAGAGGCUCCAAAGAAACCAGACAAAGUACCAGGAGAGGUAAAGGCCCCCCCUGCAAAGGUGUUAAAGCCAGUACCUAAGGAAAAACCUGAGGAAGAAAAACCUAAAGCACCAACUAAGUUGAAGAAAACCCCAACAGUACAGCCAGAGCCAGAACAAGAAAAGGUAAAGCUCAAGCCUUUCUCUCGCCCUUCAAAAGAAGCCGUUGAACCUGAGAAAACACCAUUAGAGAUCGAACAGAACAAAGCCACAGAAGACCUGUGCCAGCAACAUGUUCCUCGAGAGCACAAACAAGGAGAGAAAGUGUCGGACGCUACACCAGAGAAACUCGGGACCCCUCAAACACAGGAGAAAAUGUCACAGAAACUGAAGGAGCCAGAGGCAGUCCCACCAAAAAAGGUCCCUUCUCAUGUACCAUCUCCUCCGGCGGAUCAAGCUCCAGAGGAGCCUAAACCAGUGCAGCUAAGAAAGGGAGUCACACCCAAGGCCAAAGACCAAAGACAGGUGGCUUUGACACCUUUAGAGGAGAUUAAAAAAAUUCAUCUGAAAAAGACACCAUCACCAAAAGUUGAGAAGACUAAGGAAGAUGAAAAGAUUCUUGGUGCUGAUAAAAUAAAAAAGAUUCCUAAAAUGGUUUCACCUAAAGAGUCUGCAGAAGUGGUCACUGUUGAAAAAAUACCCACGAUGUCCUCGCUAGAAGAUCUAGAAGUCACAAAGUCUCCAAAAGAAAAGAUUCCCCUAGUAGUGGAAAUUUCCCCUGGAGCGGUCGAGAUGAAAAAAGUUGCCACCCACCUGGAGGAGGAGGUCUUUGAGGAGGACUUUGGGUUGGGUGAUGAGGCAGAGCGAGAGGAGGAAGAGGCCUGGGGAUGGGAACUGGUUCCUGAUGAAGACUGGGAAGGUGAAGGGGAGGAGGGUGCUCUGGAGAUGCCAGGGGCGACCAGGAGAGAGGGACAACCAGCAGAGGAAGCAGGAAGAGGAAGAGGAAGAGGCCUCAAACCCAAGCUGACCCCAUCGCCAGGUGAAGGCAGAGGACGUGGCCUCAGGCCUGCCGGAAGGGGCACUCCUCCACCUCCGGAGGAGCCUUUUGGAGGGUACAAGCUCAAAGCUGUGCCACUCAAGUUCAUCAAGAAGCUGGAGGACAUACUGUUGCAGGAAGCCGAGUCCAUUGGUUCUUCAGCUGUGUUUGAGUGCCAGGUGUCACCAUCCACCGCUGUCACAUCAUGGAUGAAGGACGGUAGUAACCUACGCGAGAGCCCUAAGCACAAGUUCACCUCUGAUGGCAAAGAUCGUAAGUUGAUGGUCAAAGAUGUACAGCUUUCGGACACCGGAGAGUACACUUGUGUCGCCAAGAACGCUGGCAAGGAAAUCAACUGUACUGCCAAGCUUAUUGUUGAAGAGCUCCCUGUAAAAUGGACCAAGGAGUUGGAGCCGGAAAUGUCGGCUGUGAAAGGUCAGCCCCUCUACCUGACCUGUGAGCUGAACAAGGAGCGGGAUGUGGUCUGGAGGAAGAACGAUGAGGUCCUGAAGAAAAAGGAAAACAAAUUCCAGAUCAAUAUCAUCGGGCUGGCGCAUGCUGUGACCAUCCAGAAUGCUAUUGAGGAAGAUGCUGGUUGUUACUCAUGUGAGGUGGCGAACCAAAAUGAGUUGAAGACAUUGACAAAUGUGAAAGUGACAGAGGUAAUUAAAGAUUGGAUUCUUAAGCCUCUGAGAGACCAGCACGUGAAACCAAAGGCAAGUGCCACAUUUAAGUGUGAGCUGUUUAAGGACACACCCAACUGGAAGUGGCUGAAAGGAGACAAGGAAUUGAUCCCCUCCGACAAGGUAGAGAUAAACAAGGAUGGGAAGGAUUUGACACUGACCAUCAAGAACUGUCAGCCUGAAGACGUCUCAGAUUACUCCAUGGAUGUGGAGGGUCGUGUCUACACUGCCAAACUGACGCUUGGAGAGCGUGAGGCGGAGAUUUUGAAACCUCUGGCCAGUGUGGAGGUGUUUGAGAAGGAAGAUGCUGCGUUCGAGACAGAGAUUUCUGAAGACGACAUUCCAGGGCAAUGGAAGCUCAAAGGGGAGCCUCUGACAAGAUCCCCGACCUGUGACAUCCAAAUGGAACGUGGCAUGCGCCGACUCAAGCUUCAAAAGUGUCAAAUGGACCAGGCGGGUGAGGUGUCAUACCAGGCGCUGAACGCUGUCACGAGUGCAGUGCUCACCGUGAAAGAAAUCCCAAUGGACUUUGUUGUACCGCUGAAGGACAUUAGCGUGCCCGAAAAGAAACAGGCCAAAUUCGAAUGUGCCAUCACCAGAGACGUCCCCAAGGUCAUGUGGUACAGGGGCAGUGACAUCAUUACACCAGAUGCCAAAUAUGACAUCAUUGACGAUGGUAAGAAGCACAUCCUGGUCAUCAACUGCUGUGAGUUUGAAGAUGAAGAUGAAUACAGGAUUGAGGUUUUGGGCAAAGAGUCCAAGGCGACACUCACAGUGGAGGGUAUCAGGCUCAAACUGAUUUCAUCACUCAAGGACCAAACUGUGAAGGAGGGCAGCACAGUUCGCUUUGAACUGGAGCUCUCACAUGAAAAUAUCCCACUCACUUGGUACAGGAACGAUGAUAAAAUCCACCCAAGUCGCACGGUGCUCAAGCACAUAGAUGGAAAGCGACACGUGCUGGAGAUCAAAGACGUGACUCUGGACGAUACUUGCCAGAUCAAGGCAGAAGCUAAAGGAGUCUCCUCCAUGGCCAACUUGACUGUCAUAGAGGGAGAUGCAUACUUCACAGUCAAGCUGCAGGAUUACAUGGCAGUGGAGAAGGACAAGGUGGUCCUAGAAUGUGAGCUCAACAAAGAUGUCAAUGUAGUUUGGUACCACAACGAAGAAGAGGUGAAGGCUUCUAAGGUGGUCGCCAUCAAGGCAGAGGGCAAACGCAGAAUACUGAUCAUCAGAAAAGUUGCCGACAUAGACAAGGGACAGUACGUGUGUGACUGCGGGACUGACAAGACGACAGCAACCCUUCAUAUUGAAGCCCGCCAUAUCCGAGUGUUGCGACCGGUGUACGGCGUGGAGGUGUUUGAGGGUGAGACAGCUCGCUUUGAGGUGGAGCUGAGUGAGGACGACGUGCAUAGCAAGUGGAAACUCAAAGGCCAAGUCCUCAGUCCAUCUCCCGACGUGGAGAUGGUGGAGGACGGCACCAAGCACACCCUUGUGCUCUAUAACUGCAAGGUGCCUCAAACUGGUGAGGUUUCGUUUAGCGCCGCAGAUGCCAAGUGCUCUGCAAACCUGAAAGUAAAGGAGAUUCCUGUUUCUUUCAUCACGCCACUGGCCGAUGUGUACGUCUUUGAAAAGGAUGAUGCUAAGUUUGAGUUGGAGUUGUCCGGAGAACCCAAAAGCUUCCGUUGGCUCAAAGGCUCUCAAACACUGUCGAGCGAUGACAAAUAUCAACUGCUACAAGAGACAAACAAACACACUCUUAUCGUCAAAUCUGCCAGAUAUGAAGAUGAAAUGAAGUACUUCUUUGAGGCCGAAGACAAGAGAACAUCAGGGAGGCUGAUUAUUCAAGGUAUUCGCCUCGAGUUUCUCAAACCCAUUAAGGAUGUGACGGUGAAGGAACGUGAAACGGCUGAGUUCAGUGUGGAACUCUCUCAUGAAAUGAUCCCCGUGGUUUGGUACAAAAAUGGCGUACGCUUGCACCCAAGCAAAGUGGUGCACAUGUCAGAGGAUGGUCGAUUCCACAUGCUGGCAUUCAAGGAGGUCUCUAUCGAUGAUACAGCUAUGAUAAAGGUGGAGGCCAUGGACAAGAUGGCUGAGGCCAUGCUCACCGUGCUGGAGGGCGAUCUCUACUUCACGCUCAAGCUCCAAAACUACACCGCAAUCGAAAAGGAUGAGGUCGUCUUGUCCUGUGAGCUGAGCAAGGACAUUGGCAAUGUCCAAUGGUUCAAAGACGGUAAAGAAAUCUUUGCCUCAAAGAACAAUCUAUUGCAGUCCGAUGGCAGGAAGCGCAUCCUCGUCAUCCGCAAGGCGGCCAAGAGUGACAUAGGAGCCUUCACGUGCGACUGUGGUACCGACAGAACCACUGCCCAGCUCAAUAUCGAAGAGCGUGACAUCAAGGUGAUGCGUGCACUCUAUAGUGUGGAAGUCACCGAGACAGAGACAGCCAAAUUUGAGACGGAGAUCUCCGAGGAGGACCUCCAUGCCACCUGGAAGCUGAAGGGCGAGACCCUUCACCCAUCUGCCGAUGUGGAGAUCAAGGAGGAAGGUGUAAAGCACACCUUGAUCCUAUUCAAUUGUCGCAAGGACAUGGCGGGAGCCGUGGACUUCACCGCUGCAAAUGCCAAGUCAUCUGCUCAGCUACGUGUCAAAGCUCGAGUGGUGGGACUGACGAGACCGCUGAGCGAUGUGAUUGUGACAGCUGGCGAGACAGCCACCUUUGAGUGCGAGCUGUCCUAUGAGGAUGUCCCUGUGGAGUGGUUCCUGGAGGGUGUCAAGUUGGAGCCUGGUGACCGGGUGGUGAUGAAGUCAGAGGGUAAAGUACACAGCAUGACCCUGCGGGACGUCCAGCUAAAUGAAGCUGGGCAAGUCCAACUCACCACUAAAGACUGUCAGACGAAAGCCAGACUCAUCGUCAAAGAGCCUCCAGCGGACUUCACCAAGCCACUUAAAGACCAGACAGUGGAGGAGGAGGCCACCGCCACCCUGGACUGUGAAGUCUCUCGGGAAAAUGCUGAAGUGCAGUGGUUCAAAGACGGACAAGAGAUCCACAAGAACAAAAAGUAUAAGGUGGUUUUAGAUGGAUGCAAGAGGAUGCUGCUCAUCCAUGGAUGCACCUUGGAUGACUCGAGAACAUACUCAUGUGCUGCCAAAGAAUUUAAGACUUCCUGCUUCCUCAAUGUUGAACCUCUCCAGGUUGAAUUCUCCAAGCCACUCCAUGAUGUGGAAGUGCGAGAGAAGGAAACUGCCAGGUUCGAGUGUGAAGUGUCCAGAGAGAAUGUCAAGGUGUGCUGGCUCAAGGAUGGAAGUGAAAUCCGAAAAGGGAAGAAGUAUGAAAUUAUUGCUCAGGGACGCCAACACAUCCUCAUUGUCCACAGGUCAGUGUUGGACGAUGAGGCUGAGUAUGAGUGUGAUGCCAAGACCUCCAAGACCUCCGGCAUGCUUACUGUCAUUGAGGAGGAAGCCAGGUUCACCAAGAACCUGUCCAACGUGGAGGGAACCGAGACAGACAGUGUAAAGCUCAUCUGCGAAGUUUCCAAACCUGAUGCUGAUGUUACUUGGUACAAGGGUGACAAGGAGUUGCCGGAGGGGGGCCGCUAUGAGCACAUCUUGGAUGGCAGAAGGAGAAUCCUCCUCAUUCAGGACCUGAAGAUGCCUGAUGCCGGAGAGUACAACUGCAGGCUCAGUCCCAGGGUCAGAACCUCUGGAAAUCUCAGGAUUAAUGAACUGGCGGCCGAGUUCCUUUCCAGGCCUCGCAGCGUGGAGGUAGUAGAAGGUGAAAAGGCCGAGUUCAGCUGCACCGUGUCCAAGGAUACCUUUGAAGUCAAAUGGCUGAAGGAUGACAAGGAGCUGGAGGCUGGGGACAAGUACCAGAUGAUCAGUGAUGGCAAAAGAAGGAUCUUGGUCAUCAAGAAUUGUGAGCUUACCGACGAGUCCAAGUACGUAGUAAUGAUCAAAGCCACCAGAGCCACCGCCCAGCUCACUGUACUUGAGAAACUGAAGAUCACCACACCACUGAAAGACACAGAGGCCAGCGAAAGCCAGGAAGUAGUCCUGAAUUGCGAGGUGAACAACGAAGGUGCCAAGGCCAAGUGGCUGAAGUUUGAUGAGACCAUUUUCGAGAGCAGCAAGUAUGUAAUGGUCCAACGAGACAAUAUCUUCUCACUGAGAAUAAGAGACGCGCAGCAGGUGGACCAAGGGAAAUACAGCGUUCACCUGAGCAAUCACAGAGGAGAGCAAGUCAAGAGCUCCUGCGACUUCGUCGUUAAAGAGGAACGUUUGAGGAUUAUUGUUCCUCUGGAGGAUGUGGACACUCAGGAAAAGAAGACAGUCAGCUUCUCGUGCAAGGUCAACCGCCUGAACGCAACUCUAAAGUGGAUCAAGGCUGGUGAGGAGAUUGUCUUCAACAGGCACCUGGUCUACCGGGUGGACAAAGACAAGCACACACUGACUAUCAAGGACUGCACACUGACGGAUGAGGGCGAGUACACUGUGGUAGCCGGUGAUGACAAGUCCACAGCCGAGCUGAUUAUCAGCGAGGCACCCACUGACUUUGCCAUGCACCUGAAGGAUCAGACCAUCACUGAGUUUGAGGAUGCUGAGUUCACCUGUAAGCUGACGAAAGCGAAAGCUGAGGUCAAGUGGUACAGGGACGGACGCGAGAUCAGAGAAGGGCCCAGAUACACAUUUGAAAAAGAUGGAAAUAUGUGCUACUUACGCAUUAAAGAGUGCCGGCCAGAUGAUGAGUGCGAGUAUGCAUGCGGUGUUGAAGACAAACGAUCCAGAGCCAGGCUCUUUGUUGAAGAAACCCCAGUGGAGAUUAUUAGGCCACCGCAGGAUGUAUUUGAGCCUCCCGGGUCAGAUGUGGUGUUCGAGGUGGAGCUCAACAAAGACAGAGUGGAAGUGAAGUGGUUGCGGAACAACAUGACUGUUGUGCAGGGUGACAAAUACCAGAUGAUGAGUGAAGGUAAAGUCCACAGGCUGCAGAUUUCUGAGAUCCGCCCUCGAGACCAGGGCAAGUACAGAGUCAUUGCCAAGGACAAAGAUGCUAAGGCCAAGCUGGAGCUGGCAGCGGCACCCCAGAUAAAGACCACAGACCAAAACUACAUCACAGAUGUAGGGAAGCCCCUGAUCAUGGCAGUUCCUUAUAGCGCCUACCCUCAAGCUAAGGCCGAUUGGGAGUAUGACAACUUAAGUCUGCCCCAGGAUAGCAUCUACACCUCUCCCGACUGCACAGAGUACCGCAUGAAGGACCCCAGAAAGUCUGACGAGGGUCACUACAAGGUUAUCAUAAAGAACAAACAUGGAGAGGGUGAAGCCUUCAUUAACCUGGAUGUCAUUGAUGUCCCAGGGCCUGUGAAGAACCUACAGGUGGUUGACACUGCUGAUGGCGAAGUGAGCUUGGCAUGGGAGGAACCGGAGAAUGACGGCGGAAGCAAAGUUAUCGAGUAUGUGGUGGACAGACGUGACAUGAAACGCAAGACUUGGACGCUGGCCACACAGCACGCUGAGAGUCCAGAGUACACUGUGACCGGACUCCAGAAGGACUCAAUGUACCUCUUCAGAGUCUGCGCCCGAAACCGAGUUGGCACCGGUCCCUUUGCGGAGACAGACACACCCGUCCAGGCCAAAAACAAGUUUGACGUUCCUGAUGCUCCUCUUAAUGUGAUCGUGGGGAACAUCUCCAAGUUCGGUUGCGCUGUAUCCUGGGAGCCCCCUGUGUCGGAUGGUGGCUCCCCCAUAACCUCUUAUAUCAUCGAGCUUCGUGAUAGGGCGUCUGUAAAGUGGUCACCAGUCCAGGUGACAAACCCUGAAGAGCUGAGUGCUGUCAUCAAUGACGUCAUUGAGAACAAAGAGUACAUCUUCAGAGUCAAGGCAGAGAACAAAGCUGGUGUCGGAAAGCCGAGUGCCGCAACACACCCCGUUAAGAUCAUGGAUGCUAUCGAGCGUCCCAGCCCACCUCAGAACCUGGUCUGGCAGGACCAGAGCAAAAACUCUGUGCAGCUGAACUGGGAGACUCCACUGAGUAAUGGCGGCAGCAUGAUUACCGGAUACAUUCUUGAGCGCUGUGAGGACGGGACUGAUAAGUGGCUCCGUUGUAACACCCGCCUCUGCCCCGACCUCUUGUUUAAGGUGUCUGGACUCAAAUAUGGAACAUAUUACAACUAUCGAGCAUUUGCAGAAAACGCAGCUGGAAUCUCAGACCCAUCCAACGUCAUUGGACCUCUGCUGGCUGAUGACCCGCACAGUAGACCGACCAUGGACCUGAGCGGGUUCAAAGACGGCUUGGAGGUGAUCGUCCCACAUCCCCUCACCAUCAGGGUCCCCACCACUGGAUAUCCAAUCCCUCUAGCCAAGUGGACAUUCAAGGAGAAAGAGCUUACCGAUGCUGAUGACCGCGUCACAAUGACCACCAGGUCUACAUUUGUGGAGCUGGUGAUUACUCCAAGCGUCCGUCCAGACAAAGGCACCUAUACCCUACAGUUGGAGAAUGAUGUCUCUUCUGUCUCCGGAGAGAUCGAAGUCAAUGUCAUUGCUGCACCCAGUGCACCAAAGGACUUCAAGGUUCCAGAAGUGACCCGUGAACACGUUCAACUGAGCUGGGACCCACCAGAGCAUGACGGAGGAAGUCCUCUGAUCUGCUACCAAGUGGAGAAAAGAGAGGUUUCCCGCAAGACCUGGGUCAAGGUGGCCUCAGGUAUCCAGGACUCGGAGACGACUGUCACAGAUGUAAUUGAAGGUAAAGAGUAUCUCUUCAAGGUUACAGCCUGCAACAAGUGUGGACCUGGAGAACCAGCGUACAUUGACGAGCCUGUCAAUGUCUCCUCUCCUGCCACUGUCCCCGAUCCUCCAGAGAACCUGAGAUGGAGAGACAAGUCAGCUAAUAGCAUUUUCCUGACCUGGGAACCUCCAAAGUAUGAUGGUGGCAGUGGUAUCCGUGGCUACAAUGUUGACCGUUGCCAGAGAGGAACCGAUCGGUGGGAGCCCUGCGGGGAUCUCAUCCCAGAGCUCAAGUGCCAAGUCACCGGUCUGACUGAGGGCAAGUGGUAUUCCUAUCGAGUCCGAGCCCUGAACCGACUUGGAGCUAGCCGGCCCUGCAGAGCUACAGAUGAGAUUCAGGCUGUAGAUCCCAAAGAGCCACCAGAGAUCCAGCUUGAUGUAAAACUACUAGCUGGUCUGACUGCCAAGGCUGGUAGCAAGAUUGAACUACCCGCUGAGGUGACAGGGAAACCUGAGCCCCGGGUCAAGUGGACCAAGGCUGACCUGGUCCUCAUAGCAGACAAUAGAGUCAGUAUUGACACCAAGCACGGACACUCCACCGUCUCAAUCUCCAAGACCAAGCGUGAAGACAGCUCUACCUAUAUCAUCGAGGCCACCAACAGUUGCGGCCGAGCCACCGCAAAAGUCGAUGUCAAUAUUCUCGAUAAACCUGGCCCCCCUGCUGCCUUUGACAUUUCUGAAAUUACCACCGAAUCAUGUUUCCUGGCCUGGAACCCACCACGUGACGACGGUGGUUCUAGAGUCACCAACUACAUCAUCGAGCGCCGUGCUGGCGACAGUGAAAUUUGGCACCGGCUCUCAUCCACUGUCAAACAAACCACCUACAGAGCAAUGGGCCUGGUCAAGCUCAAGGAGUACAUUUUCAGAGUCUUUGCUGAGAACCAGUUUGGUGUAGGUCCACCAGCCGAACAUCCAUCCAUUAUCGCCAGAUACCCCUUCGAUACCCCAGGGCCUCCCUACAAGCUGGAGCCGUCGGACAUCACUAAGGACUCGCUGAUUCUGAGCUGGUACGAGCCGGAUGAGGAUGGAGGAAGCCCAAUCACCGGGUACUGGGUGGAGCGAUACGAGCCUGACCACGACAGGUGGAUCCGAUGCAACAAGCUGCCCAUCAAAGACACAAACUUCAGGCUCAAAGGUCUUCCCACCAGGAAGAAGUACAAGUUCAGAGUUCUGGCUGAAAAUCUGGCUGGGACUGGAAAACCAAGCAAGGAAACUGAACCAAUCCUUGUGAAAGAUCCGAUUGAUCCUCCAUGGCCUCCUGGUAAACCAACGGUGAAGGACGCAGCCAAGACAUCCUGCUUCCUGAUGUGGACCAAACCAGAGCAUGAUGGAGGAGCAAAGAUUGAUAGCUACGUCAUCGAGAUGCUCAAGAGUGGCACCACAGAUUGGAUCCGUGUAGCAGAGGGCGUCAAUAUGACCGAGUACUUCCUGAGGGGUCUGAUGGAGAAGCAGGAGUACUCGUUCAGGGUGCGAGCUGUCAACGUGGCUGGGGAGAGUGAACCCAGUGAGCCCAGCGACCCAGUCCUCUGCAAGGAGAGACUCAACCCCCCUUCAGCUCCUCGCUGGCUGGAGGUCACCGGCAUUAGUAGGAACAAUGCCGAGUUGAAGUGGACUGUUCCUGAGCGUGACGGAGGCUCACCCAUCACCAACUACGUGGUGGAGAAACGGGAUGUCCGGCGUAAAGGCUGGCAGGCCGUGGACACCACUGUCAAGGAGCUCAAGUAUACGGUGAUGCCGCUCAACGAAGGUUCACUCUACGUGUUCCGCGUGGCGGCUGAGAAUGCUGUUGGCCUCGGGCCAUUUUGCGAGCUGGAAGACUCAGUGCUAGCCAAGGACACUUUCACCACUCCCGGGCCACCUUAUGCCCUCGCCGUUGAUGCUGUGACCAAAAGAUAUGUGGACUUGCAAUGGGAGGCACCUAAAAAUGAUGGUGGCAGACCCAUCCUUCGAUAUUCUAUCGAGAAGAAGGAGAAGCUCGGAACUCGUUGGGUUAAGUGUGGAAAGACUUCUGGGCCAGACUGCAAGUACAGAGUGACAGACGUGAUUGAGGGAACAGAGGUUCAGUUCCAGGUCCGUGCCGAAAACGAAGCAGGAGUCGGUCAUCCAAGUGAACCCACAGAGAUUCUGAUGAUUGAAGACCCAACAGGUGUCCCGUCUCCUCCCAUCGAGCUUCACGUGACUGCUGCCAGCCGGGACUUCCUAUCCAUUGGCUGGAAGCCCCCACUAAAGGAUGGUGGCUCCCCCAUCACUGGCUAUCACAUUGAGAUGUGCGAGGCUGGGACAGAGAAAUGGAUGAGGGUCAACUCUCGCCCUGUCAAGGACCUGAAGUUCACUGUGGAGGAAGGCAUUAUUCCUGAGAAGGAGUACAUCUUGAGAGUGAGAGCCAUCAACUCUGUGGGAAUUAGUGAUCCCUCCGAUAUCUCUGAGAACGUUGUUGCCAAAGACUCCGACUGCAACCCAACGCUGGAAUUCCAGACUCUGGACCUGGUCGUUGUGGAGAAAGAGAAGCUGCACAUCCCAGUACCCUUCAGAGCUGUGCCUUCACCCAAUAUCACUUGGCACAAAAACGGCAAAGAGCUAAAGGCUGACGAACAUCUCCACUUAAGGAAAGAGUAUACUUCCUGUCAUCUUGAGGUGGAGAGUAGUCUUCACUCUGAUGCAGGCCAGUACAAAGUGACUCUGGAGAAUAAACUUGGAGCCUCCAGCGCCACCAUCAAUGUCAAAGUCAUCGGUAUUCCAGGCCCAUGCAAGGAAAUUGUGGCCUCUGAAAUCACUAAGAAUUCCUGCAAGGUCUCCUGGGAUCCUCCGGACUAUGAUGGGGGAACCCCGAUCCUUCACUAUGUCCUGCAGCGCCGUGAGGCCGGUAGGAGGACAUAUGUAAACAUAAUGUCUGGAGAAAAUAAAGUGAGCUGGAACGUCAAAGACCUGAUCCCCAAUGGAGAAUACUACUUUAGAGUCCAGGCUGUAAACAAGAUUGGAGGAGGGGAGUUUGUCGAGUUACGCAACCCCAUCAUUGCUGAGGAUCAGAAACAUCCUCCUGACCCACCAGUGGAUGUUGAGACCCACAAUCCUACUUCAGGCACCAUCACACUCACCUGGAAGCCUCCCAUGUAUGAUGGAGGUGCCAAGAUCAUGGGCUAUAUCCUGGAGCGGCAGCUCAAGGGUGAAGACAAGUGGGAGAGGUGCAAUGACUUCCUGGUUCCAGUGCUUUCCUACACUGUCAGAGGACUGAUAGAGGCAAACAGCUACGCCUUCAGAGUCCGAGCAGAAAAUUCAGCCGGUGUCAGCGAUCCAUCACGCAGCACUCUGUUUGUCAAAGCCUUGGAGGCAUUUGAUGCUCCUAAGGUCUUCUUGAGCGGGAGUCUUCAGUCAGGCCUGAACGUGAAGCGUGGCAAUGAGAUCCGCCUGGACGCCAAUAUCUCUGGCUCUCCGUACCCUGAAAUCACUUGGUACUGGAACAACCAGGUUAUCCGGGCCGAGGUGGUCCGUAGGAGGCCAGAGAGACCACUAAAAAAGAAGUUAGAGAAGAAGGAAGACACAAAAAAGGAGGAGAGUGAGGGAGAGAAAAAAGAGCUGGAAGAGGGAACACCGAAGGAUGCAGAGGAAAAGAAGCAAGAGGUGGCCGAGGAGGAGGAGACAGACUACCCAACUAUUGGCGAGCGACUGACCAUUAACAACAACCGCAGGGGCGAAUCCACUGCAGUUAUUAAAGACUCACUCCGUGUUGACCAUGGCGUCUACAUGGUGAAGGUGGAGAACGACCAUGGCAUCGCUUCAGCCACCUGCGAGGUCAAUGUCCUUGACACUCCUGGACCUCCAAUCAACUUUUGCUUUGAAGAGGUGAGAAAAAACUCUGUGAUCUGCAAAUGGGAUCCCCCUAAAGAUGACGGUGGCAGUGAGAUCCUCAACUACACGCUGGAGAAGAAGGAUAACUCCAAGAUAGAGCUCGGAUACAGCUCUGUGACCUCCACACUUAGAGGAUGUCGCUAUCUGGUGCCCAAACUCAUUGAGAAGAAAGAGUACAUCUUCAGAGUUGUCGCUGAGAACAAGUAUGGUGCUGGUCCACCCUGCAUCUCCAAACCUCUUGUUGCUAAAAACCCCUUUGAACCUCCCGAGGCUCCAGAGAAGCCAGAGAUCGAUGAUGUCACUGCCCACAGCAUGCUAGUCAUCUGGAAUGAACCAAACGACAAUGGCAGUCCUAUCCUAGGAUACUGGGUGGAGCGUCGUGAGAUCAGCAGCUCCUGCUGGGCUAGGGUCAACAGAAAAAUGGUCUCCUCCACUGAGCUGAAUGUGGACGGACUUGUUGAGGGUUUAACUUACAUCUUCAGAGUGGCAGCCGAAAAUCAGGCUGGGCCCGGAAAGUUCAGCGUUCCUUCGGAUCCAAAGACAGCACAAGCUCCAAUUCUACCUCCCGGCCCACCAGUACCCCGAGUGGUGGCAACAACGGAUCACUCUAUAGAUGUUGAGUGGGAUGCACCUGCUGACAAUGGAGGCGGCGAGAUCCUGGGAUACCACGUGGAUAAGACUAUUGCUGGUACCAAAGACUGGUCCAGGUCUACAGAACGUCCAUGGAAGACUCGGGCAUUUACUGUUUAUGGAGUCCGUGAGGGAGCAAAGUACUUGGUCAGAGUUAUUGCCUGCAACGCUGCAGGAGAGGGAACUCCAGGUUUCACCGAGUCGGUGUUUGUCAGGAAUCCUGCAGAAAUGCCUGUGGUUGAGCUGGACGUAUUAGUCAAGAAUGGAGUGGUCAUCAGAGCUGGUGAGACACUCCGUGUUCCGGCAUUGGUUACUGGUAAACCCUAUCCAACAAUUACUUGGACCGUGGAGGAUACCAAGCCUGACAAAGACCGUGUGGAGCUCCUCACUGAUGGCAACAACAGCACUGUGUUCAUUAAAAGCGCGCAGAGGAAGGACUGUGGUAAAUACAUGGUCUCUGCAUGCAAUCCCAGCGGCACGAGGUCUGCCUUCACCCGGGUCGAGGUCAUGGAUGUUCCUGGACCAGUCACUGACCUAAAACCAGUAGUGGUCACUAGAAAGAUGAUCUUCCUGAACUGGGAUGACCCCCUAGAUGACGGCGGAAGUGAUGUGACUGGCUUCCUCGUGGAGCGCAAAGAUGCUAAAAUGCACACGUGGAGGCAGCCCGUUGAAACAGCCUCCUCCAAAUGCGAGUGCGUUGGGAUCAUGGAAGGACAAGAAUACAUGUUCCGUGUCACUGCCAAGAACAAGUACGGCAUGGGCCCACCUGUCGAACUAGGACCCAUCAAGGCUGUGGAUCCACAAGGACCACCAUCACCCCCCGAGAAGUUCCACUACACGGAGCGCACCAAGAAUUCCAUCACACUAGCCUGGAAGCCACCUCGCAACGACGGAGGCAGUCCUGUUAUCGGCUACUUUGUUGAGAAGAAGCGUCAAGACAAGCAGGCCUUUGAGCCUUGCAACACGGAGAUCUGCCCCAACAUGACCAUGACGGUAGAGGGCCUGGACGAGGCUUGGAUGUAUGAGUUUAGGAUCAAAUGUGCAAACCUGAUUGGAGAAAGUGACCCAUCCUUCCCGCUGACCGUGGUCAUCCAGGAUGAUGAAGUGGCUCCUGAGAUCCACAUGUUGAAAGUAUUCAAGGCCGACAGUAUCACAGUGAAAAAGGGUGAACCCAUCGAGAUGCCCGCUGACAUCCUGGGCCUCCCCAUCCCCAAAGUGGAGUGGUCCAAAGAUGACUUGGUGUUGGAGAAGCCCACAGAAAGUCUGCUUAUUGAGACGGCGGUUACCGGCAGGAUGAACUGCAAGUCCACUCUGUCCAUCCCCAAUGCCAACCGAAAGGACCGUGGCAGCUACACCAUAUCUGCCUCCAACAACAUGGGUUCUGCCAAGCACACCAUCUCUGUCAUGGUGUUAGACCGACCGCUUGCUCCAAGGAACUUGUCAGUUUCCAACAUCAAGGCGGAGUCCUGCCAGCUACAGUGGGAUGCGCCCCUGGAUGAUGGUGGCAGUGAGCUAACUAACUAUAUUGUUGAAAAGAAGGAAGUGAUCACUGAGGAACAAGAAGAAAAGGGACAGGAAGAUGAACCUCAGUGGGUGGAGCUCACCAACACCAUAAUUGACAAGAAGUAUCGGGUGUGGAACCUGGAUACCAACAAAUCGUACCUGUUCCGCGUGAGGGCCGAGAACCGCUACGGCAAGUCUGACCCUUGCACAACAGAGGAAGUUCAUAUUACAGACCCCUUUGGGCUACCCGGCCCACCAGAGAAACCGACCAUCACUGAAUAUUCCAAGACCUCCAUGACCCUGACUUGGGAGCCACCAAGGGACAACGGUGGCUCCAUGAUAAUUGGUUACUGGCUAGAGAAGAAAGAAAGAGGGAGUGCCUACUGGGCCAGAGUCAACAAGAUGCCAGUCACUAAACGGGGAAUGAAAGGCUGGGAGUACCAGGUGACUCGCUUGUUUGAAGGAAGUGAGUAUGAGUUCAGGGUUGCUGCAGUCAAUUCAGCCGGUACCGGCCCAUUUAGUGCACCAUCUGACCCAGCUUUUGCCGUCGACCCUCUGACUUCUCCCGGUAUGCCCGCUGCUCCUGUGGUGGCUGACAAGACCAAGCACAGUGUCACGCUGACCUGGAAGCCACCGGAGAAGGAUGGAGGAAGCCCCAUCAAGGGCUACAUCAUCCAGAUCCAGGAUGAGGGCAAAUCCAAUUGGGUUAGGGUGAACGAAGAACUUCACCCCACCACCGAGUUCACCGUGCCAAGCCUCCGUGAGCUCAAGCGUUACCGCUUCAGAAUCAUUGCGGUCAACGACAUUGGCGAAUCAGACCCCAGCCCCCGGACAAGUGAAGUCUUGAUUGAAGAAGUCCAGCUCCCGCCAUCCAUUACUAUUGACAUCGUGGUGGAUGACCUGCUCUACAUUCGUGCCGGAGAUCCACUCAGGAUCCCUGCCACCAUCAAGGGCCGUCCUGUGCCAAAGGUGACGUGGGACUUUGAUGGAAAAGCCAAGUCUCACAAGAAGAACAAGCUGCACACACUUCCUGUUGACUCUGAGGUUGAGUCCACAGAUACCACGUCCGUUGUGACCAUCCCUGUUAGUUUGAGGACCCACUCUGGACGAUACACUAUCACAGCCAAGAACAAGUCUGGACAGAAACAUGUUAACGUCAGAGUCAAUGUCCUCGAUGUUCCUGGACCACCAAAAGAUUUGAAGGUGACUGAUAUCACCCGAUCUACCAUGAGGCUGAUCUGGAAGCUGCCCGACAAUGACGGCGGAGAGAGAAUCAAAAGCUACUUCAUUGAAAAGAAAUGUGUUACUGACAAGGCAUGGACGAAGGUGAACGCGGCCUGCGCCAGUCAAGCCUUUGUGGUCCCAGGCCUCCUAGAGGGACAGGAGUACCUCUUCAGAGUGCGAGCCGAGAACCGGCUGGGAUUCGGUCCGUUUACUGUCACCAGUGAUCCCCCCCAGGCCAGAGACCCCAUUUAUCCACCGGAUCCACCUACCAAGCUGAAGGUCAACCUGGUGACCAAGAACACAGUGACUCUGACCUGGGAGCCCCCCAAAAAUGAUGGCGGGUCUCCCAUCAAACAUUACAUUGUUGAGCGCUUGAGCUGGGACACCAGCGGCAAGGAAAAAGAAACCUGGAAGCAAUGCAACAAGAGGGACGUGGAGGAGCUCAGCUUCGUGGUUGAAGACCUGAAUGAGGGCGGAGAGUACGAGUUCCGAGUGAAAGCUGUGAACGCUGCCGGACCGAGUAGACCCUCAGCCACUGCUGGACCGCUUGUCAUCAAAGACCAGACUUGUCCCCCGACCAUCGAGCUGCGAGAUAUGAUUGAGGGCGAGGAGGGCUGUGACAUCAGCAUGGUGGCCAAGGUCAGCGGUUGCCCUUUCCCGACUCUCACGUGGCACAAGGCCGACCUGGCGGCAUCCGAGCAGAAGGCGCCUGUGCAGUACGACCAGCACGUCAACAAACUGGUGACGCACAACAAGUGUACGCUGCUGGUCCAGCAGGCCACCCGCCAGGACACCGCCCUCUACAGCCUGACGGCGAGCAACAGCGUGGGCACCGUCACCAAGGAAGGCAAACUCUUCGUGUUCGGACCGCCUGGCCCUCCCGUGGGACCCAUGAAGUUUACGGAGGUGUUUGCAGAGAGGAUUGGCCUGGCUUGGAACCCGCCAGUGGAUGAUGGUGGCGCCAAGAUCACCAACUAUGUGGUAGAAAAGCGAGAGGAUAACCGCAAGUCGUGGGUGCACGUCUCCAACGACCCCAAGGACUGCUCCUACCUGGUGACUCGCCUCACUGAGAAUCACGUGUACGAGUUCCGAGUCAUGGCCCAAAACAAGUUUGGAGUCGGGCCACCGCUACUCAGUGAACCGGAGAAGGCCAGGAACCUCUUCACUGUUCCCGGCCAGUGUGAGAAGCCCACUGUGACCGAUGUGUGUCUGGAGUCCAUGACGGUGAACUGGGAAGAGCCCAAAUACGAUGGUGGUUCUCCAGUCACCGGCUACUUAAUAGAGAAGAAGGAGACCACUAGCAAACGGUGGAACCGCGUCAACCGCGAACCCAUCCGGGCUCUGCCCCUGGGCAACAACUGGGAUGUCACUGGCCUACUAGAGGGUGCCAUGUACCAGUUUCGGGUCAGUGCUGUCAAUGCCGCUGGAAGUGGACUACCCAGUGUUCCCUCAGACCCUGUGCUUUGUAGGGACCCCAUCAAGCCACCUGGCCCACCUACUCCAAAGGUGACGGACUGGACCAGGUCAACUGUGGAGCUCGAAUGGAUUCCUCCCCUGAUGGACGGAGGUUCCAAGGUAACUGGCUACAUUGUAGAAUUCAAGGAGGUGAACAAGGAGGAGGAGGAGAAGAAGGCUCAGAGGAGGUUGCUUCUACUGAGCAGUGCCGAUGAGGAGAAGGAACCCGAGGCCCCAGAGAGCUGGGAGAAGGCCAAGGACACAGAGAUCAGAGGAACCAAAUUUGUGGUGCCCGGUCUGAAAGAAGGUGCUUUAUACCGCUUCAGAGUCCGAGCCAUAAACGCCGCUGGAGUCGGUGAACCAGGACUUGUUUCCGAGCUGAUUGAAGCAAAAGACAGGACAAUUGCACCUGAGAUGGACCUAGAUGCCUCCGUGAAGGAGAAGAUUGUGGUCCACGCUGGCGGGACUAUCCGAAUCAUCGCCUACGUGUCAGGCAAACCAGCCCCGAAAAUCACCUGGAGCCGUGAUGACGGUGAUGUCCCCAAGGAGGCCACAGUGGAGACCACGGGCAUCUCCAACUCCCUAAUAAUUAAGAACUGUAAACGCCAACACCAGGGCAUUUACACACUCUGCGCUAAGAACGAGGGUGGCGAGAGAAGGAAGGCUGUCAUCGUGGAAGUCCUGGAUGUUCCUGGACCGGUUGGCCUCCCUUUUGCUGGUGAGAACCUGACUAAUGACUCCUGCAAGCUGACCUGGUAUUCUCCAGAAGAUGACGGUGGCUCAGCCAUCACUAACUACAUAAUCGAGAAGCGGGAGUCAGACCGCAUGGGCUGGACUUCAGUGUCCUACACAGUGACCAGAAACAAUGCCGUGGUGCAAGGACUGCUGGAUGGUAAAGGGUAUUUCUUCAGGAUUGCUGCCGAGAACAUCAUCGGCAUGGGACCCUUUAUUGAGACGGACAAAGUCGUGCUCAUCAAAGACCCCAUUUCUGUACCUGAGCGUCCAGAGGACCUGAUCAUCACUGCCAUCAAUAAGGACUCGAUCUCGGUUGCCUGGAGGCCACCCAAAUAUGACGGUGGCGCGGAGGUGACCCAGUACAUCCUUGAGUCUCGCAUGAUUGGCCGGGACAACUUUAUUCGUGUGGGUAGUAAAGACAAGCUGAUGGACAGGAGGUUCACACUGAGCGGACUGAAGGAUGGCUCUAGCCAUGAGUUCAGGGUGUCUGCCGUUAACAUUGUUGGACAAGGCAAAUUUUCCUUUGCUACCAAACCCGUCCAGUGCAAAGACGAGCUGGAACCACCAAACCUGGAUCUGGACUUCCGAGACAAGAUGAUGGUGAAGGUGGGAGACACAUGUACACUGUCCGGACGCUACAGUGGCAAACCAGCUCCAACGAUCACAUGGACAAAGAACGAUGAAGAGCUGAAGCUGGAUGAAGACAUCAGCAUCCACACAACAGCCAGACACCUCAGUCUCAACUUCAGCAAAGCCAAGCGAGAGCACAGUGGACGCUACUGUGUCAGCGUUGACAAUGCAGCCGGAACUCGGACUGGGAUCUGCUCCAUCACUGUGGUUGACCGACCUCAGCCUCCUGAGGGCCCUGUGGUCUUUGACGAAAUCUUCAGAGACCACAUGCUCAUUUCCUGGAAACCUCCUCUAGAUGAUGGUGGCUGCGCUAUCUCGAACUACAUAAUUGAGAAGAGAGACACCAACCGAGACUUGUGGAUGCCCGUCACCACGUCCUGCACCAGGACUACUUGCAGGGUCCCAAAACUGAUUGAAGGUCGCGAAUACAUAAUCAGAAUCAUGGCCCAGAACAUCUACGGCAUCAGUGACCCACUACUGUCGGUGGAGACCAAGGCCAGAGACAUGUUCAAGGUGCCUGAUGCUCCCAAACAGCCCACCGUUAAAGAAGUGUAUCACAAUUGUGCCCUCGUAUGCUGGGAACCUCCAGUUGAUGGAGGAAAGCCAAUCACAGGCUACAUAGUGGAAAGGAAGGAGACCAUGGCCAAUAGGUGGGUUCGGUGCAACACAGAAAAGAUCCAUCCCAAGGUGGAGUACUUGGUCCUGGACCUGCUAAAAGGCUGUGAAUACGAGUUCAGAGUGAGCGCAGAAAAUGUGGUGGGUGUUGGUGACCCCAGCCCACCGUCCAAGCCUGUCUUUGCCAAAGACCCCAUUGUGAAGCCAAGCCCCCCACAAAAUCUCAAGGCCGUGGACCACACCAAGGAGUCGGUUACCCUGUCCUGGGAGCCCCCCGCUGACACUGGUCGGGGGAGGAUCUUUGGCUACCUGCUGGAGUUCCAGAAGGCUGGCGAGGAAGAGUGGGAGAAGGUGAACCACACUCCAGAUUCUUGCCAGGGGACCAAGUUCAAGGUUGUCGGCCUGGAGGAUGGUGCGCUCUAUCGCUUCAGAGUGAAAGCCGUCAAUGCAGCUGGGGAAUCCGACCCCGCUAAUAUCAAAGAACCAGUCAGAGUGAAGGACCGACUCGAAGCACCAGAGUUGAUUCUGGAUGCUGGUAUGACUCGGGAAGUGAAAGCGUUGGCCGGCACGCACAUUACUCUCAUGGCCACUAUCAAGGGAAUCCCCUUUCCCUCUGUGUCCUGGAAAAAGAACGAAGCUGAUGUGCCCCCAAGGACCGACAUUGAGACCAGCCAAGUAGGUAGCAAACUGGAAAUGAGGUUCUGCAACCGCAGCGACUGUGGAGACUACACGCUCACUGUUGAAAACCCUGCUGGCUCCAAGACCGCGACCUGCACAGUGCUGGUCUUUGACAAACCGGGUCCUAUCCAGCACCUUCGGGUGUCAGACGUCAGGAGCGACUCAGCCUACCUGUCCUGGAAAGACCCAGAAGACAAUGGAGGCACUCGAAUCACCAACUUUGUGGUAGAAAAGAAAGACACAGGUUCCACUCAGUGGGUCCCCGUGUGUUCCACGUCCAAAAAACGCAGCAUGAUGCUGAAGCACCUGACGGAGGGACUAGCCUACACAUUCAGAGUUGCAGCGGAAAACCAAUAUGGUCGCAGCGAAUACGUGGAGACACCCAAGGCCAUCAAAGCCAUGAAUCCACUGUUCCCUCCUGGUCCUCCCAAAGACCUUCAUCAUGUUGACGUGGACAAAACGGAGGUGUGGCUUGUCUGGAAUUGGCCUGACCGAAACGGUGGAAGUGAAAUUACGGGCUUUCUGGUGGAGUAUCAAGAAGAAGGAGCGAAGGACUGGGAUGAAUGGCAUACGGUCAGCAUCCCAGAGAGUCACGUGACAGGUUUGGAGGAAGGCAAGACCUAUCGCUUCCGAGUGAGAGCGGAAAACGCCAUUGGCCUCAGCAGACCCGACACCACCGUUCCCAUCCUCUGUCAGGAGAAACUUGUGCCUCCAAUCCUUGAGGUCGAUGUCAAGCUGACGGAGGGCAUCAUCGUGAAAGCAGGCACCACAAUCAGGCUGCCCGCCAUCAUGAGAGGAAUGCCAAUCCCAACCGCCAAAUGGUCCAUUGAAGGAGAAGAAAUCAUCAGUGGAGGCAACAUCAAGAUUGACACAGAUACCUUCUCCACCGUCCUCAGCAUCAACGAGUGCACCAGGAACCACACCGGCACCUACCUGCUCACUGUAUCCAACCUCGCCGGAACCAAGACUGCGGCCCUGAAUGUCACUGUCCUGGAUGUCCCAGCAGCACCUAUCGGACCUGUCAACAUUCUGGAGGUAACUCCUGACUCCAUGACAAUUGAGUGGCGCCCUCCCAAAGAUGAUGGCGGCACCCCCAUCACCAAUUACAUUGUGGAGAAGAGAGAUUCCAAUAAGGAGACCUGGGGAGGGGUUAGCUCUGGCAGCCUGGCCACCAAGAUCAGGAUUGUGCGGCUGCAAAAGGGUGUUGAGUAUGUGGUCCGCAUUCGCGCUGAGAACAAGAUGGGCAUCGGGGAACCAUUGGAGAGCAAGCCUACAGUUGCCGAACAUUCCUUCCUGCCACCCAGUCCACCUGGUAAGCCAAUGCCCCAUGACGUCUCUGAGGACGCCGUCACGGUCGGAUGGACCAUGCCCUUGUCUGACGGCGGUAGUCAGAUCACCGGUUAUAUCAUCGAGCGCAGACACAAAGGAGGAAAGUGGAUCCGUGUGAAUAAGACACCCUGCAAAGACCUCCGCUACAGAGUCCAGGGCUUGUUUGUGGGCAAUGAGUAUGAAUUCAGAGUAUUUGCUGAGAAUAGCGCUGGCUACAGUGGCCCCUCACCGAUCUCAGACCUCUGCAAGCCCUGCAGGCAGGUCACAGUACCAAGCCCUCCAGUCAAUCCCAAAGUCAAAGAUUAUAGUAAAUCUACAGCUGACUUGGUAUGGACCAAGCCCAACAAAGACGGAGGGAGUCCCAUUCUGGGCUACACAGUAGAAAUGAAGAAGGGCGACCAUGACUGGAAGAAAGUCAACAUGGACAACUUCAUUAAGAUGUGUGCCUACACGGUGAAGGGGCUUGAGCAGGGCUGCAUGUACAGAUUUAGGGUAUUUGCCUCAAAUAUGAUCGGUGACGGUGAGUCAAGAGAAAUUCCAGAGUCUGUCACGGCGCAAGAUAUCCUGAUACCUCCAGAGAUCGAAAUGGAUGCCAAGUGUCGCGAGCGCAUCACUGUGCGCGUCGGACACAAUAUCAACAUCAUCGGCUACAUAAAGGCCCGUCCCGAGCCUGAAGUGUUGUGGUCCAAGGGGGAAACUAUUCUGGAGAACAGUAAACGUGUAACUAUGAUCCAUAACCUGCCUGUAGUCCAACUUAGAAUCAAGGAGGCCACCAGAGCUGACCACGGUAAAUACACUCUGAAAGCCUCUAAUGAGGGUGGAGAAGCCUCCUGCUGCAUCACUGUUAAUGUUCUGGAUCGGCCCAACCACUGUCAGAACCUCCACACCACCUAUGUCACCAAGGACUCCUGCAUGAUUAACUGGGAUGCCCCAAAAGACAACGGUGGCUCUGAAAUCACUAACUACAUUGUGGAGUGCCGUGAACCCAGCAUUAGCAUGUGGUCCAUGAUCUCUUCGCAUUGCACCAACCGUAAGAUCAAGACCAAGCUGAUGGAGGGCCACCAGUACCUGUUCCGUGUCUGUGCAGAAAACAAAAUAGGACCCGGGCCCUCUGUGGAGACCAAGGUCCCUGUACUGGCCAUUGACCCCAUUGAAAAACCAGGUGAGCCCGAAAACUUCAGGGCAACUGAUAUUGGCAAGAACUAUGUCUACCUGAGAUGGAGGAGGCCAGACUAUGAUGGCGGCAGCCCCAACCUCUCCUACAAUCUGGAAUGCAAAGCCAAAGACGCACAGGAAUGGGAAAAACUCAACACUGGCAUCCUAACGAGCACUUUCUUUCUGGCGGACAAGUUUGUUGAAAACCAGACUUACACUUUCAGGGUGCAAUGCAUCAAUGAAGGAGGAGAGAGCGGCUGGGUGAAACUGGCCGAUAUUCUGGUGCGGGAGGAAAUCCAGAAGCCAGUCCUCGACCUGAAGCUUUCUGGAACGCUGACAGUGAAGGCCGGGGAGUCAGUCAGGAUGGAAGCAGCCUUGAGAGGAAAGCCGCAGCCUGAAGUCAAGUGGACUAAGGACAAGGCGGUCGGGGACAACCCCAGAAUCAGCUACGAGACCGGUUCUGACUACUCCAAAUUCCUUUUGACCAAGUCCAGACGUACUGACACCGGAAAGUAUGUCAUCACCGCCACCAACCCGGCCGGAACCUUCACAGCGUACGCCAACGUGAAUGUCUUGGACGUCCCUGGAGCCGUCAGGAACCUCAGAGUCAUGGGCAUUGGAGCAGACAAAUGCAGAGUUGUUUGGGACGCGCCCGAAGAUGAUGGUGGUUGUGAGGUGGACAGCUACAUCCUGGAAAAGUGUGAGACCAGAAGAAUGGUGUGGUCUACUUAUUCCGCCUCGGUGGUGACUGCGUACUGUAAUGUAAUGCGCCUGGUGGAGGGCAACGAGUACAUUUUCAGAGUGCGGGCUGAGAACAGGAUGGGAACCGGUCCAGCCAUGGAAAGCAAGCCUGUCGUGGUCAGGACUCAGUUCAACAGACCUGGGCCACCUGAUGCCCCCGAGGUGACUAAGAUAAGCAAAGAGGAGAUGACGGUGGUCUGGGCUCCUCCUGAAAACGAUGGAGGAAAAUCCAUCACGGGCUACAUCCUGGAGAGGAAGGAAAAGCGGGCAGUGCGCUGGGUGCCAUGCACUAAGAGUCCAAUCCCAGAGAGACGUAUGAAAGUGACCAACCUGAUCCCCAACCACGAGUAUCAGUUCCGAGUUAAAGCUGAGAAUGAGGUCGGCCUAGGCGAUCCCAGCAAACCCUGCAGACCAGUCACAGCCAAAGAUCCCAUCGAGCCUCCAGGGCCACCCGCAGGGCUGAAGGUGGCUGACAGCACCAAGACCUCCAUCACUCUUUCCUGGUCUAAACCUGUGUAUGACGGGGGUGCGCCAAUCAUUGGUUACAGCCUGGACAUGAGACUGAAGAGUGAGGCAGACCCCGAGAAGCCUACAGAAGGCUGGAAGAGGAUUGAUACCCAUGGGCCCUUGGUCCUGAAAGAGUUCACCAUCGGACAGCUGGAUGAGAAACAGGAGUACGAGUUCAAGGUCUCUGCCCAAAACCAGGUGGGCUGGGGACGUCACGCCUACUUGAAGGAAGCCGUCUUUCCCAAGGAGAUCCUGGAGGCUCCUGAGAUUGACCUGGACGCAAGUUUAAGAAAAGGUCUGUCUGUCCGGGCUGGUUGUCCGAUCCGACUUUUUGCUGUUAUCAGAGGACGUCCCGCUCCCAAGGUUACCUGGAAGCGCAUGGGUGUGGACAAUGUUGUUCGUAGAGGUCACGUGGACCAAGUGGACACGAUGUCCUUCCUGGUAAUCCCCGAAAGCACCAGAGAAGAUUCUGGAAAAUACUCACUGACUCUUUCCAACUCGGCUGGAGAGAAGGCUGUCUUUGUUCGUGUUAAAGUCCUCGAUACUCCCGGUCCCGUUGGUGGUCUGGAGGCAACUGAUGUCACCAAAACUACAGCACAACUGUCCUGGUUACCGCCAGAGAACGACGGUGGAAGCCCCAUUCUUAACUACAUUGUGGAGAAACGUGAGGUAGACAGGAAGACCUGGACCAAGUGCACAGAGGAUCUAAAGAAGACUAGCUUCAAGGUGACAAACAUGACACCUGGCAUCGAGUACUACUUCCGUGUGAUGGCGUGCAACAAGUACGGAAUCGGAGUUCCUCAGGACUCAGCCAAGUCUUACCUCGCUAAGGACCCCAUCAGUGAGCCAGAUCCACCCAAGAAGAUGGAUGUUUUGGAGAUCACAAGGAACAGCGCCACAUUGGGCUGGCUGAAGCCACUCAGAGAUGGAGGAGCCAAGAUCAACGGUUAUGUGGUGGACUACCAGGAGGAGGGUGCCCCGGAGGACAAGUGGACACCCUAUUCGGUGGUCAAAGACUUAACCAUCGUGGUCGUUGGCCUGAAAGAAGGCAAGAAGUACAAGUUCAGGGUGGCGGCCAGGAAUUCGGUUGGCGUCAGUCUUCCUCGGGAGGCUGAGGGAGUCUUUGAGGUCAAAGAGCAGCUCAUGGCUCCAAAGAUCAUCAUGCCUGACACAGUGACAGUCAGAGCAGGACGCAAAAUGGUGAUUGAGGCCCUGGUGGCAGGUAAACCGGCUCCGUUCUGUAAGUGGAAGCAGGGCAACGAAGACGUCCUCACAUCUGAUCGCCUCUCGGUGGUCAAGACACUUACAAGCUGCACGCUCAUCAUCAAGAACGUCAGCCGCUUGGACAGUGGCUACUACAGCCUAUCGGCAGAGAAUAGCACGGCUAAGGUCAACCAGAUCCUCAAAGUCAUCGUUAUGGACAUUCCGGGACCCCCUGAACCUCCUGUGGAGAUCACAGAGCAGGACAUCGAUGCCUGCACUCUGCUCUGGAAUCCUCCUCAGGAGGACGGCGGCAGCAACAUCACAAACUAUAUUGUGGAGAAGUGUGACGUGAGUCAGGGUGACUGGCUCACCUUGUCUUCUUCCUGCACCAAAACCAGCUUCAGAGUGACCAAACUGAUUACCGGUACUGAGUACACCUUCCGCGUCCGGGCCGAAAACAGGUUCGGCAUUUCUGAGCCCACCUACUCUGAGAAAAUGAUUGCCAGAUAUCCGUUUGAUCCUCCAAGUGAGCCCAGAAACCUUCAGGUUAACAGGAUCAACAAGGACUUUGUCAUCCUCUCUUGGGAGCGUCCCAGCAGCGACGGCGGAGGCCCAAUUAUGGGAUACUGCAUCGAGAAGAAGGAGAGGAACAGUAUUCUGUGGGUCAGGGCAAAUGAGUCUUUGGUCAAAUCCACCCAAUACACCUGUGGCAGUCUAAUUGAGGGCCUGGAAUACACCUUCAGGGUGUCUGCCAUAAACCUUGCGGGACAAGGAAAUCCUUGCAAGCAGACUGAAUUCAUCACGGCCAGGACGGCUGUCGACCCUCCAGGUAAACCCGAGGCCAUGGAUGUGACGAGGAGCUCCGUCUCGCUGGUGUGGACCCGACCCAAGCACGAUGGUGGCAGCAAGCUGGUUGGCUACUUUGUAGAGUACUGCAAUCUCCCUGAGGAGAAGUGGACCCGUUGCAACAGCAAUUGCAUGAGCAUCCAGACUGAGAACUACAUUGUGAGCGGUCUAGAAGAGGGCCAGAAAUAUGUGUUUCGAGUCAUCGCCAAGACAGCUGUGAACACCAGCCUGCCCUCGGAGCUGUCUGACCCAAUUGCUGUCAUCGCAGAGAAUGUUCCUCCUCGUGUGGAGCUGGGUGUCAACAUGAAGAACCUGAUUGUGGUGAAAGCUGGAGAAAAUAUCUUCCUGGAUGCAGAGGUGUUUGGGAAGCCUCUGCCAAAAGUGAGCUGGAAGAGAGAUGGUGCUUUUCUCCAUCUAGCCGAAGGAAUGAAGAUGACCCAGAAGAAGCACGUCCACAUUUUGGAGCUCUACUCCGUCACCAGGAAGGAAUCUGGUGACUAUACUAUUCUUGCUGAGAAUGCCAGUGGCAGCAAGUAUGCCAACAUUAAAGUCAAAGUGCUUGACAAACCAGGCCCUCCAGCUUUCGUGAAAACCACCAAAGUGUUUGCAGACCGCGUUAAGCUGCGGUGGGAUCCCCCGUUGGCAGAUGGCGGUUCUGAAAUCACAAACUACAUCAUUGAGAAGCGCGAAACCAGCAGGGCUAAUUGGGCACUGGUCACCGCCAAUAUUCAUGGACACAUCACCGACUGCUCCGUUGAAAAACUCAUAGAGGGCCACGAGUACCAGUUCCGAGUCAGUGCUGAGAACCAGUACGGCGUUGGAGACGCUGUCAUGACUGACCCUGUCAUGGUCAAGAACCCAUAUGAUGUUCCUGGCCCUUGCGAUCCACCCGUCAUCACCAACAUCACCAAAGACUCUAUGACAGUUAGCUGGAAGGCACCAGCAAAUGAUGGUAGAGCCACUAUCCUUGGAUACAUGGUAGAGAAGCGUGAGGCCACAGAGUUGACAUGGGCCAAGGUUAAUCGCCGGCCGGUGAUCGACAGAACCAUCAAGGCAGGUCAGCUAACAGAGGGCUCGGAGUACGAGUUCAGGGUCAUUGCCAUGAACAAAGCCGGUCUGGGAAAGCCAAGCGACGCGUCCAGUGCGGCUCUGGCUGUUGAUCCCCUGUACCCCCCUGGUCCACCCGCCUUCCCCAAGGUGGUGGAUUCCACCAGGAGCUCCAUCAGCCUUAGCUGGACCAAGCCAGCGUAUGACGGCGGUUGCGAGAUUAUUGGCUACCUGGUGGAAUGCAAACUAGCCACUGCAGAAAACUGGACCAAAUGCAAUGUCCCCAAGAAGAUCAAGACCACCAACUUCUUGGUGACAGGCCUGAUGGAAGGCACAGAGUACCAGUUCCAAGUCUUUGCUGUCAACAAGAUUGGUUACAGCGAGCCGAGCGAUGUCCCUGGGAACCACACUGCCAAGGACAUCCUCAUCCCUCCGGAAGCUGAGCUGGAUGCUGACCUGAGGAAAGUGCUGGUUCUCCGCGCGGGUGUCACCAUGAGGCUUUACGUCCCUCUAAGAGGGCGCCCGGCACCCAAAGUUAUGUGGAGCAAGGUGGACUGCAACCUGAAGGAGAGAACCGGCGUCCUGAUCAAGACAUCUGAGUGGGACACCCUGCUCAUGGUUGAAGACGUUAACAGAUAUGACGCUGGCAAAUAUGUUCUGACACUGGAGAACAGCAGCGGUUCCAAGAGUUACACCAUCAUUGUCAAGGUCCUUGAUUCUCCUGGACCACCUCAGAAUCUUACUGUGAAGGAGACCUCGUUAAACCAUGCCUGCAUCACCUGGGAUGCCCCACUGAUCGAUGGAGGCAGUCCAGUCAAGAACUACAUUGUAGAAAAGCGCCUGGCAGAGAGGAAGGCCUGGACCUGUGUGUCGACUGAGUGUCACAAGAACUCGUACAGAAUUCCCAACCUAGAAGGUGGACAAGCCUACUGCUUCAGAGUUCUGGCCGAGAACGCUUAUGGGAUUGGAGAAGGUUGUGAGACUGCCGGCAGUGUCCGAGCUUCAGAGCAACCUGGUCCAGUGAUGGAGCUGAAGGCUAAGAAGACUACUAAGGAUUCUAUCACUCUGGCCUGGAAAAAGCCCAUUAGUGAUGGCGGCAGUCACAUUAGUGCCUACAUCGUGGACCAGAACGAAGGCGAGCAGUGGAAGCAGAUCUCCAAGGGCAGAAACACCUCACUGACAGUUGGGGAGCUCACAGAGAGAAAGGAGUACGUGUUCAGAGUCAAGGCACUAAAUGAGUCUGGAGAAGGGCCACCCUCUGAGAUCACAGCUGUUGCCAAGGAUCAGUUUGUGCUUCCUGACUGCAACCUAAGCUGUCUCCAUGAUGGCUACUACAUAGUGAAGGAGGGCACUACUGUCCGCAUCAACAUUCCUAUCAGCGGUGUGCCAUAUCCUACUGCCACAUGGAAGAAAGGCGACGUGGCGCUCGGCGAUACCGGGCGGAUGUGUGUUGAAGCAUCCCAGGGCAUAACCACUCUCCUGAUCAGAGACUGCCAGAGAGGAGAUGCUGAUACCUACACAAUCAAUGUCAAGAACAGCUUGGGCUCCAAGGACUGUAAAUUGCAGCUCAAGGUUGUGGGUAAACCAGGUAUCUGCACUGGACCCAUCAAGUUUGACGAGAUCACAGCCGAUGGCAUCACCCUGGAAUGGGGGCCACCCAGAGAUGAUGGUGGUGCAGAGGUUUCCAACUACAUUGUAGAAAAAAGGAGGACAACAGACAACAAGUGGGCCACAGUGGCUUCGGCAAUCCAGAAAACCACCAUGAGAGUCAUACGUCUCCACGAUGGAGUGGAAUACAUUUUCAGAGUGUUCGCUGAGAACAAAUACGGAAUUGGAGAGCAUCUGAGGUCAGAUGCUGUCAUUGCGCAGCAUCCUUUCAAUGUCCCAGAGGCACCUGCACCUCCAGAGAUAAUGAGCAUCCGCCACGAGUCAGCCAUCCUAACCUGGGAUGAUCCAAAAGACACAGGGGGCUCCCCAAUUACAGGGUAUCAUGUGGAGUUUAAGGAGAGGAACAGUCUGAUGUGGAAGCGAGCCAGCAAGACUCCUCUGAGAUUGAGGGAGUGCAGGGUCACAGGUCUGAUUGAAGGACUAGAAUAUGAGUUUAGGGUGAUGGCCAUGAACAUGGCUGGCCUCGGGAAGGCUAGCAGAACUACUGAGGCUGUUGUCGCUCUGGAUCCCAUUGAUCCACCUGGCAAGCCUGAUGUCAUUAAUGUCACCAGGACUUCAGUCACACUGAUUUGGACUGCUCCCAAAUAUGAUGGCGGCUACAAAUUAACUGGCUAUAUGGUAGAGAAGCUAAAGGCUGGAGGUAAAGCCUGGAUGAAGGCGAACCACGUCAACAUUCAAGGAUGUGCCUUCACCGUCACAGACCUGACAGAAGGAGCCCAGUAUCAGUUCCAAGUCAGGGCCAAGAACUCUGCUGGUGCUAUUAGUGUUCCCUCAGAGAAGACCGAUCUGCUAACUUGCAAGGAUGAGUACGAACCUCCAAGCAUCACCAUUGACCCAAACAUGAAAGAUGGCAUAUCAGUCCAGGCAGGAGACACAAUCGUGGUUGCCGCUUCCAAAAUUGUUGGCAAACCUCCCCCUACUGCUGUAUGGUCAAAGGCCGGCCGUGAGCUCAAGAACUCAGACAUUGUCACAAUAACCAGCACUCCAACCUCCUCCACCGUUGCCAUCAAGUACGCCAGCAGGAAGAACACUGGCGAGUACACCAUCACUGCCAGCAACCCAUUCGGCAUCAAAGAAGAACACGUUAAAGUGAAAGUUCUAGAUGUUCCUGGGCCGCCAGGCCCAAUUGAGGCUAGUAAUAUUUCCGCUGAAAAGUGCACCCUUACCUGGCUUCCACCAGAGGAGGAUGGAGGCAGCGCCAUCAAAUCUUACAUCCUUGAGAAGCGAGAGACAAGUCGACUGCAAUGGACCAAGCUGGCUGAAAAUAUCAUAGAUUGCAGAUGUGUCACCAGCAAAUUGAUCAAAGGAAAUGAGUACAUCUUCAGGGUGUCUGCUGUCAACCAGUAUGGCAUUGGAGACUCAAGUUUGUCUGGUUCAGUCAAACUGGUCGACAGUUACCGACCACCAGGCCCACCCUCAACCCCAGAAAUUGAUAACAUCAGCAGAAACUCUGUUACAAUUUCAUGGAAGAGACCAGUACAAGAUGGAGGCAGUGAUAUCAGGGGAUACCUUGUAGAAAGGAAGGAGAAGCGAGGAAUGAGGUGGGUCAGGGCUUCUAAGAGAACUGUCCCACACCUACGCUUCAAGGUGCAAGGCCUGAGUGAAGGGGUUGAGUAUGAAUUCAGAGUGACUGCUGAAAACAAGGCUGGGUUUGGAGAACCAAGUGAGCCUUCGCAUACCGCAAUGACCAAGGACACCGUGUAUCCACCAGGUCCUCCUUCAAACCCAAGAAUUACAGAUACCACAAAAACGUCUGCCACCUUUACCUGGGGCAGACCCCACUAUGAUGGUGGUCUGGAAGUGGAUGGAUACAUUGUGGAAUAUAAAAAAGAAGGGCACGAUGACUGGGAGACAGACACAGAGUACCACUUGAAGGCUACUGUAUAUGUUAUCGGACAACUGCAGAAGGGAGGCAGAUACCAUUUCAGAGUCAGAGCUGUGAAUUCUGAAGGAAUUGGUGAACCUGCAGAGGUUGAAAAAGUAACCGAACUUGUGGACCAGGAGUCUGUUCCAGACUUUGAGCUGGACGCUGAACUCCGGAAAUCUCUGGUAGUCAGGGCCCGUACAUCAAUCCGUAUGUUUGUUCCCAUCCGUGGUCGUCCUGUUCCAGACGUCACCUGGAGCAAAGAUGACGUUAAUCUGAAAAUGCGUGCACAUAUUGACACAACUGAGUCCUAUACAUUGCUCGUCAUUCCUGACUGCACCAGAUAUGAUGCCGGAAAAUACAACCUGUGCCUGGAGAACGUCGCUGGAAAGAAGACAGGCUUUGUAAAUGUGAAGGUUCUGGACACGCCAGGGCCCCCAGUUAAUUUAAAACCCAGAGAGAUAGCUAAAACAAGUGUCACACUUCAGUGGGAGAUCCCAAUCAUUGAUGGUGGCUCCAAGAUUCACAACUACAUUAUUGAAAAGAGAGAGGCCACAAAGAAGGCCUACACUGUCCUGAGCACUGCCUGGCAGAAGUGCUCUUUCAAGAUCACUGAUCUGGAGGAGGGAUCUUACUACUACUUCAGAAUCUCUGCUGAGAAUGACCUGGGCAUUGGUGAGCCUGCUGAGACUCCUGAACCAAUCAGGGCAUCUCAGGCCCCUUCUCCACCAGAAAACCUGUACGUCACUGAUGUUACAGCGGGCAGUGCCAGCUUGGUGUGGACGAAGCCUUUUCAUGAUGGUGGUAGCUUGAUUACAGGGUAUGUCAUAGAGGCCCAGAAGAAGGACACUGACCACUGGUUCCAUGUUGCUGCCAUCAAGGCUCUGGACUACACUGUGACAAAUCUGAUAGAGGGUGAAGAAUAUACUUUCCGCAUCAUGGCAGUUAAUGCUUCAGGUAGAAGCGAUCCAUGUGAGAGCAGACCGGCAAUUAUCAAAGAGCAGACAUCAGGCCCAUCAUUUGACCUACGUGGAGUCUACCAGAAGACGGUUAUUGCCAAGGCUGGGGACCGUGUUAAGGUGGAGAUUCCAGUAUUUGGAAAACCCAGACCUGUCGUUUUUUGGAAAAAAGGAGAUACAAUUCUAAAAGAGACACAAAGAAUUAACACAGAAGCCACAGCAACCUCAACCAUCCUCAACAUUGGUGAGAUCAAAAGGGCUGAUGGAGGACAGUAUUCAAUGACAGGAAAGAACAUGCUGGGCACAGUGACCGAGACAAUCACAGUAUUAGUCCAUGAUAUUCCAGGUCCACCCACUGGUCCCAUUAAAAUGGAAGAGGUUUCAUCAGAUUAUAUCCUUAUGUCCUGGGAGGCCCCUGAGAAUGAUGGGGGUGUCCCCAUCAAUAAUUAUAUUGUUGAAAUGCGUGAGACCACUGGUACUUCUUGGGUGGAGUUAGCAGCCACCGUCAUACGUACCACAUUCAAGGCAGGCCGGCUUAUCACUGGAACAGGAUAUCAGUUCCGUGUCAAGGCCCAGAAUCGAUACGGCAUUGGACCAUCCAUCAUCUCUGAGCCAGUGAUAGCAACCUAUCCGUUUGAUGUUCCAGGCCAGCCAGGGACCCCUGUCGUCACAUCCUUCAAUAAGGAUGCAAUGACGCUCAGUUGGAAUGAACCAUCCUCGGAUGGAGGCAGUGCCAUCCUGGGUUACCAUGUGGAACGAAAAGAGAGGAACAGCAUUCUGUGGCAAAGGAUCAGCAAAGCUCUUGUGGUAGGAAAUAUGUUCAAAUCAACUGGCCUGGUUGAUGGAAUUGAAUAUGAGCACCGUGUUAUUGCUGAAAACUUGGCAGGUCUCAGCAAACCCAGUAAACCCUCUGACCCAUUGUAUGCUUUGGACCCAGUGGACCCACCAGGUAGACCUUUGGCAUUGAACAUCACCAGACAUGAGGUUACUGUGUCAUGGACCAAACCAGAGGCAGACGGAGGAUUUUCCAUCACUGGAUACACUGUGGAAAGGAGAGAACUGCCAAACGGGCGAUGGCUCAAAGCCAACUUCAACAACAUCCUUGAGACGGUCUACACUGUCAGUGGUCUAAUCGAAGAUACUGUUUAUGAAUUCCGUGUGUUGGCUCGUAAUUCAGCAGGCGCAGUGAGUGCACCUUCUCAGCCCUCAGAACCCAUUACUUGCAGGGAUGACAUUGAAGAGCCUCGGCUUGAUAUAGACUCCCUUUACAGUAGCAAUAUUAUUGUAAUGGCCGGAGAGAUUUUUACACUAGAGGCCAAUGUGACGGGUCAGCCAAUUCCCUCGCUUGUGUGGAGCAAGGAUGGGAAGGAGCUUGAAGAUACCGGCAAGUUGGAGAUCAAGAUGUCUGCUUUCCACACAACUCUCAUCAACAAAGACUCUCUGAGAAGAGAUGGCGGUGCGAUCACCCUGACUGCCAGUAACCCUGGUGGCUUUGCUAAAUUCACAUUUAAUGUCAAGGUCCUUGAUAGACCCGGACCACCUGAUUCCUUAACGGUUACGGACAUUGCUGCUGAGAAAUGCGUCCUCAACUGGCUGCAUCCAACUCACGAUGGUGGAGCCAAGAUUGAAUACUUCAUCAUUCAGAAGCGUGAAACCAGCAGGUUGGCCUGGACAAACGUGGCCACAGAUCUCCAAGCAAACAGGUUCAAGGUCACAAAGCUUCUUAAAGGCAAUGAGUAUGUCUUCAGAGUAAUGGCUGUGAAUAAGUAUGGCAUUGGUGAGCCACUGGAGUCCCAGCCUGUCAUCUGUGCCAAUCCUUACGUUCCCAGUGACCCACCCACGCAACCUGAGGUCACAACCAUCACCAAGGACUCAAUGGUGGUCUGCUGGGAGCGUCCCGAACAUGAUGGUGGUAGCAGACUCAACACUUACAUUAUCGAGAGAAGGGAUAAGACUGGACUGCGUUGGGUCAAGUGCAACAAAAGGACUGUAACCGACCUUCGAUUCAAGGCAACUGGGCUCACACCGGGUCAUGAAUAUGAAUUCAGAGUUUUUGCAGAGAACAAUGCCGGACUGAGUCAGCCAAGUCCCUCGAGUCCAUUCUACAAAGCCAUGGACACAAUCUUCCAGCCUGGACCACCAGGGAACCCCAGAGUUCUAGACACAACCAAAUCUUCCAUUACCCUUGCUUGGAAUAAGCCUGUCUAUGAUGGUGGCUCUGAAAUCACUGGCUAUAUUGUUGAGACAUGCCUGCCUGAAGAGGAUGAAUGGACGAUUCACACUCCUAAGAAGGGAUGGACAGCUACCUCAUUCACUAUCACUGGCCUGAAAGAGAACCAAGAUUACAAAAUAAACAUCUGUGCCACCAACUGUGAAGGUGUGGGAGAGCCUGCUGCUGUCCCAGGAACCCCAAAAGCUGAAGACAGGUUACUAACCCCUGAAAUUGAACUUGGAGCUGAUCUCCGUAAGGUUGUCAGCAUCAGAGCCUGUGGCACACUCAGACUCUUUGUACCCAUUAAAGGCAGACCGGCACCAGAUGUCAAAUGGUCAAGAGAGCACGGAGAGUCCCUGGACAAAGCUAACAUUGAAGUCACAUCGUCAUUCACCACUCUUCAAGUUGAAAAUGUCGACAGGUUUGAUAGCGGUAAAUACAUGGUCACUGUGGAAAAUGCCUCUGGAGGUAAGACAGCAUUUGUUAACGUCAGGGUACUAGACACCCCCGGAGCGCCUCAAAACCUGCUCAUCAAGGAGGUUACCAAAGAUUCAGUCUCGCUCAUUUGGGAUGCACCUUUAAUCGAUGGUGGCUCCAGAGUCCGUAAUUACAUUGUGGAGAAGCGUGAGUCAACCAGAAAGGCUUACUCCACUGUCUGUGCCAACUGCCACAAAUCCAGCUGGAAGGUUGGAGAACUGGAAGAAGGAAAGAUGUAUUUCUUCAGGAUCCUGGCUGAGAACGAAUAUGGCAUUGGCCUCCCAGUGGAAACGUUUGACCCCGUUAAGGUUUCAGAGAGGCCCCUGCCUCCAGGAAAGGUGACUCUCCGUGAGGUGACUGGCAACAGUGUCACUCUCACCUGGGAGAAGCCCGACCAUGAUGGUGGAAGCAGAGUCACCAGCUACAUUGUUGAGAUGCAGGGUAGAGAAAGUGAAAAAUGGACCCAGGUCAUGACAGUCAAGACCAAUGAGGCUUUUGUAACUGGUUUAACACAGGGAGAGGAAUACAUGUUCCGUAUCUCGGCCACCAAUGAAAAGGGGGUUAGUGACCCACGUGCUCUUAACAUUCCCGUGGUGGCCAAAGAUCUGGUUAUCCUGCCAACUUUCAUACUGUCUUUCAGCACCUUUAGUGUGCUAGCGGGAGAUGAUCUGAAGAUUGAUGUACCUUAUUCUGCCUGUCCCAAAGCGACAGCAACCUGGUUCAAAGAUGGUGUCGCCCUCAAGGAGACAACUAGAGUUAACUCUGAAAGCACAGACAACAACCUUCUCCUGGUCAUUAAAGAGGCCUGCAGAGAUGAUGUAGGCAUAUAUUCCAUCAAACUGAUUAACAGUGCUGGAGAGGCAACUACAGAGAUCAACGUGGUGGUCCUAGACAGGCCAGGCCCACCAAGUGGCCCAGUCAAGCUGGAUGAAGUCACUGCAGACAGUGUGAUCCUGUCCUGGAAUCCCCCGGAGUACGAUGGUGGCUGUGGCAUAAACAAUUAUGUUGUUGAGAAGAGAGACACGUCAACCACUAACUGGCAGAUCGUGUCAGCUACAGUGGCUAGAACCACUGUAAAAGCUGUACGUCUGAAGACAGGAUGUGAAUACCAGUUCAGGAUUGCUGCAGAGAAUCGAUAUGGAAAGUCUUCAGCACUGCUCUCUGAAAGUAUUGUGGCUCAGUAUCCAUUCGAGGUGCCCACUUCACCGCGUUCGGUCAUUGUGCAGUCAGCCACCAAGGAGACCAUGGUGGUUGUAUGGGAUAAACCCAGCAGUGAUGGUGGAAGCAAAAUCCUGGGCUAUCACCUUGAGCUCAAAGAGAAAAACAGCAUUUUGUGGGUGAAGCAAAAUAAACAGCUUAUCCCAGACCCCCGAUUCAAAGUGGUUGGCCUGGAAGAAGGUAUUGAAUAUGAGUUCAGAGUUUACGCUGAAAACAUUGUCGGCAUAAGCAAAGCCAGUGUCAUGAGUGAAUUGCAGGUAGCCAGAGACCCCUGUGACCGACCAGGAAAGCCUGAGGCUGUCAUUGUAACAAGAAACCAGGUCACCCUCAGAUGGACCAAGCCUGAGUAUGAUGGUGGCAUAAAGAUCAUCGGGUAUGUGGUGGAGAAAAAGGAAACAGCCGGACGAUGGAUGAAGGCCAGUUUCACCAAUGUAAUUGAGACUUCCUUUGUUGUCACGGGUCUCACUGAAGAUCACAUUUAUGAGUUCCGUGUCAUUGCCAAAAAUGCAGCGGGUGUCAGCAGUCAACCCUCUGACUCUACUGGCGCUAUCACUGCCAAGGAUGAGGUGGAUCCACCACAAAUUGACCUUGAUGCCAAAUACUCCCAGAUUGUGGUUGUGAAUGCUGGAGAGUCAUUCAAGCUUGAGGCAGCUAUCUUUGGCAAACCUGUUCCCAUGGUACACUGGCUGAAGGAGGGCCAAAUUAUGAGUGAAGCGGCGCGUUUGGAGGUCAAGAACACAGACUUUUUGGCAUGUAUUGUUGUCAAAGAAGCAAUUCGUGUUGAUGGAGGCCAGUAUACUUUGCUCGUGAAGAAUGUCGGUGGAGAGAAAUCUGUGAACAUUAAUGUGAAAGUUCUGGACAGGCCAGGACCCCCUGAAGCCCCCAUUUCAGUCUAUGGUGUCACAAGUGAGAAAUGCUCCAUUUCCUGGAAACCACCUUUGCAGGAUGGAGGUAGUGAUGUUUCCCAUUACAUUGUUGAAAGGAGAGAGACGAGCCGACUGGUGUGGACAGUAGUUGAACAGAAAAUUCAGACCCUGAACUUGAAGAUCACGAAACUCCUUCCUGGUAAUGAGUACAUCUUUAGAGUGAUACCAGUGAAUAAAUAUGGAGUCGGUGAGCCUUUGGAAUCCGAGCCCAUGAUUGCCAGGAAUCCAUUUGCUACUCCCAACCCACCAAAUAAGGUAGAGGUCUCCACAAUUACUAAAGACUCCAUGGUAGUGACCUGGGAGCGACCAGAUAACGAUGGUGGCAGUGCCAUCCAAGGUUAUGUUGUGGAGAAACGUGACAAGGAUGGUGUGAGAUGGACCAGGUGCAACAAGCGUACCGUAAGUGAGCUCCGUUACAGAGUUACUGGGCUCCUAGAAAACCACAGCUAUGAAUUUAGGGUCUCUGCUGAGAAUGCUGCUGGUGUGGGAACACCGAGUCCUCCAACAACAUAUUACAGAGCUCGAGAUCCCAUCUUCAAACCAGGGCCACCAAACAAUCCGAAGGUAGUGGACUCAUCAAGGUCUACUGUUUCCUUGAGCUGGGGUAAACCCAUCUAUGAUGGUGGCUGUGAGAUUCAGGCCUACAUUGUUGAAGCAUGCAACAGCGUGUCAGAUGAGUGGUUCAUGUGCACUCCUUCCUCUGGAAUCACAGACACGCGGUUUACCGUGACAAAGCUCUUGGAGAAGCAUGAGUAUCAGUUCAGAGUGUUUGCCAUUAAUAAAAUCGGUGUUGGUGAGCACGCAGAUUUUCCAGGAAAAAUCGCUUUGGAAGAGAAGCUUGAACCACCAGACCUGGACUUAGAUGCCAGUAUGAGGAAGAUGAUCAGUAUUAGAGCGGCAAGCACCCUCAGGCUCUUUGUUCCUGUAAGUGGCCGUCCAGCGCCUGAGGUGAAGUGGGGCAAGGCUGAUGGGGAGCUUAAGGAGACGGCCCAAAUCGAUAAUACAGAUAGCUACGCGUCACUUGUGAUUGAGAACGUGGACAGAUUUGACAGCGGCAAAUACACACUCACUGCCGAGAAUGCCAGCGGAGUCAAGUCUGUCUUCAUAAGCGUCAGAGUCCUGGACACGCCAAGUCCUCCAAACAACCUCUUUGUCAAGGAGAUUACCAAGAAUUCUGUCACACUCACUUGGGAGCCUCCGCUUCUGGAUGGCGGCUCAAAGAUUAAGCAGUACAUUGUGGAGAAGCGAGAGAGCACUCGAAAGGUUUACUCUUCUGUCACCGUCUGCAAUAAGAUGACAUGGAAGGUGGAGUCUCUCCCAGAGGGUGGAAUAUUCUUCUUUAGAGUGCUAGCUGAGAAUGAGUAUGGUGUUGGUCUGCCUGCUAAAACCAUCGAACCAAUUAAGAUAUCUGAGAAACCACAGCCCCCUGGUAAAGUCAGCGUUGUUGAUGUCACACACAGUACUGUCACCCUGACUUGGGAGAAGCCUCUACAUGACGGCGGCAGCAGGAUAACUCACUAUGAAGUUGAACUGGCUCCUCCAGACAGCGAAUCUUGGUCUGUUUGUGGUAGUGGGAAGGCAACUGAGGCGCUGGUAAGUAACCUGCUCAAGGGUGAAAAGUAUCAGUUUAGAGUGGUGGCCGUCAACGACAAGGGCAGGAGUGACCCCAGGCAACUCGCUCAUUUGGUAGUCGCAAAGGACCUUGUGAUUGAGCCUGCCGUUAGACCUAAAAUGAGCAGCUACAGUGUCCAAGUAGGAUGUGACCUCAAGAUCGAAGUGCCAAUCGAAGGUCAUCCAAAGCCGAACAUCUCUUGGUCCAAGGAUGGAGCUGCCCUCAAACAAACUACCAGAGUCAAUGUCACAGAUUCACCACGUCAGACCACAGUUUCCAUAAAGGAUGCUACUAGAGAGGACGGAGGUAUGUACAGUAUUACUGUGGCCAAUGAUCUCGGAUCUAAGGAAGCCACCAUUGAGGUUAUCACCUUAGAUAAGCCUGGACCACCUACAGGACCUGUCAGGUUAGAGGAUGUCAGUGCCGAGAGUAUCACUCUUGCAUGGGAACCUCCCACUUAUACAGGUGGCUGCCAAAUAUCCAACUAUGUUGUCGAGAAACGAGAUACAACCACCACAAACUGGGGAGUGGUGUCGGCCACGGUGGCAAGAUCAACACUGAAAGUUGGAAAUCUGAAGACCGGAGCUGAGUAUCAAUUCAGGAUCUACGCUGAAAACAGAUACGGCAGGAGUUAUGCAAUUGAUUCUGACCCAGUUGUGGCAAAGUAUCCAUUCCAAGAACCUGGGCCACCGGGUACACCUUUUGUAUCUUCAUUCUCUAAAGACUACAUGGUAGUGGAGUGGCACACACCCCCGUCUGAUGGAGGCAGUGCUAUCUUGGGCUAUCAUCUUGAAAGGAAAGAGAAGAACAGCAUCCUCUGGACCAAGAUUAACAAAACCCUCAUCCAAGACUGCAGGUUCAAAUCCACUCCUCUAGAGGGAGGUAUUGAAUAUGAAUACAGAGUCUAUGCAGAGAACAUUGUUGGCAUUGGAAAGUGCAGUAAAGUCUCAGAGGUGUAUGUGGCCCGUGAUCCAUGUGAUCCUCCUGGCUGCCCAGUGGUACUGAUCGUGACCAGACACUCAGUGAAACUUCAGUGGACGCCCCCACAGUACAACGGCGGAAGUUCAAUUACUGGUUAUGUUGUGGAGAAGCGCGAUCUCCCUGAAGGAAAGUGGAUGAAGGCCAGCUUUGCAAAUGUUUUGGACCUUGAAUUCACAGUGAUGGGCUUGACAGAAAACAACAAAUACGACUUUAGAGUCAUUGCAAGAAAUGCGGCUGGCGCUGUCAGCAAGCCCUCCGAGAACACUGGAUCCAUCACAGCAAUAGAUGAAGUUGACCCACCCAAGUGUGAAAUAGACGCCAUGUACAGCCAAACCCUUGUCAUCAAUGCUGGGGACACAUUCAAUCUGGAGGCCAAAGUGGACGGAAAACCCAUUCCCAUGGCACAGUGGUUUAAGGGCGAUGUUGAAGUGGAAAACUCCGCCAGAGCUGAGAUAAAAAACACAGACUUUAAGGCUCUUCUUGUUGUGAAGGAUGCCAUCAGAGUGGAUGGCGGGCAGUACACACUGGUACUAACCAAUGUGGCAGGCAGCAAGACAAUCCCAUUCAAUGUGAAGGUCCUGGAUAGACCAGGUCCAUCAGAGGGACCGCUUACUGUCAGCAAUGUCACUGAGGAGAAGUGCUCCCUAUCAUGGCUUCCACCGAGGCACGAUGGAGGCAGUGGCAUUUCUCACUACAUCAUCCAAAAGCGAGAGACAAGCCGCUUGGCAUGGACUGUAGUCUCUAGUGACUGUGGCGCUACCAUGUUCAAGGUCACAAAACUAUUGAAGGGUAAUGAAUACAUCUUCAGGGUUAUGGCAGUCAACAAAUAUGGUGAGGGUGAGCCUCUAGAGUCAGCACCAGUGAUCAUGAGGAAUCCAUUCAUCCCCCCUGGAACACCUCAGGAGAUUGAGAUCACCAACAUUACCAGGGACUCCAUGACUGUCUGCUGGAAUCGUCCAGAGACAAAUGGAGGCAGUGAGAUUGUUGGUUACAUUGUGGAAAAGAGGGACCGAGCUGGCAUAAGGUGGACCAAAUGCAACAAGCGCAGGGUAACAGACUUGCGUUUCCGGGUGACAGGUCUGACUGAGGACCAUGAAUAUGAGUUCAGGGUUUCUGCAGAGAAUGGAGCUGGCGUGGGUCAGCCAAGUCCCUCCACACCUUACCUGAAAGCCUGCGACCCCACUUUUGAGCCUGGAAUCCCAACAACUGUUCAUGUGACAGACACCACCAUGGACUCCAUAAGUCUGGCUUGGCACAGGCCCAUAUAUGAUGGUGGCUGUGAGAUUCAAGGUUACGCUGUUGAAAUCACAAAAGCCGAAGAGGAGGAGUGGAAAAUUUGCACAGCACCAUCCGGAGUAAAUGCCACCAACUUUACCAUUACCAAGUUGAUUGAGCACCAGGAAUACAAAGUGCGUGUCUGUGCCAUCAACAAGCAGGGCAUUGGGGAGCCAGCUGAAGUUCAGGGCACGAUUACGCCUAUGGAUAAAAUUAAUCCCCCAGAUAUGAUUUUAGAUGCAGAACUCCGAAAAGGAAUUGUUGUCCGUGCGGGAGCCCCAAUGAGAAUUGGCAUUCCAUUUAAGGGUCGUCCUACACCUGAAAUUAGCUGGGCAAAGGAAGACAGUGAACUGCCCAGUAAAGUUCAACUUGAGACUGGAGAAGACUACACGCAGCUCUCCAUUGACAUUUGUGACAGACAUGAUGCCGGAAAAUACAUCCUCAAUCUGCAAAACAGCGCAGGCACUAAAUCUGCAUUUGUGUCUGUCAAAGUUCUGGACACACCAGGAGCGCCUGUGAACCUCAGCAUCAAAGACAUUAAACGGGAAAGUGUCACCCUGAGUUGGGAGCCCCCUCUUAUUGACGGUGGCGCAAAAAUUAAAAACUACCUGGUUGAAAAGCGUGAAUCUAACAGGAAGGUUUACGUUAAUGUGGACAACAAGUGCACAAAAACCAGCUACCGAGUUACUGGCCUCACAGAGGGAAUGAUUUACUACUUCCGGGUCCUUGCCGAGAAUGAGUUUGGUGUAGGACUACCAGCAGUGACAACAGAUUCGGUUAAGGCCUCUGAGCCUCCUUUGUCCGUAGGUAAAGUCACUGUAACCGAAGUUACUAAAACAACUGCUUCACUGUCAUGGGAGAAACCAGUCCAUGACGGAGGCAGUCGGAUUAUCGGGUACUAUAUUGAAAUGAAAACUAUGGACUCGGAGGAAUGGGUGGUGGCCACCACAACCAAGACCUGUGAAGGCACUGUCACUGGCCUCAGUGCUGGACAUGAAUAUCUUUUCAGAGUCUCUGCCUUCAAUGACAAAGGUAAGAGUGACCCGAGGGCUCUUGUUGCACCGGUCAUAGCCAAGGAUUUGACUAUGAUGCCUGGAUUCAGGAUAAGCUUCAAAAUUUACAGUUUGCAAAUUGGUGAAGAUCUGAAGAUUGAGAUUCCAGUGAUUGGGCGUCCGAUCCCAAAAGUGGAGUGGAAGAAAGGAGGACAGGCUCUUAAAGAGACAACUAGGUUAAAUGUAUCUGAUACACCCACAUCUACAAAACUGUGCAUCAAGGAUGCCAAGUGUGAGGAUUCAGGUAAAUAUACAGUCACAGCUACCAGCAACAUCGGAACUGCAACUGAAGAGAUUACAGUUAUUAUUCUUGAUAAACCGGGCCCACCGACUGGUCCUGUGAAAAUUGAAGAAGUGAGCUCCAAUUAUGUGACACUCUCGUGGGAACCACCAACAUAUACUGGCGGCUGUCAGAUUAACAACUACAUUGUGGAAAAAAGAGACACCACCACUACAGUUUGGCAGAUUGUGUCAGCGACAAUUGCCAGGACAACCAUCAAGGUCAGCAACCUGAAGACUGGUGUGGAAUAUCAGUUCAGAGUGUCUGCUGAGAACAGAUAUGGAAAGAGUUCUGCCAUUGUCUCACCCCAAGUCAUUGCUCAUUAUCCAUUCAAUGUGCCUGAUGCACCAGUGACACCCACUGUAACUGCUGCAACCAAAGACAGCAUGAUUGUUGAGUGGAAGCCCCCAGCUAACAAUGGUGGAAGUCCCAUUCUUGGUUACCAUCUGGAAAGGAAAGAGAAGAACAGCCUCUUGUGGACUCAACUGAAUAAACUUCUUAUUCCUGAUGCACGUUUCAAGACAACAGAACUGGAAGAAGGAAUUGAGUAUGAAUUCAGGGUUUAUGCAGAAAACAUUGCAGGACUGAGUCCGGUUAGCAAGAUCUCAGAAAGCACAGUGGCCCGGGAUCCUUGCGACUCACCUGGUACUCCAGAGGCAAUUGAAAUAACGCGUAAUCAUGUAACACUCCGGUGGACAGCACCCCCGUAUGAUGGAGGCAGCAUGAUUACUGGCUAUUUGAUUGAGAGGAGGAAACACCCUGAUACCCGCUGGAUGAAGGCCAGCUUUACCAACAUCAUUGAAACCCAAUUCACCCUCACUGGUCUAACUGAGAACUGCAUUUAUGAGUUCAGAGUUGUCGCCAAAAAUGCAGCUGGCAUUUCAAGCUGUCCCUCUCCAAGCACAGGAGAAAUAACUGCCACAGAUGAAAUUGAAGCCCCAGAAGCAACCAUGGAUUCCAAAUUCAAGGAUUUAACUGUUGUUCAUGCUGGUGAGACUUUUAUCAUUGAUGCCGACUACACCGGCAAGCCUCUGCCUGAUAUCAUCUGGUUGAAGGAUGGAAAGGAAAUUGACAAGACUACACCAAGAAUGGAAAUCAAGACCACCCUCACACGCACUAUCUUGACAGUAAAGGACUGCAUCCGAACGGACGGUGGACAUUUUGUUCUGAAACUUAGAAAUGUUGGUGGAGUCAAGAUGAUCCCAGUUAACGUUAAGGUUCUGGAUAGACCCGGCGCUCCAGAUGGUCCACUAGAAAUCAAAGGUGUCACGGCUGAAAAGUGUUAUCUGCAUUGGAACCAUCCGUCACAAGAUGGCGGAGCAGGUAUUUCACACUACAUCAUUGAGAAGAGAGAGACUAGCCGUUUGUCGUGGACUAUGGUGGAGCCCAAAAUUCAAGCGAUUAGCUACAAAGUCACUAAGCUGCUGCCCGAAAAUGAGUAUAUCUUCAGAGUCACGGCCGUUAACAAAUAUGGUGUUGGUGAGCCGCUAGAGUCUGACCCAGUUGUUGCACGCAAUCCAUUCACUACCCCAGGUGCUCCAUCCAUGCCAGAGGCCGGCGCAAUCACCAGAGACUCCAUCGUGCUCACCUGGGAAAGGCCAGAAAGAAAUGGAGGAGCUGAGAUUGAAGGCUAUAUUCUUGAAAAACGCGACAAGGAUGGCAUCCGAUGGAGCAAAUGCAACAAGAAGAGGUUAACUGACCUGAGGUUCAGAUGCACUGGUCUCACUGAAGGUCAUUCUUAUGAAUUCCGGGUCUCUGCUGAAAAUGCAGCUGGUGUGGGGACACCCAGUGCACCAACUCAGUAUAUCAAGGCAUGCGAUGCCAUUUACCCACCAGGACCUCCAAACAACCCCAAGGUCAUUGACCAUUCCAGCACAACUGUCUCCUUGACCUGGACUAGGCCUAUAUAUGACGGCGGAGCGCAAAUCACCGGUUACAUUGUUGAAAUGAAAGAGGCAGCAUUGGAUGAAUGGGUCAUUUGCACCCCACACACAAGUGUGCAGGAUACGAAAUACACAGUGAAAAACCUGAAAGAGAAUGCUGAGUACAAUUUCCGUAUCUGCGCUGUUAACUGCGAGGGUGUGGGCGAGCAUGUAGAUCUUCCUGACUGCGUGAUUGCCGCUGAAAAGCUGGAAGCACCUGAAAUUGAACUUGACUGUAAUCUAAGAAAGAUGGUCAACAUUCGGGCCACAACCACCUUGCGUCUGUUUGUUACAAUCCGAGGGAAGCCUGAACCGGAGGUCAGGUGGUCAAAGGCAGAUGGCACUCUGAAUGAGCGUGCCCAGAUUGAGGUGACAAGCUCCUAUACCAUGUUAGUGAUUGAGAAUGUUGACCGAUUUGAUACUGGCAAGUAUAUACUGACACUGGAGAACAUGAGUGGCUCAAAAUCGGCCUUCAUUAACGUCCGAGUUCUAGACUCACCUAGUGCCCCGACGAACCUAGAGGUGAAAGAUGUGAAAAGAAAUUCAGUGUCUCUCGCCUGGGAGCCUCCUCUCAUUGACGGUGGGGCCAAGAUAUCCCACUACAUUGUGGAGAAGAGAGAGCAGAAGAGGAUGGCAUUCACCAGUGUGAGUACUAAUUGUGUGAGGAACUCCUAUAUGAUCUCUGAUCUGCAGGAGGGCAGCCGGUACUACUUCCGAGUGCUGGCAGUAAAUGAACUUGGUGUGGGUCUGCCUGCCUCCACGGAACAAGUCAAAGUUUCUGAGGCUCCUUUACCUCCUGGAAGAGUUCAGCUGGUGGAUGUAACUCGGAACACUGUCACUCUGUCCUGGGAGAAACCUGACCACGAUGGUGGCAGCAAAAUUACAGGCUACUGUGUGGAGAUGCAGCCCUACGGAGAUGAAAAAUGGAGUUUGUGCAGUGAAGUUAAAGCACUAGAGGCCACAAUUGGAGGUCUCACAACAGAUGAAGAGUACUUUUUCAGGGUUAUCGCAGUGAAUGACAAGGGUAGGAGUGACCCCAAACCUCUUGCGGACCCUGUGAUUGUAAAGGAUAUCACAGUGCAGCCCAUCAUCAACCUGCUGUUCAAUACGUACACUGUUAAAGCAGGAGAUGACCUAAAGAUUGACGUUCCCUUCAAAGGCAGACCACAGCCUGAAGUUUCGUGGAAGAAGGAUGGCCAGGUGCUGAAGCAGACAACCCGAGUCAAUGUUCUCACCUCCAAGACCUCAUCUAAAAUCUUCAUCAAGGAUGCCACUCGGGAGGACGUAGGAAAGUAUGAGAUCACCCUUACUAAUGACGUGGGCACUACGACAGGUGAAAUCUUUGUUAUCGUCCUGGACAAACCAGGCCCACCCAGUAACAUUAGGCUGGAUGAGGUGAGUGCUGACUUUAUCUCUCUGUCUUGGGAUGCUCCGACCUACGACGGUGGAUGCCAGAUUAAUAAUUAUGUAGUCGAAAAGAGAGACACGACCACAAUCACAUGGCAGAUUGUGUCUGCCACAGUUGCCAGGACCUCAAUUAAAGUGUCCCGUCUCACUCAGGGAACAGAGUACCAGUUCCGUAUUGCAGCUGAAAACCGAUAUGGGAAGAGUCACGCUGUUGAUUCUGCUCCUGUUGUUGCUCAGUAUCCAUUCGAACCUCCGGGCUCUCCAGUCAACAUUCGUGUUUCUCAUGCCAAUAAGUCUGGCAUGCUCGUUGUUUGGGACCGGCCAACCAGGGACGGUGGAAGUCCCGUUAUUGGGUAUCACAUUGAAUGCAAAGACCAAAGCAGCAUCCUUUGGACUAAGGUGAACAGAGGUCUUCUUGCUGAGAGCCAGUUUAAAAUGACUGGCAUUGAAGAAGGCUUGCUCUAUCAAUUUAGAGUAUAUGCAGAGAACAUUGCUGGCAUUGGUCCAGGCUCUAAAGCCAGUGACCCAGUGGCAGCAAGGGAUCCAUGUGAACCUCCGCGCAACCUUAGAGUCACCAACAUCACAAGGACUUCUGUCUCCCUCUACUGGGAGAGGCCAGAACAUGAUGGUGGAACCAGGAUUACUGGGUACAUUGUUGAACGCAAAGAGCUUCCAAAUGGCCGCUGGCUGAAAUGUAACUUCACCAACCUGCAGGACACUUACUUUGAUGUUACAGGCCUCACUGAAGGCAUCCAGUAUGACUUCCAUGUUGUCGCUAAGAAUUCUGUUGAAAUGUUAAGUAUUCCUUCUGAGAGUACUGGACCUGUAACAGUCAAGGAUGACGUAGAUCCACCCACAAUCAUCUUGGAAGAAAAGUUCAGGCAGGUGGUUCUCAUUAAAGCAGGAGAAAUUAUUCAAAUUGAUGCUGAAACUACUGGGCGACCACUACCUGUGGUGUCGUGGUCCAAAGAUGGAAAGGAGAUAGAGGCCAAGGCUAGGUUUGAAAUCAUCACCAACAACUUCACAACUACCCUGCUGGUGAGAGAUGCUAUCAGGAGGGACUCUGGCCAGUAUGUCUUGACUCUGCACAAUGUGGCAGGAACAAGGUCUGUAGCUAUCAACUGUAAGGUUCUAGAUAGACCUGGACCUUCUUCGGGCCCCUUGGCUGUGUCUGGCCUGACAGCAGAAAAAUGUACCCUGACCUGGGGACCUCCCCAGGAGAAUGGUGGCGCUGAUAUUAUGCAUUACAUUGUCGAAAAACGGGAGACUAGCCGACUGGCUUGGACACUUGUCCAUAGUGACAUGAAGGCCACCACCUGCAAAGUCACCAAGCUGCUUAAAGGAAAUGAGUAUAUCUUCAGAGUAAGAGGAGUCAACAAAUACGGGGACGGUGAGGCUCUUGAAUGUGAGCCAACAAAGGCCAUUGAUCCAUUCACAGUCCCCGCUGCUCCUACUAAUGUCCAGGUUACCUCUGUUACGAGCGAGGCAAUGACCAUCUGCUGGGAAAGACCAGUCUCUGACGGGGGAAGCAGCAUCUCUGGCUAUGUUAUCGAAAAGAGAGAGAAGACCAGCCUUCGCUGGUGCCGUGUGAACAAGAAACCAGUUUAUGACCUCAGAGUCAAAGCGUCAUACCUUCGUGAGGGCUGCGAGUAUGAAUAUAGAGUGUUUGCAGAGAAUGCUGCUGGCCUCAGUGCUCCCAGCAUUGCCUGUCCACUCACCAAGGCCGAAGAUCCCCAGUUCUUACCUUCACCACCCGCGAAGCCGAAGAUCAUUGACUCCACAAAUACUUCCAUCACCCUGUCAUGGAAAAAACCUCUAUUUGAUGGUGGCGCACCUGUGACCGGUUACAGAUUGGAAUACAGAAAUACUUUGGAUGACGAAUGGACAGUUGGGGUCCAGAACACCAAGAAUACAGAGUUCACAGUGGUGGGACUGACACCUGGCGCACAGUACGUGUUUGUGGUUAAGUCCAUCAACAAGAUUGGAGUCAGCGAGCCCAGUCCGGAGUCAGAAAAACAACUGGCCAAGGAACGAGAAGAAGAGCCCAUUUUUGAAAUUAGCAAUGACAUGAGAAAAACUCUGAUUGUGAAAGAUGGCAGCUCAUUCACUAUGACAGUGCCCUUUAGAGGCAAACCGAUCCCUAAUGUGACUUGGAGUAAGCCAGAUGUUGACCUAAGGGUCCGUGCUGUCAUUGAUACCACAGAAACCUUCACCUCAAUUACCUUAGAGAAAGCAACUCGCAAUGACUCUGGAAAAUACACAGUCACCUUGUCUAGUGUGGCUGGUACUGCUUCAUUGACCCUCAAUGUCAGAGUCCUGGAUUCUCCUGGACCUCCAACUUGUGUCUUGGUCAAGGAUGUGACCAAGAACUCUGCAACUGUGACAUGGGACACUCCAGAGAACGAAGGAGGAGGACCUGUAAAGAACUAUCUUGUGGAUAUCCGUGAGGCCAGUAAAAAGGGCUGGACUCAGUUGACUGACACAUGUCAUAGGCUGACAUACAAGGUGUCAGACCUGGAGGAGGGUGGAGUGUACUACUUCAGAGUGACCGGUGAGAAUGAGUAUGGGAUAGGAGUUCCUGCUGAGACCAAAGAAGGCACCAAGAUUUCAGAAAAGCCAAGCCCACCAGCAAAACUUGGUGUGACUGAUGUGACCAAGGAGAGCGUAACCCUGGCCUGGGUCAAACCAGAGCAGACAGGAGGCAGCAGAAUCAUUGGAUACUUGGUGGAAGCAUUGGAGAAAGGACAGGAGAAGUGGGUCAAGUGCGGCGUAACCAAGUCCUUGCAAUACACAGUGUCGGGUCUAAGGGAGAAUACGGAGUACUUCUUCAGAGCCCGAGCCGAGAACCAUGCUGGAUUCAGUGAUGUCAAAGAAAUGGUCACCCCAGUAUUGGUCAAGGACCAGCAUGAAUCUCCUGAGAUCGUAAUGAAGGACUUCCCCCACAACACAGUCUAUGUCAGAGCUGGUUCCACCCUCAAAUGUGAGAUUCCACUAAUUGGCAGGCCAUUGCCUAAGGUGUCUCUCUCCAAGGACAGUGUGCUUCUUAAGUCAACGAUGAGGUUCAACUCAGAGGUCACUCCUGACAGCAUCAAGCUCACGCUACGUGAGAGCAUCGCUGGAGACUCGGGACGUUAUGAUAUCCUUGCUUCCAACUCGAGUGGCACCACCAAGUCAUUUGUCAACAUUGUGGUUCUGGACAGGCCUAGUGUUCCACUGGGACCUGUGGAGCUAUUUGACACGACAGAGGAUAGUGUCAGCCUGAAGUGGUUCCCACCGUUUUAUGAUGGUGGCAGCCCCAUCACAAACUACAUCAUUCAGAAGAGGGAGACGACCACGGCCAGCUGGAUGGAUGUUUCCUCUGCUGUGGCUCGCUGCACCAUCAAGAUUCAGAAGCUUACAACUGGCCUGGAGUACCAAUUCAGGAUCAGAGCUGAGAAUAGAUAUGGAAUCAGCGACCACAUUGACUCAUCAACUGUCACUGUCAGUCUUCCUUACACCUUGCCUGAAGCACCUUCGACUCCAGAGAUCACUGCUGUGACCAGGGAGACCAUCACCGUGGGCUGGGAGGAGCCCAAGUCAAAUGGAGGCAGCCACGUCUUUGGCUACCAUCUCAAGAUGAAAGACAGGAACAGCAUCCUGUGGCAAAAAGUCAACAGAAUGAUAAUACGAGCCACACACUUUAAGGUUACUAGCAUCCAUGCCGGACUCAUUUAUGAGUUCAAGGUGGCAGCAGAGAACGCUGCUGGAAUCAGUGAGUUCAGCAAGAUUUCUGAUGCAGUGUUAGCAAUUGACGCCUGUGAACCACCCACCAAUCUGCGCAUCAGUGAUAUCACCAAGAACUCAAUCAGCCUAGCAUGGCAGGUGCCUAACUACGAUGGCGGAUCCCAGAUCACAGGCUACUUGGUAGAGAAGAGAGACGGAGUCACCGGCAAAUGGUCCAAGGCAAAUCUCACAAAUAUCAAAGACACACAUUACACUGUGACUGACCUUACUCAGGAUCAAAGCUACGAGUUCAGAGUAAUGGCUAAGAAUGCGGUAGGGUCAGUCAGCAAUCCUUCUAUGACAGCUGGACCUGCCACAUGCAUUGACACCUUUGGUGCUCCAGAGAUUGAAAUACCCGCUGAGUACUUAAACGAGGUGAAGCAUAGGUCAAGCUCAGAUGUUGAACUCAAGUUUAACAUCACUGCCAAGCCCGCUCCCACCAUUGAGUGGCUGAAGGAUGGAAGAGAACUCAAACCCAGUGCCCAACUUUCCUUUAAACAUACCUUUGAGGCCACGAGUUUGUUCCUGAGGGACACCACCCGCCUGAACUCUGGUACCUAUGAGGUCAAGGUGAAAAACUCCCUGGGAUCAGCCUGUGCAGUUGUCAGGUUGCUCAUCCAAGACAGGCCAGGCCCCCCUGCUGGCAAGAUCCAGUUUAAGAAGGUUACCGCUGACAACAUCACCAUCAUGUGGUCCCCUCCUGCUGAUGAGGGUGGUGCAAUGGUCACACACUACAUCGUGGAAAAGAGGGAGACCAGCAGAGUCAUGUGGUCCAUCAUCUCAGAGAACUUAAUUGACUGCAUCGUUAAUGUGCCUAGACUCAUCCACGGUAACGAAUACAUCUUCAGAGUCCGAGGUAUCAACAAGUAUGGCAUCGGAGACCCUCUGGAGUCAGAACCAAUUAUCGCCAAGAACGCUUUUGUUCCUCCGAGCGAGCCAUCAAAGCCUCAAGUUUCCAUGAUCACCAAGUCAACCAUGACAGUGAUUUGGGAGAGACCAGCUCUGGAUGGAGGCAGCGACAUUGAUGGUUAUUACCUAGAGAAGAGGGAAAAGAAGAGUCUACAGUGGUUUAAGGUGGUGAAAGGGACAAUAAGAGAUACCAGGCAGAAGGUCACCAGCCUUGUGGAGAACAAUGAGUACCAGUACCGAGUAUGUGCUGUCAACAAGGCUGGAGCAGGAAACUACUCUGAGGCCUCGGAAUUGUACAAGGCCUAUGAUCCUAUUGAUCUUCCUGGGGAACCAACCAAAUUGCGUGUGGUGGACUCAACAAAGACCUCCAUCACUCUUGGAUGGGAGAAACCUGUGUAUGAUGGUGGCAGCAAGAUCACACACUAUCUCCUUGAGCAAAUGAACACAGAGGAGCGAGAAUGGGUCACAGUAAACCCACAAGUUAAAACCUGCGAGUAUGUGGUCUCUCACCUCAAACCAGCAACCUACUACUUCUUCAGAGUCUCCGCCGUUAACUGUAAGGGCAAAGGAGAGGAUAUCAAGAUGUACCAGCCUGUGCAAGCCAAGGAUAUAUUGGAGGAGGCUGACUUGGACUUGGACGUUCCCAUGACCACCCAGUAUACUGCCCGGUCGGGGCGUGAUGUGGAGGUGUUUAUUCCCUUGAAGGGCCGUCCAACCCCCGGGGUCACCUGGCGCCGUGGUGACCGCAAUAUUGCUGCUGACACCCGUUACACCAUUACCAGCACCGAGCGGGCCACCACUCUUCUCAUACCCAAGGUCACCCGUGAUGAUUGCGGAAAGUACUUGCUGGAGAUUGAAAAUGGUGUAGGAGAGCCCAAACUCGUAACUGUUUCCCUGAAGGUUCUCGACAGUCCCUCCACCUGCCAUAAAUUGAUGAUUAAGAAUGUGACCAGAGGAAAAUUGACACUGAGUUGGGAGGCUCCUCUUAUUGAUGGCGGUUCCCCAGUCACUAAAUACAUUGUUGAGAAGAAGGGUUCCACCAUGAAAGCUUACCAGAUAGUCACAGAUGAGUGCAUCAAUACGAGUUACAAGGUGUCAGGCCUGGAGGAGGACAUUGCUUACUUCUUCCGCGUGUCUGCUGAAAAUGAGUUUGGUGUGGGGGACACUUGCGAGACCUCGGAACCUGUCAGAGCCACAGAGACACCAGGAGCGGUUAAAGACCUAGUCAUGCUUGACUCAACAAAGGCAUCUGUCACCCUUCAGUGGACCAAACCCGACCACGAUGGUGGCAGCCACAUCUCUGAGUACGUCAUUGAGAAGAGAAAUGAAAACAAUGUUAGUUGGACAUUUGCUACAACUUGUAGGCGUUGCACAUGUGAGGUAACGGGUCUGCAGGAGGAUUCUGAAAUGAACUUCAGAGUCUAUGCAAAAAAUGAGAAGGGCAUCAGUGACUUCUCUGAGAUUGGCCCAAUCACUGUGAUGGACUUCAUCAUCUCACCAGAGGCCAACCUUAGUGACUACCCAAAUGGAGAGCUGGCUGUUCGUGUCGAUCAGAACAUCCACAUAGAGCUUCCCUUCAAAGGAAAACCCAGGCCUACCAUCAGUUGGCUCAAAGACAAUUUGCCUCUUAAGGAAAGCGAGAAGAUCCGCUUCAGGACCACUGACAACAAGACAGCAGUAACAGUCAGAGGCGCCAAAAAGGCGAAUGCAGGACAGUACACUUUGGUUCUGGAUAACAGAGCGGUAAAAAACUACUUUGACAUUGAUGUGAUCGUUCUCGGUCCCCCCUCUAUGCCGGCUGGCCCCAUCCGGUUUGAUGAGAUCAAAGCCCAACAUAUUAUAAUCUCUUGGGAUGAACCCAAAGAGAAUGGCGGGGGUGAGAUUACCUGCUACAGUGUGGAGAAGCGUGAGACUUCCCAGGCCAACUGGAAGAUGGUCUGCUCCAGCGUGGUCAGAACAUCUUUCAAAAUACCUAACCUGGUCCAGGGGACUGUUUACCAGUUCAGAGUCCGUGCAGAGAACAAGUAUGGGGUCAGUGAACCGCUCAACUCUACAGAAAUCCUGGCACAGCAUCAGUACAAACCUCCAGGUGCUCCUGGAAAGCCACUGGCCUACAACGUCACCAGUGAUGGAAUGACCAUUCAGUGGGAAGCUCCAGGUUUUGAUGGAGGAUCCAUGAUUCUUGGCUACCAUGUUGAGAAAAAGGACAGGAAUAGUGUCCUGUGGCAGAAAGUGAACUCCAACAUAAUCUCUAACAAAGAGUACAGGAUCAUUGGUCUUUUAGAGGGUCUAGAGUACUCUUUCAGGGUAUAUGCAGAGAACAAUGCCGGACUCAGCCCUGUUAGCGAACAGAGCAAACACGUACUCGCUAUCUCCCCUGUUGAUCCACCUGGCACCCCCGUCUGCAUUGAUGUCACAAGAGACUCUGUCACUUUGAGAUGGGACAUCCCCAAGCGGGAUGGGGGUAGCAAGAUUGUGGCCUACAGCGUGGAGAGACGCCAAGGUCGAGGGAAAUGGCUGCGCUGCAACUUCACUGACAUCAGUGAGACCCAAUUUAUUGUGACUGGUCUGUCUGCCGGAGACAGAUUUGAGUUUAGAGUGAUUGCGCGAAAUGCUGUGGGAACUGUCAGCCCCCCAUCCAACUCCUCUGGAUACAUAAUGACCAAGGAUGAGAGUAUCUCUCCUGAGAUCGAAUGGUCCCCAGACCAGGUGCUGACACUUCGAGCUGGUGAGAAUGUCAAACUUACCUGCAGCAUCACUGGUCGUCCAAUACCGCAAGUUACAUGGUACAAAGAUGGAAAAGAGAUCGACAAGAGGACCAUGAUGGACAUCGAGAUUACAGCCGGUAUUGGUACAAGCAGCCUGUUCAUUUGUGAUGCAGACAGGAAUCACCGGGGCAUCUACACCGUGGAGGCCAAGAACAGCUCUGGUUCCAAGAAAGCUGACGUCAAUGUCAGAGUGCAAGAUACUCCUGGACCAGUUGAGGGUCCCAUCCGUUUCACUGGGAUCACGGCUGAAAAGUGUUCAGUGUGGUGGAACCCUCCAGAGAAUGACGGGUGCGCCGCCAUCACCCACUAUGUUGUCGAGAAAAGGGAGACAUCUAGACUUUCCUGGGCCUUGGUCACCUCCAAGUGUGAAGCCUGUUCAUACAGUGCCACCAACCUCAUUAAGGGCAACGAGUACCAGUUCAAAAUCUCUGCUGUUAACAAGUUUGGUGUUGGAAAACCACUGGACUCUGUUCCCUUCAUUGCACAGAUGCAAUACACUGUUCCAGAGGCCCCUGGUACCCCUGAUUCUACACAUGUGACCGGCAACAGCAUCACCCUGUGCUGGACCAGGCCAAGCUCAGACGGUGGGAAUGAGAUCAAGCAGUACAUCUUAGAGAGACGCGAGAAGAAGAGUUUGCGCUGGGUAAAGGUCUCUGCAAAGAGGCCCAUCACAGAGCUCAGGCACAGAGUCACUAACCUGACCGAGGGCAAUGAGUAUGAGUUCCGUGUCAUGGCAGAGAACGGCGCCGGUGUCGGACCGUCUAGUGGCACUUCCAGGCUCUUCAAAUGCAGAGAGCCAACCAGUGCUCCCAGUGCCCCCACAAUAAUCAAGGUUAUUGACUCCACCAAAUCCUCUGUCACACUGGAAUGGACCAAGCCAGUCUUUGACGGCGGGCUACCAAUCAUUGGCUACAAUAUUGAUAUGUGCAAGGCCAAUCUUGAAGAGUGGCACAGAGUAAAUAGCCAAAUUUGCAUCCACACCCAAUACACUGUCAAGGGACUGGUUCCUGGUGAGCUCUACAAGUUUAGGGUCAGCGCUGUGAAUGGGUCUGGCGAAGGGGAAUCCUCAGUGAUACCCAAUGCUGUGCAGGCUCUAGAUAGGCUAACAUCUCCUGAGUUUGAUAUUGAUGCCAAUUUCAAGCAGACACAUAUCGUGAAAAAUGGCGGCACUGUUUCCCUUCACGUGGCCUUCCGAGGAAAACCAACUCCUUUGGCCACCUGGUCCCGUGUAGACAGUGAGCUGCCGGUGAUGGCCGAUAUUAAUAGCACAGAUUCCAAUUCAACUCUGAGUAUAGAGGGCUGCACGCGCUAUGAGGCUGGCAAGUACACACUCUCCCUGGAAAACAAUAGUGGAUGCAAGUCCAUUACAUUUACCGUCAAAGUCCUGGACACACCUGGACCUCCAGGGGCCAUCACCUUCAAGGAUGUCACACGUGGCGCAUUAACCAUGAUGUGGGAAGCUCCGAGCAAUGACGGAGGAUCGCGUAUCCAACACUAUAUCGUGGACAAGCGUGAGGCCAGCCGCCUGUCGUGGCAAGAAGUCAGCACCAAGUGUUCUCGCCAGAUGAUCAGAGUAACCGGCCUGGAAAUUGGUGUAUCUUAUCUCUUCAGAGUGAUCGCUGUUAACCAGUACGGCAAGGGAGAGCCUCAUGAGAUGACAGACCCCAUCAUGGCGACAGAAGAACCUGCUCCACCUAAGAGAGUAGAUGUUGUUGACACCAGCAGUUCCACUGCCUCGCUGGUCUGGCUUAAGCCUGAACAUGAUGGUGGAAGCCACAUUAAAGGAUACAUAGUGGAGUUCAGAGCUGAGGACAAACAGUUCUGGUCUGUUGCUGGAGAGAGCAAGUCCCUAAAGAUGCUGGUGGAGGGACUGAUUGAGAACACAGAGUAUGAAUUCAGGGUCAAGGCCAAGAACGACGCUGGCAUCAGCGAGCCUCAGGCAACUUUGACCUCCGUUCUUAUCAAAGAGCCUCGCAUUGAACCCACCGCCGACCUCAGCAGCAUCACCAACCAGCUCAUAAUCUGUAAGACUUCAAACACCUUCACAAUUGACAUCCCUAUUAGCGGAAGACCGGCACCAAAAGUCACAUGGAAGCUGGAAGAGAUGAAAUUGAAGGAGACGGACAGAGUUUGCAUCAAGACCACCACAGACAGAACCACUUUGAUAGUGAAGGACAGCAAGAGAAGCGACAGUGGCAAAUACUACUUGAGCCUCGAUAAUGCUGCUGGAGUUAAGACUUUCACAGUGACUGUGAUGGUGCUUGGAAGACCCAGCCCUCCCAUAGGUCCCAUAGAUCUCUCAGGAGUCUCCUCUGAGUCCUGCUCAUUAUCCUGGUCUGAGCCAUCUGAUGACGGGGGCACGGAAAUCACCAAUUAUAUUGUUGAGAAGCGCGAGUCUGGCUCAGCCUCCUGGCAAGUGGUCAACUCCAGUGUGAAGAGAACUACAAUCAAGGUUACUCAUCUGACUAAGUAUAUGGAGUACACAUUCAGAGUGUGCGCCGAGAACAAGUUUGGCGUCAGCAAGUCCAUCGAGUCCACUCCUGUGGUUAUUGAACAUCCUUUCGUUCCUCCAAGUCCUCCAACCCGUCCAGAUGUGGUGAAUGUGUCUGCCAAUUCCAUCAGCAUCAAAUGGGAUGUUCCCUAUGCUGAUGGUGGCAGCAUGGUGACUGGUUAUUGGAUUGAGAAGAAAGAGCGCAAUACAAUUCUCUGGGUGAGGGAGAACAAAGUGCCCUGUCUCGACUGUCACUACAAAGUGUCCGGUCUGAUUGAGGGACUGGAGUACCAGUUUAGAGUCUAUGCCAUGAACAUCGCCGGAAUUAGUAAGGCCAGUGAGGCCUCUAGACCAGUGGUGGCACUCAACCCUGUCGAUCCACCCGGUCACCCUCAGGUGACAGACAUCACUCGCUCCUCCGUGUCAUUGUGCUGGACCGUGCCAGUCAAUGACGGUGGCAGCAAGAUAGUUGGCUAUGUGGUGGAGAGAAAAGUCUACAGUACUGACGAGUGGGAUGACAACCGGUGGCUGAAGUGCAACUACACCACCAUCUCAGAGAACUACUUCACUGUCACCAACCUCGGAGAGGGAGAAACCUUCGAAUAUCACAUCAUUGCCAAGAAUGCUGCCGGGGUCCAAAGUGCGCCUUCCGUAUCCACCGGACCUGUCACAUGCAAGGAUGAAUACUCUCCUCCCAGAGCAGAGUUGGACAGCAAGCUAAUUGGCGAGACCAUCAUUGUCACCGCUGGGUCUGACCUUGUCCUCGAUGGUGCAGUGGGAGGCAAACCAGAACCCAGCGUUUACUGGUCCAAGGGCGACAAGAUUUUGGAGCUCGGCGAAAAGUACUCGCUGACCUACACGAGUACAAGAGCAAUGGCUGUCAUCAAGAACUGUGACAGAUUUGACACUGGCAGAUAUAUCUUGACUGUCAAGAAUGUCAAUGGAACCAAGACAGCUACCGUCAGCGUUAAAGUCUUAGACACUCCGGGGCCUCCAGCUGAAAAGAUUGUGAUUAGCAGAGUGACAGAGGAGAAGUGCACAGUCUCCUGGAAGAUCCCCCUGGAGGACGGUGGUGAUAUAGUUAGCCAUUAUAUCGUGGAGCGCCGUGAGACCAGUCGCCUCAACUGGAUCAUUAUGGAGACUGAGUGCAAGAGCUUGUCAUGUGUUAGUACCCGGCUGAUCAAGGGCAAUGAAUACAUCUUCCGAGUACGGGGAGUCAACAAGUAUGGACCUGGUGUCCCACUGGAAUCUGAUCCGGUCAUCGCGAGGAACGCUUAUACCUUGCCGUCACCACCGGGCACACCAGAGGUCACAGCAGUGGGCAAGGAACACGUCAUCAUCGAGUGGUUGAAGCCAGAAAGUGACGGAGGCAGUGAGAUCAAAACCUACUUUGUAGACAAACGUGAGAAGAAUAGCACCAGGUGGACACGAGUCAAUAAGACAUACACCAUUUAUGAUACACGUCUGAAGAUCACGGGCCUGCUGGAAGGAAGUGAAUAUCAAUUCCGAGUGACAGCCGUCAAUGCAGCAGGAGACAGUCGGCCCAGUGAUGCCUCACCAUAUAUCCUCCUCAAAGAUCCCACCUACACCCCAGGUCCUCCGUCAAUGCCUCGCAUCACAGACACAACGAAGCACAGCAUUAGUAUGAUCUGGACCAGGCCUAUGUAUGAUGGCGGCUCAGAUGUCACCGGUUAUGUUGUGGAGAUAUUGGAGGAUGGUUCUGAGCAGUGGUAUCGUGCCACCACCAAAACUCUCAAGACUAACGAGUACCUGGCUGGCGGCCUGGUCACCAAUAAAAAAUACAGAUUCAGGGUGGCAGCUGUCAACAACAACGGCACUGGAGAGUUCAGCGAACCCAGCGCUGAGAUAGAACCUCUGGAGAGAAUUGAAAUACCUGACCUAGAACUGGAUGACGACCUGAAAAAGACUGUUUGUCUUCGUGCUGGAGGAACCUUGCGACUCUUUGUUACCGUUGGUGGACGCCCAACGCCAGUGGUGUCCUGGAGGAAAACGGGUGUGGAGCUGCAGAGUCGUGGUUUCAUUGAAACCACCGACAGCUACACCCUGCUGAUUGUUGAGAAGGUUGACCGGUAUGACUCUGGAAAAUAUGUUGUGGAGGCAGAGAACCCGUCCGGCAAGAAGUCUGCGACAAUCCUGGUCAAAGUCUACGACACUCCCGGUCCUCCGGGAUCUGUGAAAGUGAAGGACUAUUCCAAGGAAUCUGUCGUCAUCACCUGGGACGUCCCAAGUAUUGAUGGCGGCGCCCAUGUCAGCAACUACAUUGUGGAGAAACGUGAAGCCAGUAUGAAGUCUUACAAGACAGUCACCACAGAGUGUAGAAAGACAUUGUUCAGGAUCACUGGCCUGGAAGAGGGUGCGCACUACUUCUUUAGAGUUCUGCCAGAGAAUAUCUAUGGUGUUGGUGAGCCUUGCGAGACAGCUGAGGUUGUGCUUGUGUGCGAAGUACCAUCAGUACCUGUGAGCCUCCAGAUUAUCGAUGUCACAAAGUCCUCUGUCACUCUGCGCUGGGAGAAACCUGUACAUGAUGGUGGUAGCAGGUUGACGGGCUUCAUUAUUGAAGCCUGCAGGGUGUCUACAGACAGGUGGACCACAGUGGCCACAGUCAAGGCCUCUAUUUACCAGUACACCAUCCAGUCUCUGACAGAGGAUGACCAGUACUUUUUCAGGAUCCGAGCCUGUAACAGCAGAGGAACCAGUGAGCCUAUGGACAUCGUCACACCUGUCACCAUCCAGGAAAUUAAAGUGAUGCCAAAGAUCGACAUAACGAGCAUUCCUCAGAAGAUCAUCCAUAUCCCACGUGGUAAACCUAUUGACCUCAAUUUGCCAAUUAUGGCCAAACCACCGCCCAUCUGCUCCUGGUUCUUUGGUGGUGUCCAGCUGAAAGACAGCCUUGAGCGCAUCAAAAUCGAAAGCAAUGGCAGUUACACCCAUCUCAUGAUCCGCGAGACCACCAUUAACAACACAGGAGACUACAUGUUGGAGGUCAAAAACGCCAUUGGUGUGGCAACUGAAGUAUUUCAAGUUGUCAUUCUUGACAAACCUGGCAUACCAGUCGGCCCCAUAAAGAUUGUGGAGGUUGACGGCUUAUCGGUGACUGUUAGCUGGGACCCUCCAGAGAAGGAUGGCGGUGCUAACAUCAGUGGCUAUGUAGUUGAACAGCGUGAUGCUCACCGUCCCGGCUGGAUCACCAUCUCAGAAUCAGUGACCCGACCUUGCUUCAAGUUUACCAGACUCUCUGAGGGAACUGAGUAUGUGUUCCGUGUUGCUGCCAUGAACCGCUUUGGUGUUGGUUGUUUCCUACAGUCAGAAGUGGUGGAAUGCAAGAGUUCUAUAACCAUUCCCGGACCUCCAAGCAGACCAGGUGUGUUUGAUGUCACUUACGAGGGCAUGACCUUGACCUGGCAUCCACCAGAAGAUAACGGUGGAUCUACCAUUACUGGCUAUAUCAUUGAGCGCAAGGAGCCACGUUCUGACAGAUGGCUGAGGAUCAACAAGAACCCAGUGACCAUGACCAGGUAUCGCUCUUCUGGACUGAUUGAAGGCCUGGAGUAUGAAUACCGCAUCAGUGCCAUUAACUCCAGAGGAACCAGCAAGCCUAGUGAAACCUCUGCCAUCACUAUUGCAAUGGACCCCAUAGCUCCACCAGGUCCUCCAGUUCACCCCAAAGUCACAGACACCACCAGAACCUCCGUGUCUCUGGCCUGGUUGCCUCCUGAAGAGGAAGGUGGUUCCAUUGUGACCGGUUACCUGGUUGAGAUGCAGAAGGUGGACCAGGUGGAGUGGACCUUGUGCAACACCACACCCACCAAAAUGCGCGAGUACACCCUCACUCACAUGCCUCAGGGUGCCGAGUACAAGUUCAGAGUCAUCGCCUGCAAUGCUGGUGGCACUGGUGAACCCGCAGAGAUUCCUGGGGUGGUCAAAGUCCAGGAGAUGCUCAAUUACCCAGAAUAUGAACUAGACAGAAUGUAUGAGGAAGGCUACGUGGUGCGGCAAGGAGGAGUGAUUUGCCUGUCCGUCCGUAUCAGUGGUAAACCCAAUCCCACAUGCAAGUGGACGAAAGAUGGACGUGACAUCUCCCACCGGGCCAUGAUCGCCACCAAUGAUGACGUAACUGAGCUCGUCAUCAAAGAGGCUCACAAGGAUGACACGGGUACUUAUGACUUGGUGUUGGAGAACAAAUGUGGCAGGAAAGCUGUGUACAUCAAGGUGAAGGUCAUUGGGCGUCCCGAUGUCCCAGAAGGCCCACUGGAGUUUGACGAUAUUCAAGCCAGAUCAGUUCGGGUCAGUUGGAGACCUCCAUCUGACGACGGAGGCUCUGACUUACUGGGAUACAUUGUGGAGAGGCGAGAAGUCCCCAAGGCUGCUUGGUACACGGUGGACGCCCGGGUCACAGAGAACUCUCUGGUGGUCAAAGGCCUAAAAGAGAAUGUGCAGUACCACUUCAGGGUCUCUGCUGAGAACCAGUUUGGUGUCAGCCGGUCUCUAAAAUCUGAGGAGGCUGUCACAGCAAAGACCCCUCUCUGCCCACCAGAACCCCCCAUUAAUCCUCCAGAGAUUAUGGAUGUGGCCAAGUCCUCAGUGUCUCUGUCCUGGGCCCGGCCCCGGGACGACGGCGGCUCACGUGUGACAGGAUACUUUGUUGAGAGAAGGGAGGUUUCUACAGAGAAGUGGGUUCGUCAUAACAAGACUCACAUCACGACUACCAUGUACAAUAUCACGGGCCUCAUCCCCGAUGCAGAGUAUAUGUUCAGAAUUGUGGCUCAAAAUGAUGUCGGACAGAGUGAACCGGGUCCUGCGUCCGAGUCCGUGGUCUGCAAAGAGCCAUUCGACAAACCAAGCCAACCAGGAGAGAUCGACAUCAUAUCGGUAACCAAGGAUUGCAUAACCAUUCACUGGUUGCGGCCCGACUUUGAUGGAGGCAAGGAGAUCUUGGGUUACUGGAUUGAGUUUAGGCAGGCUGGUGAAAGUGCCUGGAAAAAGUGCAACAAGGAGCGUUCCAAGGACCGUCAGCUCACCAUGGGUGGCCUGAUGGAGGCCACAGAGUACGAGUUCAGAGUCUUUGCUGAAAACGAAGCCGGACUCAGCAGGCCGAGGCGCACCCCCAUGGGCAUCAAGACCAAGUUGAGCGUUGGUGAGGCUCCAGCUUUGAAGGAAGACAUCCACGAUGUCACAAUCAAGCUAGGAGAAUCAGGCACGCUUUCCUGCAACAUCAUCGGCAGACCUCUGCCUGAGAUCAAGUGGUACCGCUAUGGCAAAGAACUGAUCCAGAGUCGCAAAUACAAGAUGAGCUCAGACGGCCGUAACCACUCCCUUAGCAUCCUGACAGAUGAGCAGGAGGAUGAGGGUCUUUACACCUGCAGGGCCAUCAACGAAGCCGGGGAGAUCGAGACCAGUGGUAAACUGCGGCUAGAGGCAGCACCUCAGCUGCACCCUGGCUUCCCUCUAAAAGAAAAGUAUUAUGCUGGAGCUGGCACCAGCCUCCGCCUGCAUGUGGUCUACAUCGGCCGUCCCAUUCCUCAGAUUAUGUGGUUCUAUGACAAGAAGCCCCUGAACACAUCCGAGAAAGUUAUUAUUGAGAACACAGAGAGCUACACCCACCUGGUGGUGAGGAAUGUCCAGAGGAAGACCAACGCUGGCCGUUACAAGGUGCAGCUGAGCAACAAGUUUGGAACUGUCGACACUGUUUUGCGGGUUGAGAUCCAAGAUAAGCCAUGUAUCCCAGAGGGUCCAGUGCUGGUUGAAGCGCUGUUGAAGAGCUCUGUCAUUAUCAGCUGGAAGGCUCCCAAAGAUGAUGGUGGCUCCAUGAUCACCAACUACAUUGUGGAGAAACGCAUGGCCAAGGAGGGAGAAGUGUGGAACCUUGUGUCGUCUUCUGUCUCUGGCACCACGUGUCGUGUACCCAACCUAGUGGAGAAUGCCGGAUAUUACUUCCGAGUUUCUGCUCAGAAUCAGUAUGGUGUCAGUGAGACUCUUGAGAUCCCAUCAGUGGUGAUCAUCAAGAGUGCAUUCGAAAAACCAGGGAUACCACAACAGCCUUUCAUUGUCAGCUCCUCCAAGGACUCAUGUGUUGUCUGUUGGAAGCCACCAAGCAGUGACGGUGGAGCUAAAGUCUCUGCCUACUAUCUGGAAAAACGUGAGAAGAAGCAGAACAAAUGGAUGUCAGUCACCAGUAAGAAGAUUGUGGAGACCAGCUACGAGGUCACAGGCUUAAUUGAGGGCUUCGAGUACGAGUUCCGUGUCAAGUGUGAAAAUGUGGGUGGAGAGAGUGACUGGAGCGAAAUCUCAGAGCCCAUCGUGCCCAAGUCGGACCAUUCUCUGCGUGCUCCUGGCUUCAGGGAGGAGAUCAGGGACAUGACGGUCAAAUACCAUGCCAAUGCCACUUUUGUUACCAAGGUGGUGGGACAUCCCAAGCCUGUGGUGAAAUGGUACAGAAGUGGAAAGGAGAUCCAGGCCGACGGAACCAAGAUUAAAGCCCAGGAAUUCAAGGGCGGUUACUACCAGCUGGUCAUCACUGCUGCUGAUGAGACUGAUGCCACUGUCUAUCAAGUUAGAGCAACCAACUCUGGAGGAUCCAUCUCCACCACGGCAAACCUGGAAGUGGAAGUUCCCGCCAAGAUUCACUUGCCAAAAGAUCUCCAGGGCAUGGGAGCAGUUCAUGCGGUUCAGGGUGACCACAUCACUAUCAAGAUCCCCAUUUCUGGCAAGCCUGAACCAGCAAUUACCUGGCAGAAGGGUCAGGAGAUCCUCUCCAACUCUGCUUAUCACCAGAUUAUCACCACUCGCUCUUUCACAUCACUGGUCUUCCAGAAGGGGGUACAGCAAAAGGACACAGGCUACUACAGCAUCACUGCAAAAAACAGGUUUGGAAUGGACAAACAGACCAUCGAGGUGAGCAUAGCUGACAUUCCUGAAGCUCCCAAAGGACUGGUGGUCAGUGACAUCUCUCGUGAUUCCAUUACCCUAACCUGGGAGCCCCCUGCCAGUGAUGGCGGAAGUGAAAUCAUCAGCUAUAUUGUGGAGAAAUGCCCUACCUCAGGUGACAGGUGGAUUCGUGCUGGACAGACUACCGAGUGCAAGAUCACCAUCCUCAAUAUCUUUGGCACAGCAAAAUAUCAGUUUCGCAUUAUUGCAGAGAACCAGUUUGGCAUGAGUCCUCCCUCCGCACCAACAGAACCCAUUACAACAAAGGUGGACAAGUCUGUGAUUAGGAACUAUGAUGAGGAAGUAGAUGAGACCAGAGAUAUCACGAAAGGAGAGGCACAGUCCUUCAAGAUCAAGGAUCUGUACUCCAAGUACACUAUUUCUGAGGAACUUGCUCGUAGUCAGUUUGGAGUGGUCUACCGUUGUGUGGAGACCGCAACCAAGAAAACAUUCAUGGCCAAGUUCAUCAAGGUCAAAGGAACUGACCGUGAACUGGUUCUCAGAGAAAUUGAGGCCUUAAACAUAGCAAGGCAUAAGAACAUUAUCUACCUCCAUGAAUAUUUUGAAAGUAUGGAGGAGAUCAUCCUCAUCUUUGAGUUUAUUUCUGGAUUUGACAUCUUUGAGCGCCUUGGAACAAGCAACUUUGAGCUCACAGAGCGAGAGAUUGUCCUCUAUCUCAGACAGGUCUGCUCUGCACUCAAGUUUUUGCAUAGCAACAACUUGGGCCACUUUGAUAUCCGCUCAGACAACAUCAUCUACACUACAAAGAGAAGCAAUCUCGUCAAGAUUAUAGACAUGGGUCAGGCUAGGUUGUUGGUACCAGGUGAAAACAUCAGAAUGCUCUUCUCAGCUCCAGAGUAUUACGCCCCUGAGGUCCAUCGUCAUGACUUGGUCACAACAGCCACUGAUAUGUGGUCCGUAGGUGUUCUGGCUUACGUCCUGCUGAGUGGUCUCAAUCCAUUUGCUGCAGAAUCCAUGACACAAAUGAUCGAGAACAUCUCUGCCUGCGAGUAUGUUUUUGACGGCGAAGCAUUUAGGGACAUCAGUCUGGAGGCUAUGGACUUUGUGGACAGACUUCUUGUCAAGGACAGGAAGCUUCGUAUGACAGCGCAUGAGGCAUUGGAACAUCCUUGGCUGAAGAUGAAGAUCGAGCACAUCAGCAACAAAAUCAUUCGGACGCUGAGACACAGAAGGUACUACCACUCUGUGGUAAAGAGGACCGAUACAAUUGUCUCAGCAGCUCGUGUCGCCUACGGUGGCGCCUUUAGGAACCAAAGAGGAUUGGCUGUGGGUAAAGUGAAGAUCGGUACCGAGUACCAUGGUCUACGUGCUGGCCCAGUCAUGCAUGCCUCUGCUGAGGAAGGUGGCCAUGUUAGGUUCACUUGUAGCAUUGCCAGCUUUGACCAGAGCACGCAGGUAACAUGGUAUUUUGGUAGCCGCCAGUUACAGUCAAGUUCCAAGUACGAGAUCACAUACAGCAAUGGUUUUGCCAGCAUAUAUGUGAAGGACAUUGAAGAGACUGAUGAUGGCAUCUACAGAUGCAAGGUAUUAAGCGAUGAUGGUGAAGAUAGCGCAUAUGGCGAACUCUUUGUUGAGACAGUGAGGAGCAUCAGGGAGCACUAUCUAUGUCGUUCCAUUAAGAAACUGAGAAGGAGGGUUGACAAAACCAAAAUCCUGCACAGGCCACCAGAGUUCACGCUGCCUUUAUAUAAUCGCGCAGCCUACAUUGGGGAAGAUGUGCGCUUUGGCGUCACCAUUACUGUGCACCCUGAUCCUCAUGUUACAUGGUUGAAGAACGGAGAAGUAAUCAAACCUGGAGACGAUGACACCAAGUACACUUUCAUGAGUGACAAGGGCCUCUACCAGCUGGUUAUCCACAACCUUGACAUGAGUGACGACGCUGAAUACACUGUCAAGGCCUACAACAAAUUUGGAGAAGACAGCUGUAAGGCCCUUCUCACUGUGACACCACACGCCCUGAUGGAGGAAACAAUGAAGCCCACAUUCAAGCGUCUGCUGACUAACAUUGAGUGCAUAGAAGGAGACAGUGUCCGCUUUGAUAUCAGAGUGUCUGGAAUUCCAAGUCCUUCACUGAAAUGGGAAAAGGACAACCAUUCUCUCCAGUUGGGUCCAAAGAUAAUCGCCAUUCAAGAAGCUGCUGACCACCAUGUUCUGUAUAUCAGGGAGACCCUGCUUGAGGACUCUGGUGUCUACAAAGUGACUGCAACUAACUCUGCUGGCUCAAUGAGUUGCCAAGCUACCUUGAAUGUGGACCGCCUCACAUACACCAGAAGAGAGUACAAGAGCGAGGAAGAGAAACGCAGACACGUUCAGAUGCAGAUUGAAAAGACUAACAAGAUGGCUCAGAAGAUUGUUGCCACAGAGGAGAUCAUUCCUCUCAAUCCAACAGCCCAAGAGGCUCUGAAAUUUGCUGCAGAAAUGUACAAGCCUGCCGUCAGCACCAAGAAUGUCGAAGGAGAGUUUGACAUUAGGGAGGUGAAAUCAGAGACAAAGAAACUAGAACAGCAAAGGAUUUUCAUGCCAUAUGAGAUUCCUGAACCUGUAGUUCAUGACCGCCAAGCUUUGGAUGAGGACAAAGUUAUCAAGCAAUUUGUUGCUCUCUCUGACAUGAAAUGGUACCGCAAAUUGAAAGAUCAGUAUUUGGUUCCAGAGAGAAUGGAGCGGUUUGUACAAAAGCGACAAAGGCGAAUUCGACUGUCCAGGUGGGAGCAGUUCUACGUCAUGCCGCUCCCCAGAAUCACUGACCAGUAUAGGCCAAGAUGGCGAAUUCCCAAAAUGACUUUAGACGAUCUGGAGAUUGUCAGACCUGCCCGCCGUUCACCAUCUCCAGAAUCCGAGAUAUCAUUAGGAUCUAGAAGAAGAUCUUUGGGUGAUUUGAGUGACGAGCAGCUGUUAAUGUCCACAGAUGAAUAUCUGUCCUCCAGGACAACUGAGCAGGAGAAGAUGAUGCUGGAGGAUGAACUGGAGCUUGGCUUCUCUGCCUCCCCUGAGAUCAGUCCGGUUCGUAUUGAACGACAUGCAGUGCAGCGUGAAGAGAGGCUGCAGGAGGUCUGGCAGGAAGGUUUGGAGGUCACAGAGAUGAAGAAAAAGCGUACUGUUUCUCAGUUAAUGAGAAGGAGGCGCUCACUGUCCCCCACAUACAUUGAACUGAUGCGUCCAGUCGCCGAGCUGAUCAGACCUGCUCGGAGGAGACUGGCGGCGAAGGCAGAGACCGAGAUAGUAGAAAGGAGAUCCCCCACUCCAGAGAGAACUCGUCCCCGCUCUCCGAGUCCCAUCAAGUCUCUUGAGAGGUCCUCGCGUUCCUCUUCACGGUUUGAAAGGUCUGCCCGCUUUGACAUCAUGUCCCGCUACGAAGCCAGGAAGGCAGCUCUGAAGUCUGAGAGGACAUACCAGGUGGUUAGUCAGUCACCGUUCAGCCUGGAUCAUGGGCCCCGUGUGACUGUCAGGAUGCGCUCUCACCGCGUACCACUCGGUCAGGACACCAAAUUCACCCUGAACAUCCAAGCCAAGCCAGAAGCCGAGGUCAAGUGGUACCACAACGGAAAUGAGAUCUGUGAAACCAGCAGUAAAUAUGUCUUUAGCAACAUGAGUGGAGUUUUGACCAUCACCAUCUUGGACUGCCAAGAAGAGGACAGUGGCACAUACCGCUGCUUCUGCUCCAACACCAGGGGAGAAGCCUCAGACUAUGCCACCCUUGAUGUAGCAGGCGGUACCUACACCACGUUUUCUUCUCGGCGCAAAGACGAGGAAGUUCCUAAAACAUUUGUUCCUGAAAUGACUCGACUUGAUCACUACCACUCAUCCCGCUUCAAAACUGGUUAUGAAUCUCAGAGCCUCUUUGAAGUGGAAGAAAGCAAGACUGAGCUAUCGGAGACCCAUGAAGUUGUUACUCGGGAAAAAUAUGGGGCUUCUUCUGAUAGAUACUCAUCGGCUGAACGCUAUGGCUCAUCCAUCAAAUAUGCCUCUAAAGAAUCCUUGUCAUCUGCCUCCUCGUACUCUUCUGAAAAGGUAGCUUUUUCUGAAAAGCAUACCACAGCUGAGACUAGGUCAAAAUACGCUGCUGCAGCUGAACAGCUUUCUGUUCAAAAAGUGAAACCCUGUGUUGCAGCCAGAUUACUCACCAAGCCCCAGUCUUUGACCGUUGCCGAGGGCGAGAAAGCCUUGUUCAUUUGUGAUAUUGAUGGAGAGCCUGCACCUUCUGUGAUGUGGGUGCAGGAGGGGAGAAUCAUUAUCUCCUCCCAUCGUGUUCAAGUCAAGACCUCACAGUACAAGUCCACCCUGGAGAUCUCAUCUGUCACAUCAUCUGACGAGGGCAGUUAUGCAGUCGUUGUAGAGAACUCUGCGGGCCGGCAGGAGGCUCAGUUCACCCUGACCAUCCGCAGACAUGUUCCGAAAGAGGUGAAGGGCAUCAUGUCUCCAGAACCAAGUACCACUGACACUAGUGUAAAGUCUCCAGCACCUACUAUAAAGUCCCCUGAACCUAUUGUGAAGUCGCCAGGACCUGGUGUCAAGUCCUAUGAACCUAGGGUGAAGUCAGCAGCACCUGGUGUCAGGUCCCCUGUGCCUUUGGUUAAAUCACCAGCACCAAGUGAGAAGUCACCAGAACCCAGCGUCAAGUCCCCUGAACCUGUUAUGAAGUCACCAGAAGCCAGCGUCAAGUCCCCUGAGCCCUUCGUUACAUCGACAACACCGAGAGUAAAGUCACCAGUACCAGGUGUCAAGUCACCAACUUCAGAUGUGAAGACACCAGCUUCUGGUAACAAGUCCCCUGAACCUCAGGACAUUAAGUCUCCCAGGCAUAUAAAAUCUCCCGAACCAGGACCCAAGUCACCAACAUCAAUAAAGUCACCUGAAGCUGAGAAACCUAAGACACACCAAGGCAUAAAAUCACCUGAACCAUCAGGAAUUAAAACACCUAAAGACAUCAAGUCCCCAGAACCUUCUGCUAUCAAAACACCAAGGGGCAUCAAAUCUCCAGAACCAUCUGGCAUCAAGGCACCAAUGUCUGUUAAGUCCCCUGAGCCAGAGGAAGUUAAAUCUCCACUUAGAAUGAAGUCUCCGCCUCCCAUGGUAUCGCCCAAGAGGGUUUUGUCACCACCAACUGUCAAGUCUCCAACCCCCAAGCCACCCAUAAUCAUGAGUCAGCUGGCGGCGAUGGCAUAUGAAGACUGUGUGAAGAUGUCUUGUGUUUGUGACAGCAGUGUCAAAGAGGUGUCUUGGUAUUGCAACGGUAGAAGGCUUUCCAAGAGCAACCGGUUUGAGAUGAACUACGCCGAAGGUUCCUGUAGUCUCGUUAUCCACAACCUAACUGACACCGACCAAGGAGACUACACCUGCGAGAUGACAUCGGAGGGAGGCGUCUCAAAGUCCUCCUUUUCCUUUACUGGACAGGUGUACCAAUCCAUGUGCAUGAAGAUCACAGGUUAUUGCAAAAAGCAACUUGCACUUAAAGGCUCCACCACAAUGGCAAGUGUAAAGGAGUCAUCUUUAACAAGCUCUACGACCUCUACGAAGAGAGAAGUUUGCACUAUGGAGGAGUCGGUGUCUUCUUUCUCGUCAUCAUCAUCCUCCGCCCAGCGAGUCAGGAUGUCCUCCAUGAUGGGGUCCAGCUCCUUUGACCGAAUGGCUGCCGAAAUGAAGUUUGAGACCAUGUCCACGUCCAGCAUGUCCUCCAUGGCUUCUGAGUCAUAUGCCAUGAGUUCCAGCAGCGUCAUGGGAAAGAGGUCGCACUUGACCGGAUCCUCCUUCAGGGCCAUCGGUUCUGCUCCCAGAAUUGAAGCAGUGCCCGAGGACAUCAGCAUCGAGCCCGGCAAGGUCCUGACGGUGGCCUGCGCUUUCUCUGGUGACGCCACAUAUGUGGAGUGGUCUCGUGGUGGCAAGAAGAUCGAGUUGUUGUCGGGGGGGCGCUUCCACAUUGAAACCAGCGAAGACCUGACCACCCUCAUUAUCACCGGUGUACGGGAGGAAGACGCCGGAACGUACACACUGAAACUGUCAAACGAGCUGGGAUGUGACACGGCCACUGUUCGUAUCAGCAUUCGAUCCGUGUAAAAAACAAAAAGCAAAUGUACUGUGCGUCCCCUUUUUCCAUUUUUGUCAUCUUUUUAUUUAGUAUUCGACCUGACUUGUAAAUAGGAACUAUUUUUGUACCAAACGUGGCAAACGCAAGUAUCUCCACUUGUUUGAAAAUGUGACAUGUACAUAAUGUAUAUAGCCGGAUGUGACGGUUAUGAGGAAUGUAUGCAUCGUUAUUUAUGACAAUUAAUAUGAAGAGAAACAACGAAACCAAAAAAGGCUUUAACAGGAGAAAGUGCCAUGUGGAACGAAUACCCUGCUAAAUGCGGAAACUCAAAACUGUGCCUCAACUUUACGUUGACGUCUAAGAUUUCCUCAGCAGGUAGAGCGUCUCCCUGUUGAAGUUUACUCAACACUAGACUUAAAAAAAAAAAAAAAAAAAAACACGAGCGCGAGGUCCUGAGCGCUGUUUGCCUCUACCCUCACGUAAGCAGCUCGAAUUGACCUGGCGCCGUGACGAAAGAUAUUUUACUACUUGUACUGCCAUUUUUAAAGACACAGUCAGAGUGCGAGCGGCCUGCACUGUCUGAAAACGUGUUUGUUUUGUUUUUUAAACAUCCAAUGUUUGAUAGCCGGUCUGUCCCGCAGUCCAUCACCCUCACUGGGGCCCUGGGCAGCGCUGGUUGACAAAGAUGAUGUUGCUUUCUCAUGGAGGUCUGCAGUGUGCAUGUGUGUUAGUGUGUAGAAAACCAAUUGCCUGUCUGUCCGGCGGAACGUCGUCAUGUGCAGCGGCGGGCUUCGAGCUAGGGAAGGGUUCCCUGCGAGUAAGGACCCUCGUUCAUGAGGGGGGGACCAUCACCCGCAGGGAGACCUUCAUUCUCUCGACUUUGGUGUUUGCUUUUUCCAGCAGCCUCCUCGAGUUUUUCUCCAUUACUGAUUUAAUAAAGUGUGAUUGUCAGCACAGCA